GCACCUCUGAGCAGUAGGAGCAUUCCCAGCCUUGCCUCGGGUGUAGGGAUUGCAGAGGAAAGCAAAACUACACUCUUACAACAGUGUGUAGUUUUGUUUUUAUUUUCCGAGGCUCAACUGUUCUCACAUUGGAUAUUUUGAAAAUAUUGCUGGAUAAGAAAACCUUUUCUGAUUUUAAAUUUCUGGGCACAGUCCCAUUAUUUCUAGGCACGCUUGUGAAAGCAGGGUGCCUAAAACAAUGUCGACACAAGCACCAACGUUUAUACAGCCGCUGCAAAGCGCUGUAGCACUUGAGGGUAGUGCUGCAACCUUUGAGGCUGAAGUUAGUGGUUCCCCAGUUCCUGAGGUGAGCUGGUUUCGUGAUGGCCAGGUUCUUUCCACUGCCACUCUGCCCGGCGUGCAGAUCUCAUUCAGCGAAGGCCGCGCUCGAUUGAUGAUCCCCGCCGUGACAGCCGCACACAGUGGAAGAUUUUCCGUACGAGCCACCAAUGGAGCUGGACAAGCCACUAGCACAGCUGAAUUGCUUGUGACAGCAGAAACAGCGGCGCCUAACUUUACACAGAGACUACAGAGCAUGACUGUGAGACAAGGAAGCCAAGUCAGACUGGAUGUACGUGUGACUGGAAUCCCUACACCUGUGGUGAAGUUCUACAGGGAGGGAGCAGAGAUCCAGAGCUCCCCUGAUUUUCAGAUUGUACAGGAAGGAGAGGUAUACAGUUUAAUGAUUGCCGAAGCCUUCCCCGAAGAUUCUGGAACUUACUCUGUAAACGCCUCCAACAGCAGUGGACGUGCUACUUCUACAGCCGAACUGCUUGUUCAAGGCCAAGAAGAAGCAGUGCCUGCUAAAAAGACAAAGACUAUUGUAUCUACUGCUCAGAUUUCCCAGACUCGCCAGACAAGAGUUGAAAAGAAAAUGGAAGCCCAUCUCGAGGCUAGAACCACAGCGACAAUGCAAAUGGCUAUGGAUGGAUCUACAGUUAUCCACCAACUGCCACACAAGACACCCCCACGUGUGCCACCAAAGCCAACCUCAAAAUCUCCGACUCCACCAUCAGCAGCUGCCAAGGUUGCAGCUGGACGCCAUCAGUCACCUUCUCCUGUGAGGCACGUCAGAGGACCUGCCCCAUCCCCUGUCAGAUCUGUGUCUCCAUCUGGAAGAUUCUCCUCUUCAUCACCAAUUAGACCAGUAAAAUCUCCACUGGUGUCACGAAAAACCACAACCACAGUUGUCACCUCAGAUGUCCUCCCACCUUGGAAGCAGGAGAAUUAUGUAUCAGAGGCAAGCUAUAGAGAAACCAGAAUGACUUCUGCAUCCACCCAGAUGCACAUGGAGGGACACUGGGAAGGACGACAUGAAAUGCAGAAGCAUGUGACAGUUUCCGGAGCUGCUGUUGCUGUUACUGGAGCAGCAGAGAUCAAACAUGAGACAGACAGAGAAACCACAGCAGCCCCUGUGGUUCAUGACUUCACCACAGGUGUGGCUAAAUUGACAAGCACUACUGAAGAAACUGCAACACAGGCAGAGCAGAUAUUGACAAUACAGGGCCAGAUAGAACAAGAAAAAACAACAGCAGUGGCUACUGUAGUAGCAGCUGUUGACCUGGCUAGAGUGCGAGAGCCAGUUGCCAGUUUCACAGAAAGGACCACGAAGGAAACACUGGCUACUGUACAUGUACAGUCAAUUCAGGAUCAGGCUGAGGGUGGCAAAAAAGCUGAAGCAGUGGCUAAAGUUCUUGCUGCUGUGGAUCAGGCACGCAUAAAGGGGCCUGCACGAACAGAAGGAGCACAUGCUGAAGACAGCAGUAUGGAGUAUGAAUACAAACACCAGGCACUGUCUAAACAAACCACAGAGCAACAAAUUGUUACCAAACCUGUCAAAACCCAGGCUGUGCAGGUCCCAUCUGAAAUUGAAAUUAUCGCUGCUGAUAAAGCUGACAAAAGCAUUUCCCAGAUUGAAAGAAGGGAGGAAACUGCUGCCCACACGGACACAUCACUUUCCACAACCCCUGUUCCUCAUUUUACAGUAGCAAAAGUUACUGUUCCUAAACCAGAACAUACCUAUGAGGUUUCAAUAGCAGGAUGUGCUAUUGCUACUUUGCAGAAAGAAUUAGCUGCUACUGCUGCUCAAAAGAUCACCAGGCCAGUGAAACCCCCCAUCCACAAGACUGUGGAGACCAGAAUGAUGACAGAGCAGGUGAUCUCACCCCUGCCUCCAUUCAAAGAGACCUCUGAAACAUAUCAGAUGCAUUACGACACUCGCUUGCACAAAGAAAUAAGCACAUCCUAUUUAGGUGCUGUGGAAAAAGAAGAGAAAUAUCACAUUUUUGAAGAGUGGGACAAAGAGAUGCUCGAAGCAGCAAGCGUACCCACAGUUGCUGAGGUAGCUGUCACUCCUCCAACCUUAGUUGCUGGAUUGAAAAAUAUGACUGUCAUUGAGGGAGAAUCUGUGACUCUGGAGUGCCAAAUCACUGGACACCCAGCCCCUGCUGUGAUGUGGUUCAGAGAGGACUUCAGAAUUGAGAGUUCAAUUGACUUCCAAAUUACCUAUGAAUCUGGAAUUGCACGGCUUGUCAUUCGUGAAGCCUUUGCAGAAGACAGUGGUCGCUUUACUUGCACUGCUACCAGUGAAGCUGGAACAAUUAGCACCUCCAGUUACCUGCUCGUCCAAGUUUCAGAAGAAAUUGAGAGCAGAGAAGAAGUCUCUGCUGUCUCUGUUUCUGAGCAGCACAUCGUCACCGAAGAGAAAAGUUUUUCUGAAUCAAGACAAGAGACCAUGUCAGAGACCAGCGGUGCUGCAGAGUCUGUUGAAUCUGGGGCAGGUGUUGCUGCUUUCUUUGUAAGGAAACCUACCGUGCAGAAACUAGUUGAAGGAGGUAGUGUUGUAUUUGACUGUCAGGUUGGAGGAAGCCCCAAACCACACAUUUACUGGAAAAAGGCUGGAGUGCCUCUGACUACUGGAUACAGAUACAGAGUGGCAUACAACAAGGAAACUGGAGAAUGCAAACUGGAGAUCUCUAUGACAUUUGCUGAUGAUGCAGGGGAAUAUUCUGUUGUUGCCCGUAAUCAGCUUGGAGAAGUGACUGCCUCAGCUAACCUAUUAGACGAAGAUGAAUAUGAUGCUUACAUGAAGCAGUAUCAAAUGACUCAAGUGACAACAUUUGUGCAAGAGCCUAAAGAGGCAGAAGUUGCACCAGCUAUUACCUUGAGUGAAUAUGAACAAGAACAAGUUCUUCUCCAGAAAAAAAUGGCUAAGCAGACUGUCAUGAUGAAAAGAUUCGUACAGGAGCAGGAAUAUCAGAUUUCUGCAUUUGAAGAAAGACUUAUCAGAGAGAUUGAAUACAGAAUCAUCACGAUUACUUAUGAGGAGCUUGUCUCAGAAGACGGAGAAGAAAUGAUGGUGGAUGUCCCUGAACAUGAGAGGACUGAACCAGGCAUUGAAAUCGCAUUGAAAAGCUAUAGAAUCCUGGAAGGAAUGGGCGUCACUUUCCAUUGCAAAGUGUCUGGACGACCGCUUCCAAAGAUCGUGUGGUUCAUAGAUGGCAAACGCAUAAAACAAGGGGGUCGUUAUCAAAUGGAGGUUCUGCAGGAUGGCAGGGCCAGCCUGCGCUUACCAGUAGUGCUGCCAGAAGAUGAAGGCAUUUACACUGCGUUUGCCUGUAAUGUAAAAGGAAACUCGAUUUGUUCUGGAAAGCUGUAUGUGGAGCCCACUGCUCCAGCUGGAGCUCAGCUAUACUUUGCUGAACCAGAAGCAAUCAAGAGAAUCCGCUCUGUCUCCCCACGAUCUCCUAGCCGCUCUCCAGGCCGUUCUCCAGCACGCAGACUGGAUGAAACAGACCAGGGCCAGCUGGAGAGACUGUACAAACCUGUUUUUGUCUUGAAACCCUCAUCCUUUAAGUGUGCUGAGGGUCAAACUGCACGAUUUGACUUGAAAGUUGUUGGCAGACCUAUGCCUGAGACCUACUGGUUCCAUAAUGGCCAACAAGUGAUUAAUGAUUACACCCAUAAAAUUGUGGUUAAGGAAGAUGGUACACAGUCAAUGAUCAUUGUUCCUGCCAUGCCUCAUGACUCUGGGGAAUGGACUGUAGUUGCUCAGAACAGAGCUGGCAAAACAUCUAUUUCCAUGACCCUUACUGUGGAAGCGAAGGAAAACCUAGUGAGACCCCAGUUUGUGGAAAAGCUGAAGAACCUGAGUGUUAAAGAAGGCACUUUAGUUGAGAUGGCUGUCAAAGCUAUUGGAAACCCAAAUCCUGACAUUGUGUGGCUGAAAAACAGUGAUAUCAUCUCUCCACACAAAUAUCCAAACAUAAAAAUUGAAGGCAAUAAAGGCGAAGCAUCCUUUAAAAUUUCAUCAGCAGCUAAUGCUGACACUGCGUGGUACACAGCAACAGCCAUCAACAGGGCUGGCCGUGACACAACAAGAUGCAAAGUCAAUGUGGAAGUAGAAUUUGCAGAACCUGAACCAGAAAGGAGAUUAAUUAUUCCAAAGGGAACAUACAAAGCCAAAGAGAUAUCAGCACCUGAGCUGGAGCCUCUUCAUAUGCGUUACGGACAGGAGCAAUGGGAAGAGGGUGACUUAUAUGACAAGGAAAAACAGCAGAAGCCACACUUCAAAAAGAAGCUUACUUCUGUGAGGAUGAAGCGUUUUGGACCUGCACACUUUGAAUGCAGACUGACUCCCAUUGGAGACCCAACAAUGGUGGUUGAAUGGCUGCAUGAUGGCAAGCCUUUAGAAGCAGCCAACAGGCUCCGUAUGAUUAAUGAGUUUGGUUACUGCAGUCUUGACUAUGAAGUAGCAUAUUCUAGAGAUAGUGGUGUAAUCACCUGCAGAGCAACUAACAAGUAUGGAGUUGAUCAGACUUCAGCAACCCUGAUAGUCAAAGAUGAAAAGAGUCUUGUUGAAGAGACUCAGUUGCCAGAAGGCAGGAAAGGAAUGCAGCGGAUUGAAGAGCUUGAAAGAAUUGCUCACGAAGGUGUACUUGUAGGAGUCACAGACGAAAUUUCAGAAAAGUCAAAGCCUGAAAUAGUCUUGUUACCUGAUUCUGCAAGGGUACUUGAAGGUGAGACUGCAAGAUAUCGCUGCCGAGUCACAGGGUAUCCUCAGCCAAAGGUCAACUGGUACCUCAAUGGACAGCUUAUACGUAAAAGCAAGCGUUUUAGGCUUCGCUAUGAUGGCAUCUAUUACCUUGAAAUUGUUGAUUGCAAAUCAUACGAUUCAGGUGAAGUCAAAGUGACAGCAGAAAACCCAGAGGGUGUUGUGGAGCACACUGUGAAGCUCGAGACUAAACAAAGAGAAGACUUCAGGUCUGUUCUGCGUCGUGCCCCUGAACCGAAAGUUGAAGGCUCACAACCAGAGCAUGGAAGGGUGCCAUUUGAAGUAGUAAAAGUAGAAAGGCCACCUGAAGCCCCACAGAGUAAAGAAGUUGUGAAACUUAGGAAAACUGAGAGAGUUACUCAUGAAAAAGAAACAGAGGAAACAGAAGAGCUCCGAAGUAAAUUUAAACGCAGGCAGGAAGAAGGAUACUAUGAAGCUAUCACAGCUGUAGAGCUGAAGUCACGGAGAAAAGAUGAAUCCUAUGAAGACAUGCUGAGGAAGAGGAAGGAAGAACUUCUUCACAGGAUCAAAGCAAUACCCGAGGAAGAAAAGAAAGAACCUUUUCCAGAGGGCACAGUGACCAUCCCAACUAUCAGGCCAGUCAGGGUUGAGCUGUCACCAAGCAUGGAGGCUCCCAAAAUCCUGGAACGUAUCCAGAGCCAGACUGUUUCUCAAGCAGAUGAGGCUCAUUUCCGUGCUAGAGUGGUAGGAAAACCUGAACCUGAGUGCCAAUGGUUCAAGAACGGUGUACAGCUUGAGAAAACUGAACGUAUCUACUGGUUCUGGCCUGAAGAUAAUGUUUGUGAAUUAGUAAUUAGAGAUGUGACGGCUGAAGACUCUGCCAGCAUCAUGAUUAAAGCCGUCAACAUUGCUGGAGAAACUUCAAGUCAUGCAUUCUUGCUUGUACAAGCCAAACUAGUGAUUACCUUCACUGAAGAGUUGAAAGAUGUUAAUUCCAAAGAGAAAGACACCAUGGCAACUUUUGAGUGUGAAACAUCUGAGCCAUUUGUCAAAGUUAAAUGGCUGAAAAACAAUGUGGAGAUUUUUUCUGGUGACAAAUACAGGAUGCAUUCUGACAGAAAGGUCCAUUUUCUUUCGGUGUUGAGCAUUGAUAUGAGAGAUUCUGCAGAGUAUUCCUGUGCCCUAGUAGAAGAAGAACACGUGAAGACUUCUGCUAGUCUUAUUGUUGAAGGUGCUCCACUUGAGAUUAUCAAGAAACUGGAGAAUAUUGAAGUACCUGAAUCCUACUCAGGGGAACUUGAAUGCCUUGUUACCCGGGAAGAUGCCAAAGGGACAUGGUACUUUGGGGAUGUUGAGAUUAAAGCAAGCAGCAAAUACGUAAUUGCUUCUCGCCGUGGUCGUCACAGCCUUACUGUGAAAGAUGUUACAAAAGAAGACCAGGGACAGUACAGCUUUGUAGUUGGUGACAUGAAGACAACUUCCACACUGAAAAUGAAGUUACGCCCUGUCACAAUGAUGCAAGGUCUUGCUGACAAAACUGUCUGUGAAGGUGAUAUUGCCCAACUCGAAGUUAAAUUCACUCAAGAAAACGUAGAAGGCACAUGGAUGGUGUCUGGUCAACCAAUCCAGCCAAGUGAACGUGUGCACAUUGUGAUUGACAAACAAUCUCACAUGCUGUUAAUUGAGGAUGCAACCAGGGGAGAUGCUGGUGUCUACUCUUUUGUAGUGACUGGACAUGACCUUUCAACAUCAGGACGACUGACUAUUCAGAGUAUCGAUUUUGUGAUCCCUUUGAAGGAUGUAAAUGCUGUUGAGGGAACAAAGGCAGUUCUUGAAGCCAAAGUCUCAGCUCCAGAUAUAUCUUCAGUUAAAUGGUUUCUAAAUGACCAGCAGAUAACACCAAACGACAGAAUCCAAACUGUAGCUAAAGGAGCAAAGCAACGUUUAUCGUUCACCAGAGCGUUUGCCUCUGAUGAAGGGCAAUACAGACUGGUGAUUGGCAAAGUUGAAUCACGCUGCACUAUGUCAAUUGAAAGAAUUAAGAUUAUUAAAGGGCUGGAAGAUCAGGUAUGCACAGAAACUCAAAAUGUUACCUUUAAUGCGGAGCUGUCGCAUCCUGGCAUUGAUGCAGUAUGGAUGCUUAAGAACAACCCCCUCAAAGCUGGUCCCAAGUACAAGAUUGAAGCAAAGGACAAACACUACACAUUGACUGUUAACAAUGUAAUGAAAGACGAGGAAGGAGAAUACACAUUUUCAGCUGGUGAGCAAACAUCGACUGCAAAACUUACAGUAUCAGGUGGUGCCAUUAGCAAACCACUCGAGGAUGUCACUGUAGCUGAAUCCCAGACUGCUGUUUUUGAAUGUGAGGUGGCUAACCCCGAUUCAGAUGGCAAGUGGUUCAAGGAUGGCAAACCAGUUGAGUUUAGUGAUAUUAUAAGAAGUGAAUCAGACGGAGCCAAAAGACGUCUCAUUAUUGAGAUAAGCAAACCAGAUGAUAUUGGUGAAUACGCCUACCAGGUUGCAACCUCGAAGACAUCAGCUAAACUAAAAAUUGAAGCUGUCAAAAUUAAGAAGACUCUAAAGAAUCAGACUGUGACAGAAACUCAGGAAGCUGUUUUCAGUUUGGAGCUCACCCAUCCCGAUGUGAAAGGUUCUCAGUGGAUUAAAAACGGGGUUGAACUUCAAUCAAGUGACAAGUAUGACAUAAGCAUUGUUGGCACUGUGCACACUCUGAAGAUUAAAAACAGCACCACACAAGAUGAGUCUGUCUAUAGUUUUAAACUGGGAAAACUGGGAGCCAAUGCCAGGCUACAUGUAGAGACUAUUAAGAUUGUUAAGAAGCCAAAAGAUGUCACUUCUUUAGUAGAUGCAACAGUUUCCUUUGAACUGAGCCUGUCUCAUGACAAUGUGCCCGUUACAUGGAUGUUCAAUAACGCAGAAGUUAAAGCAAGUGACAAAUUUAAGAUGAUGUCAGAAAGGAAAGCCCAUAAACUGAUCAUUCAAAACGUUACCCCUGAGGACGCUGGGGAUUAUACAGCCCUUGUGGGACAUCUGGAAUGCAAAGCAAGACUGUGUGUUGAAGCUUUGCGCAUCACUAAGACUAUGAAGAACAUUGAGAUUCCCGAGACAAAGGUUGCAACCUUUGAGUGUGAAGUAUCCCACUUUAAUGUCCCUGCUCUGUGGCUGCAAAAUGGAGUUGAGAUUGAAAUGAGUGAGAAAUUCAGAAUAUCAGUUCAGGGCAAAGUUCAUCAGCUGUUAAUCAUGAACACAAGCACUGAAGAUUCUGCAGAGUACACUUUUAUCUGUGGAAACGACAAGGUCUCCGCAACACUGACAGUGAAUCCAAUCCUAAUUACCUCAAUGAUGAAAGACCUCCAUGCACAAGAGAAAGACACCAUAACCUUUGAGGUCAAUGUAAAUUAUGAAGGUAUCACCUGCAAGUGGUUGAAGAAUGGUGUUGAGAUCAAAUCAACAGACAGGUGCCAAAUCAAGUCCAAACAACAGAACCACACACUCUCUAUCCGCAACAUUCACUUUGGGGAUGCUGCAGAGUACACUUUUGUUGCAGGGUCAUCUGUAACGUCUGCCACUUUAUAUGUGGAAGCCCGUCUUAUUGAAUUUAGAAAACCAAUUAAGGACAUCAAAGUUGUUGAGAAGAAGAAAGCCACCUUUGAAUGCGAGGUCUCAGAACCUAACGUUGUUGUACAGUGGAUGAAAGGUGGCCAAGAACUUGUGCUCUCUGAAAGGUUUAGAGUUUCAACAGAGAAAUUUAUACAUCGUCUAAUGAUUUCCACUGUGCACAUGUCUGAUGCUGGGGAAUACUCAGUUGUAGCAGGAGGGAAUAUGUCCACUGCACAUCUUACAGUAGAAGGUCGUGACAUUAAGAUAUCUGAGCCUGCUGAAAAAGACAUCACAGUUUUUGAACGACAGAGAGCUGUAGUUGAAUUUGAAGUGAAUGAGGAUGAUGCAGAGGCUUGUUGGCUCAAGGAUGGAGUGGAAAUUAACUUCCAGGUUCAGGAAAGGUUCAAAUAUGUUGUCAUUCGAAAAACUCAUCGUAUAACUAUCACAGAAACCAUACACAGUGAUGCUGGUGAAUACACCUUUGUGGCAGGAAAAAACAGAAGUGUGGUGACACUUCAUGUUAACGUUCCUGAGAUGCCACAGAUUGUGCAAGAGCUGAAACCCUUAACAAUCGACUGUGGUAAACCUGCACGCUUCUGUGCCAUGGUGCGUGGCAAACCUGAGCCCCAGGUUUCCUGGUAUAAGAAUGACCAGAAGCUCUCUGCAGGCUUCAAAUGCAAAUUCCUACAUGACGGAGAAGAGUAUACUCUUCUGCUGAUUGAAGUUUGCCCUGAAGAUGCGGCCACAUACACUUGUGAAGCCAAAAACGAUUAUGGUGUUGCAACUACCUCAGCAUCGCUCAAUGUUGAAGUUGCAGAGGUUGUUUCCCCCGAGGAAAUGGCUACUCCUGCCAUAGCUGCAACUCAAGAUGCCUCAACUACUGAAGUGCAAUCUGAAGGACUUAAAAAAGUAGAAGAAUUUACAUCCAACACUCAAUGGCAUGUUUCUACAAGUGUUGCAAGUGUUAAGAAGGAACCCCUUGGCCAAAGGCCUACUUUCAUUCAGCCUAUUGCGAGCUGCAUGGUGUCACAUGGGGAAGUGGCCAGAUUUUAUGCACAUGUCUCUGGCAUGCCGAAACCGGAAAUCCGUUGGUUUCACAAUCAACGAUUAAUACAGCCAACCAAAAAUGUGGUGUUUCAUUUCGAUGAAAUAACAAAUACAGCCACACUCAUUAUUGUUGAUGCUUACACUGAGCAUGCUGGACAGUACUCUUGCAAGGCAUGCAAUAGUGCUGGAGAAGCAACUUGCACAGCUACACUUGAAGUGUCUGCAGAAGACAUAAAGAAAGUAAUUCAAGAGGAGAUUGAACGUAAAAUUGAGUUGGAAGUAAAAGAAUUUUCUAGCUUGGCUCUCACGACAACUGGUGAAGAGAAACAAGAAACCUACAGCAGUGGCCUUCAGUUAUCUGACAAAGGCAAAACAUUUGAACUCAAGCCAGAACCUAAGAACCUUUAUUCCAGCACAAUUGAAAAGAAACAUGAAAAGCCAAAAGUACCAGUUUUUAUUAAGCAACUAGACCAUGCUGAGAUUAGUGUAGGGGAGGAAGCUAGGUUUUCUAUCAUAGUUACUGGCAUUCCCAAACCCAGAAUUCAGUGGUUUCAUAAUGGAAUAAAGUUGACUCCUUCAGCAGAUUAUAAGUUUGUUCAAGAAAAUGAGGAGUAUGUCAUGAUUAUCCCCCAUGUAAAAUUCGAAGAUAUAGGUGAGUAUUCUUGCUCUGCAAGCAAUAUUCUUGGCCAGUGCUUUUGCAGUACAUUUUUACAAGUGAGGCCAAGGGAAGCUAUGGGAGAAUUUAAAAAGCCUUCAGCAAGCCCACCAACUUUGAAAUUAGUAGAAAAGAAGGUCAUCAAAGAGUCUGUUUUUUCUGAAGAGGAACACAAGGUGCAAAUGGAGAAGAUGCAUAAUGUGACCAGAUGUCCUCCUUGCUUCAUAAAAGAACUACAACCUGUGCAAUGCACAGAAGGAAGUCAAGCUACAUUUGAAUAUAAAGUGAUAGGGGACCCAAUGCCUGAGGUGCAGUGGUUUAAGGGAAGAUACCAAGUUCAACCAAGCAUCUACUUCAGCAUUGUACACAAUCCUGAUGGAUCUGGUCACUUUAAUGUCAAUGGAGUUCAACAAGAUGAUGGUGGUCUUUAUACUUGUAGAGCAUUCAACCAGUCUGGGGAAGCCACCUCCAGUGCUGAGUUGCUUGUGUUUAAAGAUAAAUUUGCUAUUUCUUGGCACAAGGAACAGAAAGUUGUUCAAAAGAAAAAAGGAUAUAUAGUGUCAGCAGGCGAACAAGCUACAGAAUCCAGUUUAUAUAUGGUAAAUUUAGCAGGCGGGGCAAGGGCAGAACUCCAAGAUGGACACCAGAUGGUGUACACUAUAGGCACUGAGGAAAGACAAGCUAUAAGUAGUGAACAGGUAGACUCAUUAAGGGAAGUAGUAGUCUCCGCAGCAACGUUGCACAGAGAGCAUGUUCCCACCCACCAGGCUGCCAUACAACAAUCUCAUGAGAUUGAAGAGAGGAUCACAGUCUCCACUGGUGCAGCUGUACCAGAGUCUUGUGUUCCAAUGAUGAGGGAACUGCACACUGCAGCAUUCGCAACUUCUGUUCAGGAAAGCCAUGGCUUUAGAGAGCAGCACUAUGAGCAAAUGCAAAGCCCAGAGGUGAUUGAGAUUGAACUAACUAAAGAAAGACCCUCACAACUUAUGUCAGCAGUUGCUGAGAAAGUAUUAUCUUUAACUAGUGUGACAGCAGAAACUCUGGAGACAGGGGCUGAACUUGCAGUGACAAAACCUGAACCACAACAUAUUGUAUAUAGUCACCAUGUAGAAGGUAAGAUGCAACUGCCAAAAGAGGUAACAUUUGUUAUUCAAAAGCCAGAGUUAGAAAGGGUUAGCAAUGUGAAUGAAGGUGUUAAAAUAGUGCACACAGCUGUAGCAACUGUGAAGCAGGAAUUUAAUGAGGCCCAUACCAGUGAGCUUACAACUCUUGAUGCUGCCAUGGAAGCAACCGUAGUAAAGGAAUUGUCAAAACCACUGCUAAGGCCUGUCACUGAAACACCAAAAUCCCUAACAAAAGAGCAGACUUUUCAAGUGCAAAGACCAAAUGAGCAGCAGAUAUCAGCAACUAUGGGUGCACUUUUAAAAUCAGCUUUAACUGCUGAAGAGAAACAGCAGUUCACAGCUGAACGUACUAAGAAGAUUGCUGGGUUAGAUAGUGCAGUGUCUGUUCAAUCACAAAAAGUAGGUGAACAGGUUUUGCAUUUGCAGGUCAUAAGUGAACAAGACACAUUGCCCAGUGAAGCCACUUUUAAUUUUGAGGCGCCUCCUGAGGAGCACGCUGAAGUUAGAAAAAGCCCCACUUUGCUUUCUUCCCUAAUUUCAGAUGAGCAAACAUCUAUCUCUUAUGAAUUUACUUCACAAUUUUCUUCCAAACAGAGUGCAGUCUCAAUUCAGUCAACAAAAGAGGUCCCCACUACUUUACAUCUGCAGUCUGUACAAACAGAAUGUAUGCUCCCAAAGGAAGGUGUACUUUCCUUCGAAAAGCCUGAACCCCAAGUAGCAGUACAGAAACAAGAGAAAGCACGUAGGCAGGCAGUAAUUGCAGAAGAGAAAAGGGAAUUUUCAGCUGAUUAUUCCACAGACCUUGAUGUGUCAGUGACGGGUAUUCAUUCAGAGUGUAAAAGCGAGCCUCUUCCACAGACUUGUCUUCAGGUAAUUACAGAAUCGGUUCAACUGCCAAAAGAAAGUCCAUUUGCUUGUGAGGUAAAACAUCAGCGUGCUUUAGUUAAAAAAGAAGAUCAUUGGAAUGUCCUGCAGUUAUCGACCAUAGUAGAUAAUCAAACUUUGGAGGAGGGCCAUACUGAUACCUUUAAAGGAACAGAGAAAGUUACUUGUAAGACUAAGUAUGAACCUAAAUUCCCCUCUGAGUCUGUUCAUAUUGAAGAGAAAGCCAUUUCCACAGAAAGUACCAUUAUAUUAGAAGCAGCAGAAGAAGACUUUGCCGUCAGGAUUCAAGAAGGUCAAUCUGUGAGGCUUCCGUUAUUGAUGGAGGAAACACAGGUCAUUAUUGGAGAGCAUUCUGAAGGCAUAACUAGUUCAGAUGCAACAGCUCUUAAGGUACAAAGGCAACCAAAAGAGACAUUCCAGGCACAUGAGAUCCUUGAAAGUAAAACCCUUCCAAAAGAACUUACAUUUGUUCUCCAAACGCCCAAAGCUUUCACUUUGAGCAUCAGAACUCAAUUAAAAAAUGCACUUGAAUCUGCCAUAGCCAGUGAACAGCCUUUGCUUUUGGCAGAGGUUUUAGAACACUUAGAUGAUAUUGAGGUAACAGAACUAAAGGUACGCAAAGAACCCAAAUAUACCAUGUUUACCUAUCUUAUUACAACUAGUAGUUCCCCACCUAUGGAGAUAACCUUAGCUUUUGAAGGACAGUAUCCCCAGACAGCCGAUUUGAAAAGUGAACUUCAAGCUGCCUUUCAUUCAAUUGUUCAUCAGGAGCAACAUGUCCUGUCUUCAGAACAGCCAGGCACCAUGCAAAUUGACAGACCUCAAAGAUUACUUGUUAGCAGUGCACCUUCCAAAGAAGUUAUAUCACCACUCGUGGAAAUGGUUGGCAUUGCAGAGAGUGCUUCAGACAUUGCAAAACCAAGCACCCAGUCAGCUGAUCUUAAGACCCAAGACAAACCCUCAUUCCAAACAGUAAUGACACAAGGUGUUGCUCUGCUGCAGGAGUCAACUGAUUCUUUUUCAAAAAGUUCACAAGCACAGAUGAUUAAAGUAACCACAGAAUCAAAAAGGGAUAUUCAGGAGGUGGUAAAAACUCAUCAGAAAGAUGUUGGAGCUGCAGACAUUACCACAGAAGUACCUUCAACAUCAAUUCCUGUUGAACAGGCAGUAGACAUUCUUAUAAAAAAAGGGAGAAGGGAAGAAAUUUUAAAAGAAGAAAUGACAAUAUCUUCAGAACAUUCUACCAAGGGUUAUCCCAUCAUUAGUCAGGGACUAGAAGAUGUUGCUGCAGAGAAGGAUAGCGAAGUAAAUCUUAGUGUAAUUAUAACAAGGGUUAAAAAGGUAAACUGGCUUUUCAAUGGUAAACAGGUUACUUCAGGCAAAGAGUUCAAAUGUUUUAAGGACCACAAUACUUACACACUAGUAAUCAACAAAGCAGUCAAGGAGAAGCACGAAGGAGAGUAUAUCUGUGAGGCAGUGAAUGAAGCUGGAAAGACCACUACAUCAUCAAAACUCACAGUUUUAUUAAGAGCCGCUCCGGUCUUCAAGAAGAAAAUUCAGUCCUUGGAGGUCACUGUUGGCAACCCUGCAAAGUUUGAGUGUGAGACUGAAGUCGCUCCAAACGUGUCAUUUAAGUGGUUUAAGGCUGGGAAUGAAGUUCGAGAGAGUGACAAGUACAAGAUUGUUAGCAAAAACUACACAUCUACUUUGGAAAUUCCAAAACCCCAAGUAUCAGACAGUGGUGAAUACACCUGUACAGCUUCAAACCAGCAAGGCAGUGACAGCUGUUCAGCAUCGGUAACCGUAACUGAAGUUUUUCCUCCGGUCUUUGUAACUAGACCAGAGCCAAUGACUUUAUACGUGGGGAAGCCUGCAAGAUUUCAAUGUGCUGUGACUGGUUCACCACCGAUGAAUAUUGUAUGGCAGAAAGCCGGUCUUGACAUUUCUUCAGACGGGAACUACAAAAUCUCAACUGACAAGAAAAAUAAUAUUCUUGAGAUUCCUAGUCUUCAGCUUGAUAACAAGGGCAUCUACAGUUGCAAGGCAACAAAUGCAUUUGGAACCGACAUCUGUAGUGCUGAGCUAAGAGUUAUUGAUAAACCACAGUUUGUGAAGAAACUUGAGCCCUUACAGGUGGCUGUUGGCCACAUCAUUCGGCUUGAAUGCCAGGUGGACGAAGACACAGGAGUAUGUAUAACUUGGAGCAGAGAUGGUAAAAAACUCCAUCUCAGUAUGGAUUAUAAAAUUACAUUUGAAGACAAGGGAGCAGUUCUUGAAAUUCUAAAUGCCAAACUCAAAGAUUCAGGAAAAUAUGUCUGCACUGCAUCAAAUGACGCUGGAAGUAGCACCUGCUCUGCCUCUGUAACAGUGAGAGAACCCCCAUCAUUUCUUAAGAAACUGGAGCCCAAGAUUCUGUGGAAAAAGGGUGUGGCAGCCCGUCUACAGUGCUCUGUUAAAGGCUCACCUGAACUGCAGGUUACCUGGUUUAAGAAUGACAAGGAACUAAGUACCAGUGACAAAUACAGAAUCACAUUUGUAGAUGCUUUGGCAGUCAUAGAAAUUUUUGAAGUUAGUGCGGAUGACAGUGGAAGCUACACAUGUGAAGUACUAAAUGAAGCUGGCUGCGAGAGCUGCAGUGCCAAGAUAACAGUCAAAGAACCACCAUAUUUCAUUAAAGAAUUAAAACCAGUAGAAGUAAUGAAGGGCACCAAUACUGCACUUGAAUGUGAAAUUGCUGGUACAGCGCCAUUUGAAGUGAAAUGGUUUAAAGAUAGAAAGCCAAUUAAAACUGGUAAAAAACACAACAUUAUCUAUCAAGAUUCUAUUACCUCUUUAGAAAUUACUUCAUUUGAAACAGCAGAUGCUGGAGAUUACCAAUGUUUUGUAACAAAUGAUGUGGGCAAGAGUUCAUGCAGCUCAACUUUAACGUUGAAAGAAGCCCCCUCAUUUGUUAAGAAGAUUGAAAAUGUUACUGCAAUGUUGGGAAGUCCUGUUAAGAUGCAAUCUACUGUGAGAGGCUCAGUGCCUAUUUCCAUUAAGUGGUUGAAGGAUAAUGAGAUAGUGAAAAAUGAUGAUUUUAUCACUACGGCUUUUGAAAAUGGUGUCGCCACCCUGGAAAUAAUGACUGUUCAGAUUAGUCAUAGUGGGAAAUACACAUGUCAAGCUGAGAAUGAUGCAGGGCUUCAAAAGUGUGAAGCAGCUGUAUCAGUAAAAGAACCGGCCAGAAUAGUAGAAAAAAUGGCAUCAAUUAGUGUGACAGCAGGGGAGGCAGCAACUUUGGAAUGCACUGUAGCAGGUAGCCCAUCACUUAAAGUCAGAUGGUUUAAAGAAGGAAAAGAGAUGGCAUCCAGCAGAAAAUUCAAAACAAGCUUUAAGGAUAACGUUGCCAGUUUAAAGAUUUAUGCAGCAGAAAAAGCGGACAGCAGUGAAUACAUGGUUGAAGUGUCAAACAGUGUUGGAAAUGACAGAUGUGCUUCUUCUAUUACUGUACUGGAUCGGAUUAUUCCUCCAUCUUUUGUAAAACCAUUAAGGAAAGUGGAUGGCGUUGUAGGUACCAGUGUAAAGAUGGAAUGUAAAGUCUCUGGUUCUCAGCCUAUGACCAUUUCCUGGUACAAAGAUGAAAAAGAGAUAUCAGUUGGUGUAAAAUACCAAAUGACAUUCCAGGAAAACACAGCAUCACUGGGAAUAAGUCAAUUAGAAAUGAAGGAUGCUGGAAUUUAUACUUGCCGAGCAGCAAAUGUAGCAGGAAACAAAGAAAGCAGUGGAACUGUCGUUGUAAAAGAGCCACCAAACUUCUCUGUCAAGUUGGAUUCACAAGAUGUUAUACCUGGUUCCACUGUGAUUUUAAGAAGUUCUUUCAAUGGAACAGCCCCAUUGAAAAUUAAGUGGUUCAAGGGGGAUAAGGAAUUAACAACAGGUGGAGCAUGUUUUAUCAAAAAAGAAACAUCAUCAAGUUUUCUGGAGCUUCAUUCUGUGAAACCUUCUGAUUCAGACAACUACACUUGCGAAGUCAGCAAUGAUGUUGGCAAGGUGGCAUGCACCGCUAUCUUGUUUGUAAAAGAGCCACCAUCAUUUGUGAAGAAACUGGACCCUUCAAAACUGUUAAUGAAUGGAUCUUCAGUUAAACUGGAAUGUAAAGUAACUGGCACUCCUGAGAUAAAAAUUAAAUGGCUCAAGAAUGACAGUGAAAUCAGUGCUAGUGAUAAGUACAGAAUGUCCUUCACAAAUUCUGUAGCAGUCCUGGAGAUUAUCAAUACUAGCAUCGACGACAGUGGCGAUUACAUCUGCGAAGCACAUAGUGAAGCUGGUGGUGAUAGAUGUAGCAGCACAGUUACAGUCAAAGAACCCCCAGCUUUUAUAAAGGCUGUUGAAUCCAGGGAAAUUGUAAAAGGUUCUGAUGUUAUUUUGGAAGGUGAACUGUCUGGCUCAGCUCCAUUUGAUGUGGCAUGGUACAAAGACAGUAAACCUAUCAGAAGUAGCAAAAAGUACAAAAUAACCUGCCAGAAUGGCACAGUCAACCUUCACAUUCUGAAGUGCGAUGCCACAGAGGUUGGCAAAUAUCAAUGCACAGUUACUAAUGAUGUAGGAAAUGCAUCCUGUGAUUGCCAAGUUACAUUAAAAGAACCUCCAUCAUUUGUACAGAAGGUUGAAAAUGUUAGCUCCAUUGUAGGGAGUGAUAUUGCCCUGCAAUGUACCCUUAAAGGUUCAAUGCCAAUAACUGUGUCUUGGAUAAAGGAUGAUCAUGAAGUCACAGAGGAGGAACAUAUAAAAAUGAGUUGUGAUAACAAAAUUGCUACCCUGUACAUGACAGGUGUGCAUACACAGCACAGUGGAAAGUAUACUUGUCAGGCAAAGAAUGAUGCAGGAGUGCAAAAGUGUUCUGCUUCUGUAGUAGUUAAAGAACCUGCAAACAUAACUGAAAAGGCAGAAUCUAUUAGUGUUACUGCUGGUGACCCAGCCACUCUGGAAUGUAGGUUUUCAGGUACCAAGGCACUAAAGACUAAGUGGUCCAAGGGAGGCAAAGAGCUGGCAUCAGGCAAAAAGUAUAAGAUCCUCAGUACAGAUAAAGUUUCCACGCUAAAGAUUCAUUCGACAGAAAAGGUUGAUGGUGGUGAAUACAUGUUUGAGGUUUCCAAUGAUGUUGGCAGCAACACAUGUACAACAUCCGUCACAGUUUUAGAUCAAAUUAUCAAACCAUCAUUUACAAGAAAAUUGAAACCAGUGGACAGCAUCAAAGGGUCUUUUGCCCAUCUGGAAUGCCUUGUGUCUGGCUCUCUUCCUCUGAGUGUGGCAUGGUACAAGGAUGACAAAGAGAUAAUGGCUAGUGAAAAAUAUAAAUCCACAUUAUAUGAAAACACAGCAUUUUUGGAAAUUAUUCGCCUUGAUAGUGCAGACAGUGGGAGCUACACUUGUGUUGCAACCAAUAAAGCUGGACGUGAGCAGUGUUGUGGCCACUUAACUGUAAAAGAGCCGCCAACCAUUAUAGAAAAGCCUUUAUCGAAGGAUGUUUUACCCGGAUCUAGGGUGCAGCUGAAAGUUUUAGUCAAUGGCACUCCUCCAUUGUCAAUAAAAUGGUUUAAGGACAACAAGGAACUUGUAUCAGGAGCCACCUGUUCCAUUUGGAAUGACAACACGACAAGUUUGCUGGAGUUAUUUUCUGUCAGUGUUUCUGACUCAGGAGAUUACAGUUGUGAGAUCAGUAAUGAUGUUGGAUCAGAGGCUUGCAAAUCAACACUUUUUGUCAAAGUACCUCCAACAUUUGUUCAGAAGCCUGAGAAUGUAGCAAUAUUAAAACCAGGACAAAGCAAAAUGCUUGAGUGCCAGGUAGUAGGCACUCCUGAAAUAAAAAUCUCCUGGUACCAAGAUGGCAAUGAAAUAAGCUCCAGUGACAAGUAUAAAAUGUCCUUUGAUAACCCUCUGGUGAGCCUUGAAAUAACUGGUGCUGAGGUUAAAGAUAGUGGGGUAUACGUGUGUGAGGCGCACAAUGAAGCUGGUAGCGAAAGUUGCACUGUUGAAGUAAAAGUGAAAGAACCCCCAGUGUUUAAAAAGGAACUGACGUCUUUUGAAGCUGUGAAAGCCUCUGAUGUUAUGCUUGAUUGUGAAGUUACUGGUACAGCUCCAUUUGAAGUUACCUGGUAUAAGGAUGCUAAAGAAAUCCGAACCAGUAAAAGGCAUACAAUUACACAGGAGAAUGGUCGUAUUUGCCUUCAUAUACUCAAAUGUGAUGCAUUAGAUGUUGGUGAAUACCAAUGUACUGUAGCAAAUGAUGUGGGAAGCUGCUUAUCCAGGUCUAAGCUGAGUUUGAAAGAACCUCCGUCAUUUGUAAAGAAGAUUGAAAAUAUUGCCACUGUUUUGGAAAGUUCCGCUACAUUUCAGUGCACUGUUACUGGGUCACCUACCUUAUCUGUAAGAUGGCAGAAAGAUGAAGACUGGGUAUUAGAAGGCCCUAAUAUUGAACUUAAAUUUGAAGACAAUGUUGCAACAUUGAACAUAUGUGUAGCAGAAGCGUGUCACAGUGGGAGGUACACAUGCCAGGUUAUGAACGAUGCAGGAAUGGAGAAGUGUUUUGCAACACUAUUAGUUCAAGAACCUGCCAAAAUCAUAGAGAAGCCAAAGGCAGUAAGUGUUACUGUAGGUGAUCCUGUAAGUUUGGAAAGUAUUGUGGCUGGCACACCUGAACUUAAAGUAAAAUGGUUCAAGGAUGAUAAGGAACUCAUGCCCAGCAGACAGUAUAAAAUGAGUUUUGUGAAAAAUGUGGCAAGCCUUAAGAUACAAUCUGUAAAAAAUGAGGAUAGUGGGGAAUAUGCCUUUGAGGUCUGUAAUGACAUUGGAAGCAGCAGUUGCAAAGUGAAUUUGAUUGUCCUAGAACAAGUAAUUCCUCCAUCAUUCCUAAAAAAGUUGUCAGAAAUACAACAAGUUUUAGGAUCAUGUUUACGCAUGGAAUGCAAAGUUUCUGGUUCUCUUCCAAUGAGUGUGGAAUGGUAUAAGGAUGGCAACAUCAUAUCUGGUAGAACAAAAUAUAAUCUUGCCUAUCAAGACAAUACCGUUUCUCUGGAGAUUGAUCAGUUAGAGAAGACUGAUGCUGGAAAAUACACUUGCAAACUAAUGAACAAAGCAGGAAGUAGUGAAUGUGGUGGUACCUUAAUGGUUAAAGAACCACCAAGUUUUGUGGUGAAACCAGAUGCCCAGACAGUUCUUCCUGGUUCUACUGUGCAUUUUAAAUGUACUUUAAAAGGAACACCUCCAUUUGCUGUAAAAUGGCUAAAGGAUGGCAAUGAAAUCAUAACCGGCCCGAAAUAUUUUGUUGGAAUGGAAGGGUCAUCAUGCUAUUUAGAUCUUUACUCAGUUGGAGUUUCUGAAAGGGGAGUUUAUACCUGCCAAGUUAGCAAUGAUGCUGAUACAAUAAGCUGUACAACAGAGUUGCUUGUGAAAGAACCCCCCAAGUUUGUUAAGAAGCUGGAGUCUUCAAAGGUAGUAAAACCAAAAGACCAGACUCGCUUUGAAUGCAAAGUAACUGGAUCACCAGAAAUCCAAAUCUCUUGGUUCAAAAAUGACAGUAAAAUCAUUGAAAGUGAAAAAUACAGAAUAUCCUUCAUAAACUCUCUGGCCGUUCUUGAGAUUGAAAAUAUCAGUCUUGAAGACAGUGGAGACUACAUCUGUGAGGCGCUGAAUGAAGCAGGAAGUGACAGCUGCAGCACUGCAGUUACAGUAAAAGACCCACCUGUUUUCGUCAAAGUCCCUGAACCAGUGGAGGGUAUAAAAGGCAAAGAUGUGAGCCUUGAAUGUGAGCUUUCAGGCUCUCCACCCUUUGAAAUAACCUGGUAUAAAGACAAACGGCAAAUUAAAGACAGUAAAAAGUACAAGGUCACAUACGAGGGCUGUCAUGCUACUCUCCACAUUUUAAAUCUGGAAGGUUCAGAUGUUGGUGAAUAUCAAUGCAAAGCAGCAAACAAUGUGGGAAGUGACAGUUGUACUGGCACGGUUAAGCUCAAAGAGCCACCAGUGUUUGUGAAGAAACUGUCAAAUGUGACAGCCGUUACUGGAGAAGAAGUGACUUUGGGUGCAUCGAUUAAAGGCUCACAGCCUAUUACUGUGUCAUGGGUCAAAGACAAAGAUGUGAUAAGAGACAGUGAUAAUACCAGGAUUUCCUUUGAAAACAAUCUGGUCACUCUAAUCAUCAUCAAUGCAGACACAGCUAACUCUGGCAAAUAUAUUUGCCAGAUAAAAAAUGACGCUGGAAUGCAGGAAUGCAUGGCUUCUUUGUCUGUUCUAGAACCAGCAGCAAUUGUGGAGAAACCAGAACCAAUAAGUGUAACAGCAGGGGAUCCAGUGACUUUAGAAUGCACCAUAUCUGGUACACCUGAACUUAAGGGAAAAUGGUUAAGGAAUGGUAAUGAGAUGGUCUCUGGCAGGAAAUACAAAAUGACCCUUUCCAAAAAUGUCGCAGCCCUCAAAAUUUUGUCGACAGAAAAAGGUGACACAGGCGAAUAUACAUUUGAGGUCAAGAAUAAUGUUGGCAGCGACAGCUGUACAACAACCCUCACUGUUUCAGAUAAAGUUAUCCCUCCUUCAUUCACAAGGAAGUUAAAGGAUACAAAUGCAAUCUUGGGUGCAGCAACCCAAAUGGAGUGUAGAGUGUCUGGUUCUCCACCAUUAUCUGUUUCUUGGUUCCUUGAUGGGAAAGAGAUUGUUGAAGGAGCAAAGCAUCACCUCACAUUUACUGACAAUACAUGUACUUUGAAAGUUGAUACUCUUGAAUUGUCAGAUGCUGGAAUGUACAAAUGUUCAGUAAAAAAUACAGCUGGAGCUGAUGAAUGCAGUGCUUCUUUGACUAUAAAAGAACCUCCAACUUUUGUGAAGAAGCCUGAGCCAGUAGAAGCUCUGCCUGGAUCUAAUAUCAGUUUUACAGGAAUUGUAAGCGGAACCCCUCCACUAAAAUUGAAAUGGUUCAGAGGUAGCAGUGAAAUAAUGUCUGGGCGGAGCUGUGCAAUAACUUUACAGGGAACAACAGCCUCUCUGGAAUUGUUCAAAGUAGACACAUCAAAAAGUGGUGAAUACACAUGUCAAAUCAUCAAUGAUGCUGGCAAAGAGAGUUGUACAACAAACCUAUUUGUGAAAGAACCAGCAAAAUUCCAGAAGAAAUUGAAGGAUUCUAGUAUUGAAAUAGGGAAGUCCCUGUUUCUUGAAUGCACAUAUUCUGGUACCCCAGAUAUUUCAGUGAAAUGGCAUAAGGAUGGUACAGAAAUCACAUCUUCAGAAAAAUUCAAUAUAACUACAACAGAAAACUCCUGCAUACUAGAAGUCUUCGAAAGUAACAAAGAUUGUGGUGGAAAAUACACUUGUGAAGUUGUGAAUGAAGCAGGAAGUGAUACCUGUCAAGCAGUCGUGUCAAUAUUAGAACCACCCUAUUUUGUUCAGCAUUUGGAACCAAUGGAUGUGACUGUUGGAGAUGCAGUGUGUUUGAAAUGCCAAAUAGCAGGAACCCCUGAAAUUAAAGUGUCAUGGUAUAAAGGAGAUACAAAACUGCGAGCUACUUCUAUGUGCAAAAUGGAAUUCAAUAACAGCUUUGCUACUCUGAAACUGAGCAAAGUUAGCAAAAAUGACAUUGGAGAAUACAUCUGCAAAGCGGAAAAUCAUAUAGGUGCUGCAUCCUCAGAUACCUCAUUGAAUGUGCAAGAUGUCAAAACACCACCUACCUUUACAAGAAAAAUGACGAGUCUUCAGGAGACUGCAGGUCUUCCAGUUAAAUUUGAGUGUCGUGUAGCUGGGUCAUCUCCUAUUGAAGUGUCUUGGCUUAAAGAUGGUGAAUCUUUAGCCAAAAAAGAUGACAUUAAAAUAUCCUUAAUUGAUAACACUGCAAUCCUAGAGAUUGCGCAAACUGAAAUGAAACACUCUGGCGAAUACACAUGCGUAGCUUCCAAUGUUAUUGGAAGUGCCUCUUGUAGAGCCAAACUUACAGUUAAAGAACCCAGGUUUGCUCCUGUCUUUGACAAAAAGCUAGAGCCACUGGAAGUUACUGUGGGAGACAGUUUUGCACUUGAGUGCCAUAUGACUGGAUCUUUACCCAUCAAAGUCACUUGGUCAAAGGAUAAAAAGGACAUCAGAACCGCAGGAAAUUACAAGAUCACCUGCAUUGAUGACACACCUCGCUUGACCAUUCUGAAAGCAGAUAAGGGAGACUCUGGGCAGUACUCUUGUGAAGCCAGUAAUGAUAUGGGGAAGGAUUCUUGUACAACUCAAGUCUCAGUUAAAGAACGUAAAGUACCACCUACCUUCACCAAGAAACCUUCUGAAUCAAUUGAAGACAUAGAAGGAAAAAUCAUUAAGUUGGAAGGUCGUGUUUCUGGUUCCCAACCAAUGAACAUAAGCUGGUUCAAAGAUGACCAAGAAAUCCAACUGUCUGACAGUUAUGACAUGUCAUUUAAAAGCAAUGUUGUACAACUGUGCCUAAAGAAAGCUAGACUCUCAGAUACUGGUUCUUACACUUGCAAGGUGUCGAAUGAAGCAGGCACUACCUCAUGCAAUGUGUCUGUGCUUAUUAAAGAACUCAAAAGACCUCCAGUUUUUGAUCUGCCUCUUAAACCAGUCACAGUUAAUGUAGGUGAACGCUUGCAGAUAAGCUGUCAUGUCCAUGGAUCCGACCCUAUCAAGAUUCAUUGGCAAAAGGACAGGAAAGAAAUUAAACCUUCUGAUAAGUGCCAAAUUACUUUCACUGAUGGUACAUCUGCUUUGGAAAUAAGUGCAGUUGCUAAAACUGAUGCUGGUGACUACGUAUGUAAGGCCACAAAUGAGGCCGGAAGUGAAUCUUGCAAGGCACAAGUAAACGUAAAAGAUAAAGCUGUGGGAGGAUUAUCUGCACCAGCAACAGCAAAGCCAGCAAAAUUAGACAACUUAUUCUUCAUUGAGGAACCCAAGAGUAUCAAAGUGACAGAAAAGGGGGUAGCUACUUUUAUUGCCAAAGUUGGUGGUGACCCAAUUCCAAAUGUUAAAUGGAUGAAAGGCAAAUGGAGACAAAUCAACCAUGGAGGACGCAUUGUUGUAGAGCAGAAGGGUCAGGAGGCAAAACUUGAAAUCAAAGAAGUGACCAAAACUGACUCAGGACAGUACAGAUGUCUUGCAACAAACAAGUUUGGUGAAAUCGAAUGCAGUACCAACCUCGAGGUUGAGGAAAGGAAAGAACUAACAGUUGAUGCCGACUUCCGGGCAAAACUGAAGAAGGUGCCUUCCAAACAAAAGGAACAAGAGGAAGACAAAGACAUUGAUAUUGUAGAGCUGUUGAGAAAUGUGGACCCCAAAGAGUAUGAGAAAUAUGCCCGCAUGUAUGGAAUCACAGAUUAUCGCGGUCUUCUGCAAGCACUUGAGCAGCUCAAAAAGUUGAAAGGAGAGGAAACUCAUCAACUGGAACUGGAGGGAAGAAGUCCUGUAGAAGAACAGGAGUUUGAUGAACUUGUCUCUUUUCUACAACAAAGAAUGACACAAACUGAGCCAAUCAUUCUGGUCAAGGACAUUGAAGAUCAGACUGUUACAGUAAAUAAGGAUGCAGUAUUUGAAUGCGAGAUCAAGAUAAACUAUCCUGAGAUUAAGCUUUCCUGGUAUAAAGGAACUGCAAAACUGGAUACUGAUGAAAAGUAUGACAUAAGCAUUGAAGGUGACCGCCAUCUACUGAAAAUUUAUAACUGUGAAACACAGGAUCAAGGAAACUAUCGUAUUGUCUGUGGUCCACACAUUUCAAGUGCUAAAUUGACUGUAGCAGAACCUGUAGUGGAACAGCAUCUUCAGAGCUUAGCUGGUAAGGAAGGCCAGAUGGGUACCCUGGCUUGCCAGUUCUCAGUACCUAAUGUAAAAUCAGAGUGGUUAAAAAAUGGAAAGCUGAUAGAGGCACAUGACAGAUACACAGUUGAUGUCACUGAUAAAGUACAGAAACUUUAUAUUAAAGACCUAACACCAGAAGACCAAGGACGUUUUACCUGCAGAUUUGAGUGCCUUGAGACCACUGCUGAUUUUAGGGUGGAAGCUCAACAAAUCCAGUUCACCAAGACCAUCCGGGACAUUGUUGUCAAUGAGAAUCAAUCUGCAACCUUUGAGUGUGAGGUUUCGUUCGAUGAUGCGAUUGUUACAUGGUACAAAGACGCUACAGCGCUUAAAGAAAGUUCAAAAUACAACUUUAGAAAGGAAGAGCGUUGUCAUUUUAUGACCAUCCACACUGUAACUGCUGACGACGAAGGUGUUUAUUCUGUAAUUGCGCGACUGGAGCCAAGGGGUGAGGCCAAAAGCACUGCUGAACUCUGCUUGUCCAGCAAAGAAAUUGCUUUGGGAAAACAAUAUGAUGUUCCUGAUACUGGAGUACAUGAUGCAGACGUACCAUCUACAGUAAUCACCAAAGAUGUGACUUCUAAUGUUAUUGAGUAUGCUGCUGAAGAGCUCAUUACAAGGAAAGUGCCAGACUCUGAAAGAAGGAUAAUUGAAGAAGAAUUUGUACAAGCUACUAUAAUUAAAAGAGAUGAAGUUUCUGGACCUGCAGUUUCAAGGGUGCCUGUAGAUGAAACAGUCAGUGCAACAACUGUAGGAGGAAGAUACACAACUCCUGAAAAAGUUCCUGAAGCUUCAAAGAAGCCAGAAGAAAUUACACCUGCUGCUGUACCAAAGAGAGACGAGCCUGCUGGGGCUAAAGUACCUGAAGUUGCCAAGAAGCCUGUAUCAGAGGUUACACCAGAAGAUAAACCAGAAAAGAAAGACCAUGUUGCAUCAAAAGCACCUGAGGAAUUGAAGAAGCCUGUAUCUGAACCCGCUGUUACUCCAGCUAAAGGUCACGUUGCACCUACUAAAGUGGCUGAAGAAAUUAAGAAACCUGUACCUGAAGUGAAACCAGCACCUGCAACCAAAGUAGCACCUGAAUCAAGGGUUGCACCUGCAGAAAAGGUUACACCUGUAGAUAAAGUUGCACCUGAAGCCAAAGUGGUACCUGAAAAGAAAGCUACACCUGAAGUCCCGUCUGCUGUCACUCCCAGAAGGGAAGAGGUUGCACCAGUGAAAGUUCCUGAAGAGCCAAGGAAGACUGUACCUGGAAAACCUGAACCAGCUCAAAAACCAAAACCAGUUCUUCCAGAAGAAACUGUCACUCCUGCUAAAGUGCCAGAAGCUCCUAAGAAGACUGAACAAGUUGCACCUGCACUGGCUGCUCCAAAGAAAGAGGAGGUUGCUCCAGUGAAAGUGCCAGAAGCUCCUAAGAAGACUGCACAAGUUGCACCUGCACUGGCUGCUCCAAAGAAAGAGGAGGUUGCUCCAAUGAAAGCAUUUCUUAACCAGCACUAUGCGGCAAAUGAAGCUAAAUUUGAAAUAUUCUUUAAAGUGCCAGAAGCUCCUAAGAAGACUGCACAAGUUGCACCUGCACUGGCUGCUCCAAAGAAAGAGGAGGUUGCUCCAGUGAAAGUGCCAGAAGCUCCUAAGAAGACUGCACAAGUUGCACCUGCACUGGCUGCUCCAAAGAAAGAGGAGGUUGCUCCAAUGAAAGUGCCAGAAGCCACCAGAAAGACUGAAAAAGUUGCACCUGUGGUGGCGACGCCAAAGAAAGAGGAGGUUCCCCCAGUGAAAGUGCCAGAAGCUCCUAAGAAGACUGCACAAGUUGCACCUGCACUGGCUGCUCCAAAGAAAGAGGAGGUUGCUCCAGUGAAAGUGCCAGAAGCUCCUAAGAAGACUGCACAAGUUGCACCUGCACUGGCUGCUCCAAAGAAAGAGGAGGUUGCUCCAAUGAAAGUGCCAGAAGCUCCUAAGAAAACUGAACAAGUUGCACCUGCACUGGCUGCUCCAAAGAAAGAGGAGGUUGCUCCAGUGAAAGUGCCUAAACCUGAAAAGAAGAUCAUCCCAAACAAACCUGCACCAGUGUCUAUUCCAGUCCAAGCAAAAGUAACUCCUGCUAAAGUGCCUGAAGGUGAUAGAAGAGUCAUUCCUGAAGCAACACAACCAACCAUUGAACACCCUGCAGAGAAAAUAACUCCAGCUAAAGUUUCUGGGGAGAAAAAGAAGACAGUAUAUGAAGAAAUUAUACAACUACAUAUUCCAGAAAAGGAAGAAAUUAUAAUUACAAAAGAUUCUGAACCAGAAGAGAAAAAUGUCCCUGUGACAGCUCCAGGAGCAGAUACGAAAAAAGAAAAGCCCAGCACGCCACCAAAGAUUCUUAAACAAAAAGGUAAAAUUCCUACUGAGGAAGAGGAGAAACUAGAAAUACCAACCUUAAAGAAAGUAACCAAGAUAUCAAAAGAUUGGGAAGAGGAAGAACAAACUAUAAUACUUAAAGUUAGCAAAAUUCCUUCUGAGGAACUUGCAACUGAAUCAGGUAUAUCACUUAAGAAAGUCACUAAAACAACAAAGUAUGAGGAAGCAGGCUAUGAACUAUCAUUAAAGAAAGCUGGUUUGAUUACUCAAGAGUCGGAAUCAGGUAUUAAACAUGAAGUGCAAGAAGAACAUAGUAAAACUCUACAGAGAGUUGAAAAAAUUACUGUUGCACAAGAUGCAGAGACAGCUGUUCUCAGGAAGGAUGGACAUGUCCCUAGAGAUGAAAAACCCAAAGAGUCUGUCAUAGCUUUGAAAAAAGUGGAGCGAAUCCAAACACAGGACAAAGAAAAAGAAGGGGUAACACUUAAAUCAUUUGGAAAGGUUCCUAAAGAUGAAGCCCCGGCAGAAGCUGAAGAAUCAGGUAUCAAGUUCAAAAAGAGUGAAAGACUUCCAAUAGCUGAAAAAGAGAAGGAGCCAAUAACCUUGACAAGGGGUGAGAGAAUUCCUAAGGAUGAAAUACCCAAAGAACCAGGUACAGCACUGAAAACAGUUGAAAGAAUCCCUACACAGGAAAAGGAAAAAGAGGUAGUAACACGGAAACCCUUUGAAAAGAUGCCAAUAGAUGAAGUGCCAGUAAAAACUGAAGAAGCGGGUAUGCAAUAUAAAAAGGGUGAACAACUCCCUGCAGCAAAGAAAGAAAAGGAGCCAGUAACCUUGAAAAAAGGUGAAAAGGUUCCUAAACAUGAAGUACCUAAAGAACCAGGUGCAGCAGUGAAAAAAGUGGAAAGGAUCCCAACACCAGUAAAAGAAAUAGAACCAGAUGUUGUAAAGAAACCAGACAAGGUUCUAACAGCAGAUGCACCACGUGAACCUGUUUUGCCAUUAAAGAAACCUGGAAAAGAGCAACCAGCAACCAUUCCAAUAGAUGAACAGCCAAAAGUCAAGGGUGUGCCUCUAAUCAAAGGUAAAAGUCCAAAGGAAGAGGAAAAACAAUUGCAGCUGAAAAAGGUUGGAAAACUUCCACAAGAACCAGAAGAAAAAGACACAGAUUUAUCACUUAAACAUGUUGAGCUUAGCAAACCACUUGUGCCACUUAAGAAGACUCCUUCCCCCAAAGUUGAUGUAAAGCCAAAGGUUAUUGAAUCAAUUCCUGUAGAACGAAAACCAAGCAAAGAAGCUGCUAAAGAACCUCAAGAAAAGCCUAGUGUAAAAGAACCUGUGGAAGAAAAGGCCCCUCUUCUCAAGAAAACACCUAUGAAAACCAAGUCCCCAGAAGAACAAUCUCCUGCAGCCCAACUUAAAGUUGGGAAAGGGAAGGUCCCAACAGUGGAAGAACUGUCACCUGAAACGAUACAACUGAAGAAAAUUCCAACACAUUUGGAAGAAGAAAUAUUUUUGGAAGAACCUGAAGAAAAGGUAGGUGAGGAUGGAACCUGGGGGUCUGAACUUUCUGAAUGUGAGGAAUAUGCGUCAUCUGAAGACUGGAAAGAAGCUGCUAAAAAUGAAGAAGGAGCUGUUGAGACUCCAGGAAAGACUGUUGAAAGACGAGAUGGCAAAGCACCCAAAGCAGAAGCUGGCAGGGGUAGAGGGCUACCAAAAGCGAGACAAACACCCUCGCCUGGUGAUGGAGAUAAGAGGAGGGGACUAAGACCUGGUGCUGGAGGUGACAAGCCUCCAGAUGAGUCACCUUUUGGAUUCCAGCUCAAGGCAGUCCCACUGAAGUUUGUCCAAGAACUGAAAGAUAUUGUUUUAGAAGAAGCAGAGUCUAUAGGCUCUGCAGCUGUCUUUGAAUGUCAGAUUUCACCAUCAACUGCAGUCACUUCUUGGAUGAAAGAUGGAAGCAACUUGAGAGAAAGCCCUAAACACAAAUUUACCUCAGAUGGUAAAGACAGGAAGCUGUCGAUUAUCGAUGUGCAGCUUUCAGAUACCGGCGAGUACACAUGCAUAGCCCGUAUUGGCAACAAAGAAAAGACCUCCACAGCAAAACUCAUUGUCAAAGAACUGCCGGUGCGUUUCACAAAGACACUUGAUGAAGAGAUGUCAGUCAUCAAAGGACAGCCUCUGUACUUGCAUGCUGAGCUGAGUAAAGACAGAGAUGUGAUCUGGAAGAAGGAUGGUAAACCUCUUGAAGAAAAGGCUGGCAAGUACGCAGUGAAUGUCAUUGGACUGCAACGUGCUGUCACCCUCUCAGAUGCUGAGGAUUCAGAUGCUGGUGUAUAUUCUGUGGAAACUGGGGACAUUAGAUGUCAAACAACUGUCAAAGUAAUAGAAAUAAUUCGAGAUUGGUUGGUGAAACCCCUGAGAGACCAGCAUGUCAAACCGAAAACUACGGCCAAGUUUCAAUGUGAACUUUAUAAGGAUACACCAAACAUAAAGUGGUUCAAGGGAGACACUGAGAUCCCUAUGACUCCAACCGAAAAGACUGAAGUCUUAAAGGAUGGAAAACAGCUUACUCUCCUCGUGAAGAACGCUGCUCCAGAAGAUGUUGCGGAAUAUGCCCUAGAGGUUGAAGGUCGCAGAUACGCAGCUAAACUAACUCUUGGAGAACGUGAAGCUGAGAUCUUGAAGCCUCUGGAAAGCAUUGAAAUUUAUGAAAACGAAACUGCCAACUUUGAAACUGAAAUUUCUGAGAAAGAUGUACCCGGAGAAUGGAAACUAAAAGAGGAGGUCUUGCACCGAUCACCUACCUGUGAGAUCAAGUCAGUGGGUAACAAACGUCAACUCACGUUACACAAUGUCAAACUUGAACAAGCUGGGGAAGUUGUUUACCAGGCAUUAAAUGCAAUGACUACAGCCUUGUUGAAAGUGAAGGAAGUGGAACUGGACUUCUCUGUGCUACUAAAGGAUGUCACUGUGCCAGAGAAAAGGCAGGCGAAGUUUGAAUGCCUGCUUAACAGAGAUAUUGAAAAGGUCAUGUGGAUCAAAGGCUCAGAUAUCAUAAAGUCCAGUGAUAAAUUUGACAUUAUUGAUGAUGGAAAGAAGCAUGUGUUGGUCAUCAACAAUGCUGCUUUUGAGGAUGAAGGAGAAUACACCAUUGAAGUAAAUGACAAGAAGUCCACAGCAAAACUCAUUGUAACAGGUAUGCGAUUGAAGUUUGUCACGCCAUUAAAGGACCAAACAGUGAAGGAAGGUGAAACCGCUCGGUUUGAAUUUGAGCUUUCCCAUGAGAAUGUCGAAGUUUCUUGGUUCAAAAAUGAGACUAAACUUCAUCCAAGCAGAACGAUCCUUACCUCUGUUGAUGGCAAGAAACAUGUUUUAGAGAUGAAAGAAGUCACUCUGGAUGAUACCUGCCAGAUUAAAGUAGAUGCCAAUAGAUGUUCUUUGACAGCUAACCUGACUGUUCUAGAGGGAGAUCCGUACUUUGUUGUGAAGUUACAAGAUUACACUGCAGUUGAGAAAGAUGAGGUUGUUCUUGACUGUGAACUCAGCAAAGAUGUCCCUGUGAAGUGGUUUAAAGAUGAGAAGGAGAUCAAAGCUUCAAAGAUGGUUACCAUAAAGGCAGAAGGAAAACGGAGACUCUUAUCCAUCAAGAAAGUGGAAAGUAAAGAUAAGGGAGAUUAUGUAUGUGACUGUGGAACCGAUAAGACGAUGUCAAAUGUAAACAUCGAGGCUCGGGAUAUAAAGGUGGUGCGCCCCUUGUAUGGCGUGGAGCUCUUUGCAGGAGAAACAGCACGCUUUGAAGUGGAAAUCUCUGAAAGUGAUGUUCAUUCUCAAUGGAAAUUGAAGGGAGAAGUCUUGUCUUCUUCCUCGGAUAUUGAAAUGGUUGAGGAUGGUGCCAAGCAUGUCUUGACCAUUUACAACUGCAAGAUUGCCCAGUCUGGUGAAGUCUCCUUCCAGGCAGCUAAUGCAAAGUGUGCAGCUAAUCUUAAAGUUAAAGAGCUUCCACUUUCCUUCAUCACUCCACUUGCCGAUGUUAAAGUGUUUGAAAAAGAUGAAGCUAGGUUUGAAUGUGAAAUUUCAAGAGAACCCAAGACCAGCCGCUGGCUAAAAGGAACUCAGGCCAUAAAAGCUGAUGAUAAAUUUGAAAUUGUUGCAGAAGGAAAUAGGCAUGCACUUAUAGUUAAAUCAGUUGCCUAUGAAGAUGAAGCCAAGUUCAUGUUUGAAGCUGAAGACAAACGAACUACAGGCAAACUAAUUAUCCAAGGAAUUCGACUUGAGUUUGUCAAACCUAUCAAGGAUGUCACAGUUAAAGAGCGUGAGACUGCAGCAUUUAGUGCUGAACUUUCUCAUGACAAUAUCCAGGUUACCUGGUUCAAGAAUGACACUCGCCUUCUUCCAAGCAAGGUGGUGCAUAUGACAGAUGAAGGCAAAGUCCAUACCCUUGCAUUUAAGGAGGUAUCAAUUGAUGACACGUCACUCAUUAAGGUGGAAGCUAUGGGAAAAAGCUCGGACGCCAUGCUUAAUGUUCUGGAGGGCGAGCCAUACUUUGUUAAAAAGCUGCAAGACUACACAGCAGUAGAGAAAGAUGAAGUCACUUUGCAGUGUGAGAUCAGUAAGGCAACUGCUGAAGUGAAAUGGUUUAAGGGUGGAAAAGAAAUUACUCCAUCCAAGAAUGUUAACAUCACCGCUGAUGGCAAAAAACGUAUUUUGGUUGUCAAGAGAGCACUGAAGAGUGACAUUGGAGAAUAUACUUGUGAUUGUGCCUCUGACAAGACCACUUCGAAACUCAACAUUGAAGAACGUGACAUUAAGAUUGUGCGACCACUCUACAGUGUUGAGGUUACAGAAACUGAAUCGGCCCGCUUUGAGACUGAAAUUUCUGAAGAAGAUGUACAUGGGAACUGGAAGCUUAACGGAGAAGCUUUGCACCCAUCACCUGAUUGUGAAAUUAAGGAAGAGGGCACAAAGCACAUUCUUAUCUUAUAUAAUGUGAAAAUGGAUCAAGCUGGUACUGUUGACUUCCAGGCAGCCAAUGCUAAAUCAAGUGCUCAACUGAGAGUGAAAGCCCGGGUAAUUGGCCUACUCAGGCCCCUGAAGGAUGUUACAGUUACUGCUGGGGAAACGGCAACCUUCGACUGUGAACUUUCCUAUGAAGGAAUUGAAGUGGAAUGGUUCCUUGGAGAAAAGAAAUUGGAAUCAAGUGACAGAGUUGUCACACGUGUUGAAGGAAGAGUGCACGCAUUUACCCUCAGAGAUGUUCAGUUGAAGGAGGCUGGUGAAGUUAAACUCACUGCUAAGGACUUCAAAACACAAGCUAAACUCAUUGUAAAAGAACCACCAGUUGAAUUUACUAAACCUCUGGAGGAUCAAACAGUUGAAGAAGAAGCCACUGCUACCCUGGAGUGUGAAGUUUCCAGAGAGAAAGCUGAGGUCAGAUGGUUCAGAGAUGGACAAGAAAUUCACAAAACUAAAAAAUAUGAACUCGUUGCUAAGGGAAGAGUCAGAAAACUUAUCAUCCAAGGCUGUACACUUGAUGAUUCAAAAACAUAUACCUGUGAUGCAAAGGACUUCAAGACAUCUGCUUUCCUGAAUGUUGAACCUCCACAUGUGGAGUUUACAAAGCCUCUUACUGAUGUUGAAGUGAAAGAAAAAGAAUUUGCUAAAUUCGAAUGUGAGGUUUCUCGUGAAAGCGCAAAGGUUCGCUGGUUCAAGGAUGGCAGUGAGAUUAGAAAAGGCAAAAAGUAUGAAAUAAUUUCCAAGGGAGUCCAGCGCAUUCUUAUUAUCAGCAAAUCUGUCUUUGAUGAUGAAGCUGAAUAUGAAUGUGAUGCUAGAACAUCUAAGACCUCUGGCAUGCUUACUGUCAUAGAAGAAGAAACUGUUUUUACAAAGAAUCUUUCAAACGUUGAAGGCACUGAAACAGAUAGCAUUAAACUGAUCUGUGAAGUCUCUAAACCCAGUGCAGAAGUUGCAUGGUAUAAGGGUGACAGAGAACUGCCUGAAGGUGGAAAAUAUGAGUACAUUACUGAUGGCAAGAAGAGGAUCUUGGUUAUUCAGGAUAUUCAUGUGAAUGAUUCAGGCGAAUAUAAUUGCAGGCUGCCAAGCUCAAAAACAUCUGCAACACUUACAGUAAAUGAACUUGCAGCAGAAUUUAUUUCUCGACCACAGAAUUUGGAAGUACUUGAAGGGGACAAAGCUGAAUUUGUCUGCUCAGUAUCCAAGGACACCUACGAAGUUAAAUGGUUUAAGGGUGACAAGGAGCUUGAAAAUAGUGACAAAUAUGAUGUUAUCUCAGAUGGCAAAAGGAGAAUUCUUGUUGUCAAGAGCAGUAUCCCUGGUGAUGAAGGAUCAUACGCUGCUUCAAUUGGUUCUUCGAGAGCCUCAGCAGAUCUUGUCGUCAUUGAAAAACUCAGGAUUAUAACACCUAUCAAAGACCAGCAAGCUAAAGAAGGACAAGAGAUUGUCUUUAACUGUGAAGUCAAUACCGAAGGAGCCAAAGCCAAAUGGCUGAAAAAUAAUGAAACUAUUUUUGAAGGUGCAAAAUACAUCAUGGUUCAGAAAGACUUGGUCUUCUCACUUAGAAUUCGAGAUGCCCAAAUGGAAGAUCAAUCCAUCUACACCAUUACAUUGGCAAAUCACAGAGGCGAACAAGCAAAAUGUUCUGCCAACUUAACAGUUCAAGAGGAGGACAUCAAGAUUAUUGAACCCCUUGAAGACUGUGAAACUCAGGAAAAAAAGACUAUCAGCUUCACCUGUAAAGUUAAUCGUCCAAAUAUUACUGUGAAAUGGAUGAAGAAUGACAAGGAAAUUACCUUUGACAAACGUAUCAUGUACAGAGUAGACAAGAACAAACACACACUCAUUGUGAGAGACUGUGAAUUAGCUGAUGAAGGUGAAUACACUGUCAUUGCCGGAGCAGACACAUCUGUUGCUGAAAUGAUUAUUACAGAGGCACCAACCGAUUUCACUGGACAGUUGCAAGAUCAGACAGUCACUGAGUUUGAAGAUGCUGUCUUAACAUGUCAGCUCUCCAAAGAAAAGCCAUCUGUGAAAUGGUACAGAAAUGGAAGAGAAAUCAGAGAAGGUCCCAGAUACCAGUUUGAGAAAGAUGGCAAAUUUUGCAAACUCAACAUCAAAGAAUGUAGACCAGAUGAUGAAUGUGAAUAUGCAUGUGGUGUGGAGGAUAGAAGGACCAGAGCAAGGCUUUUUGUUGAAGAAACCCCAGUUGAGAUUGUAAGACCACCUCAAGAUGCCUUUGAGGCCCCUGGAUCAGAUGUGAUCUUUGAGGCUGAACUAAACAAAGAUAGAGUUGAAGUGAAAUGGCUUAGAAACAACAUGAUUAUUGUUCAAGGUGACAAAUACCAAAUGAUGAGCGAAGGCAAGCUACACAGACUCCAGGUCUGUGAGAUCAAGCCCCGUGAUCAAGGCCAAUACAGAGUAAUUGCCAAAGAUAAAGAUGCCAGUGCUAAGCUUGAACUGGCAGCUGUACCAACAAUCAAGACCACUGACCAGAACCUUGUAACGGAUGCUGGAAAGCCAUUCACAAUGACUGUCCCCUAUGAUGCUUACCCAAGGGCAGAAGCACAAUGGCUCAUUGGAGACAUCAGCUUGCCGAAACAGAACACUGACACAUCAGCAGAUAUGUCUAUCUAUAGAUUGUCACAUCCUAAAAAAUCUGAUAAGGGACGAUACAAAAUUGUUAUUCAGAACAAACAUGGAAAAGCAGAAGCAUUCAUUAAUUUGGAUGUUAUCGAUGUUCCUGGGCCUGUUAAGAACUUGCAUGUUGUUGAAACUACUGAUGGAGAAGUAAGUCUUGCUUGGGAAGAGCCUGAAAGCGAUGGUGGCAGCAAGAUUAUUGCCUAUGUUGUUGAAAGGCGUGACGUGAAACGCAAGACUUGGACCCUGGCUACUGAUCAUGCUGAUUGUCCUGAAUUCACAGUGACUGGACUCCAUAAGGAUGUUGAGUAUUACUUCCGUGUCAGUGCAAGAAACAGAGUGGGCACUGGAGAUUCUGUGGUAACUGAUGAACCUGUCCAAGCCAAGAACAAGUUUGAUGUUCCUGAUGCCCCACUAAAUGUCAAGGUUGGAAAUGUCAGCAAAUUCAGUGCUACUGUUACAUGGGAACCUCCAGCAUUUGAUGGCGGAUCUGAAAUUACAGCCUAUAUUAUUGAACUGCGUGACAGAACUUCUGUUAGCUGGGACGUGGCUAUGGUGACAAAGCCAGAGGACCUGAUUGCAACAAUUAAUGAUGUUGUGGAGAACAAAGAAUACAUCUUCCGUGUAAAAGCUGAGAACAAAGCUGGAAUCAGCAAACCAAGUCUAGCUUCUAAUCCUAUAAAGAUCAUGGAUCCAAUUGACAAGCCAAGCCCACCACUUAACUUUGACUAUGCUGACCAGACCAAGUCAUCAGUUCAGCUUACAUGGGAGACUCCUUUGAGUGAUGGAGGAAGUCAGAUUACAGGUUACGUUAUUGAACGCUGUGAAGAAGGAACAGAAAAAUGGCUGAGAUGCAAUGCAAGACUUUGCCCUGAUCUUUCAUAUAAGGUUACUGGCCUCAAAAAUGGAGUUAACUACCUUUAUAGAGUUUCUGCAGAGAAUGCUGCUGGUCUAUCUGAUCCAGCUGAUACACUUGGACCACUGACAGCAGAUGAUCCACAUGUUGCACCUAGUUUGGACUUAAGUGCAUUUAAAGAUGGCCUAGAAGUGAUUGUUCCAGCACCACUCAAGAUCCGCAUUCCCAUAACUGGCUAUCCCCGGCCAACUGCAAAGUGGUCAUGGUCAGUCGAAAGCAAAGACUUGGAAAGUGGGGACCGUGUGAAGAUGGAUACUACUAAAACUUUUACAGAACUGGUCAUCACCCCUAGUGUACGUCCAGACAAGGGCAUCUAUACUGUGCAUUUGGAAAAUGCUGUCACAGCUGUUUCAGGAGAAAUCAAUGUGAACGUUAUUGCAUGUCCAAGUGCACCAAGAGAAUUUAAAGCACCUGAAGUAACUAGGAGUGGAGUGCAUUUGAUGUGGGAGGCACCAGAACAUGAUGGUGGUAGUCCGUUGACUGGAUACCUCAUUGAAAAACGUGAACUAAAUCGCAAGACUUGGGUCAAGGUUAUUAGUGGUGUACAUGACCAGGAGUUUACUGUCACAGAUGUUGUUGAAGGCAAAGAAUAUCUGUUUAGAGUAUCAGCUUGCAACAAAUGUGGUCCAGGGGAACCUGCAAACCUUGAUGAACCUGUUAAUGUAUCAUCCCCAGCCUCUGUGCCUGAUCCCCCUGAAAAUCUUAAAUGGAGAGAUAAAUCAGCUAGUGGAAUCUUUCUUUCAUGGGAGCCACCAAAAUAUGAUGGCGGAUCUAAAAUCAAGGGCUACCUUGUUGAAAAAUGCCAGCGUGGCUCUGAUAAGUGGGAGUCUUGUAGUGAUCCAAUUAUAGAAAUGAAGUUUCAAGUCACUGGUCUGAAAGAGGGAGAAUGGUAUGCAUACCGGGUAAAAGCUAUGAAUAGACAAGGAGCUGGCAAUCCUUGCAAACCUACAGAUGAAAUCCAAGCUGUGGAUCCCAAAGAGGCCCCAGAAAUAUUUCUGGAUGUUAAACUGCUUGCUGGUCUAACUGCUAAAGCAGGGAGCAAGAUUGAACUGCCAGCUUCUGUGACUGGCAAACCAGACCCCAAAAUCACUUGGACAAAGGCUGACCUUGUUCUGAAAUCUGACGACCGAAUUCAAAUUGUGACCAAACCUGGUCACUCAACUUUGGAAAUCUCCAACACAAAGAGGGAUGACAGUGCUACCUUCAUCAUUGAAGCUGUGAACACCAGUGGUCGUGCAACAGCAACCGUUGAAGUUAACAUUCUAGAUAAACCUGGCCCUCCAGCUGCAUUUGAUGUCACUGAUAUCACCAAUGAGUCCUGCUUCCUGACUUGGAACCCUCCCAGAGAUGAUGGUGGUUCUAGAGUCACAAACUACGUAGUUGAAAGGAAGCCUGUUGAGAGUGAAGUGUGGCAUAAACUCUCUUCAACUAUCAAGGAAACCUCAUAUAAGGCCCUUAAAUUGGUUCCCCUUAAGGAGUAUGUCUUCAGAGUCAGUGCUGAAAACAUGUAUGGCGUUGGGUUGCCUGAGCAGCAUACUCCAAUUGUUGCUAAAUAUUCCUUUGACACACCUGGCGCACCAACACGCCUUGAGCCUUCUGAUAUUGCUAAAGACUCUUUGACGUUGACAUGGUAUGAACCAGAUGAAGAUGGUGGCAGCCCUAUCACUGGAUACUGGGUUGAGAGACUUGACCCAGAAAGUGAUAAAUGGAUUAGGUGUAACAAGCUCCCUAUCAAGGACACAACAUUCAGAGUAAAAGGAUUGCCCACAAAGCAGAAGUAUAAAUUCCGUGUCUUGGCUGAGAACCUUGCUGGACUAGGAAAACCAAGCUUGGAAACAGACAAAAUCUUAGUUAAAGAUCCUAUUGAUCCUCCAUGGGCUCCUGGAAAGCCAUUUGUAAAAGAUGUUGCAAAGACAUCUGUAUUCUUACAGUGGACCAAACCAGAACAUGAUGGAGGAGCCAAGAUUGAGUCUUAUAUUGUUGAGCUGCUAAAGAGUGGAACAGAAGACUGGGUCCAUGUAGCUGAAGGAGUUCCUAUGACUGAGCACUUCCUUAAAGGACUGAUGGAGAAACAGGAAUACUCGUUCCGAGUCAAAGCUGUGAACAUUGCUGGUGAAAGUGAGCCUAGCGAACCCAGUGAUCCUGUACUUUGCAAAGAGAGAUUGUUCCCUCCCUCUCCUCCACGCUGGCUUGAGGUUGUGAAUAUCACAAAAACCUCUGCUGACCUGAAGUGGGCACCCCCAGAGAAGGAUGGUGGCUCUCCUAUCACAAAUUACAUUGUUGAGAAGAGAGAUGUCAGACGCAAGGGCUGGCAGGUAGUUGACACCACAAUCAAGGACACCAAGUACACAGUUACUCCACUCUCAGAAGGCUCGUUAUAUGUAUUCUGUGUUGCCGCAGAGAAUGCUGUUGGCCAGAGUGAAUACUGUGUACUGGAAGACUCAGUCCUUGCCAAAGAUACAUUUACUACCCCUGGACCUCCCUAUGCGCUUACAGUGGUGGAAGUGACAAAGAGACAUGUUGAUCUGAAAUGGGAAGCUCCCAAGAAUGAUGGUGGCAGACCUAUUCUGAGAUAUGUCAUAGAAAAGAAAGAGAAACUUGGAACUCGUUGGGUCAAAGCAGGGAAGACAUCAGGACCUGACUGCCAGUACAGAGUAAUCGAUGUCAUUGAAGGCACAGAGCUACAAUUCCAAAUCCGUGCUGAAAACGAAGCUGGCGUUGGGCACCCUUCUGAACCCACAGAAAUUCUGACAAUUGAAGAUCCAACAAGUCCUCCAUCUCCUCCUCAGGAGUUGCAUGUCACUGAUGCCAACAGAAGCAACAUUUCAAUUGCCUGGAAAGCACCAGAGAAGAAUGGUGGCAGUCCUAUCAUUGGGUACCACAUUGAACUCUGUGAAGGAGGAACUGAAAAAUGGAUGAGAGUAAACUCCCGGCCAGUAAAAGAUCUGAAGUACAAAGCAGAUGAAGGCAUCGUUCCUGACAAAGAGUAUAUCUUCAGAGUUAGAGCUGUCAAUGCUGUUGGUGUCAGUGAUCCCUCCGAGAUCUCAGAAAAUGUAUUUGCCAAAGACCCGGACUGCAAUCCAACUAUUGAGGUACAAACUCAGGACAUUGUUGUCGUGGAGGGUGAAAAAAUGAGUCUCCCAAUCCCUUACAGGGCAGUUCCCACUCCAACUGUGUUUUGGCACAAGGAUGGCAAGGAACUAAAACCUGAUGAUAGAGUAAGCAUUAGGUCUGAUCAUACAGCUGCAUUCCUUGAAGUAACCAGUUGUCUUCAUGCCGAUGCUGGUUUGUACACCAUUACCUUGGAGAACAAGCUUGGAUCAGUAACCGGAACUAUCAACAUUAAAGUCAUAGGACUGCCUGGUCAGUGCAAGGAUAUCAGUGCAAGUGAAGUUACCAAAAACUCAUGCAAGAUUUCAUGGGAACCUCCAGAGAACGAUGGUGGCAGCCCCAUUUUACAUUAUGUGCUUGAACGCAGAGAAUCUGGCAGGAGAACUUACGUGGCAGUUAUGUCUGGUGAAAACAAGCUAAGCUGGCCUGUGAAAGAUCUGAUACUUAAUGGAGAGUACUACUUCCGUGUCAAAGCUGUAAACAAGAUUGGUGGUGGAGACUAUAAUGAGUUGCGUAAUCCAGUCAUUGCAGAAGAUCAAAAGCAACGCCCAGAUCCACCAAUUGAUGUUGAAACCCAUGACCCAACUUCACAGUCAGUGACCCUAACAUGGAAGCCACCUAUGUAUGAUGGAGGCUGCAAGAUCAUGGGAUAUGUUCUAGAGAAGAUGGUGAUGGGUGGUGAAAAGUUUGAAAGGUGCAAUGACGUCCUUGUACCUGUUCUGUCCUACACUGUAAAAGGUCUGGAAGAAGGCAAGGAAUACCAGUUCCGUGUGCGUGCAGAAAAUGUUGCUGGUGUCAGUGAUCCUUCUCGUAGCUCACCACCAGUUAAAGCUUCAGAUCCUGUUGAACCACCAAAGGUUUCUCUCAGUGGAAGUCUGCAGUCCGGCCUGAACAUUAAAAAAGGAUUAGAAAUUAGACUUGAUGCUAACAUUUCUGGAUCGCCUUAUCCAACCAUUACAUGGCUCAGAAAUGAUGAAGUUAUAAAACCUGAAUCAAUAAAGAAGAGACUAGAUAAGCCAGUGAUUAGGAAGAAGAAAGGUGAACCCGAAGUUGAAGAGCCAUUCUACCUUUCGCUGCCAGAACGUCUCACAGUUGACAACAGUAAAAAAGGAGAGUCCUGUAUUAUGGUUCGUGAUUCUAUCAGGGUUGACCAUGGAGUAUUUACGAUCAAAGUGGAAAAUGAUCAUGGUGUUGCCUCAGCUACCUGUAAAGUUAAUGUGCUUGAUACUCCUGGACCUCCUGUCAACUUUGUAUUUGAAGAUGUCAGAAAGAACUCUGUUAUCUGCAAGUGGGAGCCUCCUUUAGAUGAUGGUGGCAGUGAGAUCCUAAACUAUAUCUUGGAAAAGAAGGAUAACUCAAAGGCUGAAAUUGGCUGGGUUACUGUGACUUCAACCCUCCGACAAUGCAAAUAUACUGUGACCAAACUUAUUGAAGGAAAGGAAUAUAUCUUCCGUGUAACAGCUGAAAAUAAAUUUGGCCCAGGACCUCCAUGCCUUACACAGUCACUUGUUGCUAAGAAUCAAUUUAAUCCACCUGAGGCCCCCAACAAGCCUGAAAUUGAAGAUAUUACCAGUAAUACCAUGCUUGUUACAUGGAAUGAACCCAAGGACAAUGGCAGUCCCAUCUUAGGCUACUGGGUUGAAAAACGUGAAAUUAAUAGUACCCACUGGGCUAGAUGUAACAGGAACCCUCUUAAUUCACUAGAGGCAAGGGUAGAGGGUCUAAUGGAAGGACUGACCUAUAUCUUCAGAGUGUGUGCAGAAAAUGCAGCUGGACCUGGACAAUUCAGUAUCCCAUCAGAUCCCAAGACAGCCCAGGACCCAAUCUUGCCACCUGGUCCACCAUCACCAAGAGUGGUUGAUACGUCAGAAUCUUCCAUUGAAGUGGAAUGGGAAGCUCCAAUUUACAGUGGAGGUGGUGAUAUCCUUGGAUAUCAUGUUGAUAAGGUGCUGGCAGGCACUAAUGAUUGGUCUCGCUGCACAGAAAGACUUGCGAAAGAGCGUAAAUUCACAGUGCGGGGGGUCAGAGAAGGUGGUGACUACAGAGUCCGUGUCACAGCUGUCAAUGCAGCUGGAGAGGGUGCCCCAGGUCAAACAGAGACUGUAACUGUCAGAGAUCCUCAAGAGCCUCCUAUGGUUGAAUUUGACAUCUCUGUUAGAAACGGUAUCCAGAUUAAAGCUGGUGAAACUCUUAAGCUUCCUGCUUUAGUGACAGGACGACCGCCACCAGAGAUCAAGUGGACCAAAGAUGAAGGAGAAAUUGAAGCAGAACGUACUGUCAUUGAAACUGUUGGAACCUCAAGUGUGUUUUCUAUUAAGAGUAGUCUUCGGAAAGAUCAUGGGAAAUACAUUAUUACUGCAACAAACAAAAGUGGAACAAAAGCUGCAUGGACAAGAGUUGAUGUAAUGGAUGUUCCUGGACCUGUACGUGACUUGAAACCUGUUAUUGUUACAAGAAAAAUGAUUUUGUUGAACUGGUCAAAUCCUGAGGAUGAUGGUGGAAGUGAUGUCACUGGAUUUGUUGUGGAAAGAAAGGAUGCAAAAAUGCAUACAUGGAGACAACCUAUAGAAACAACGUCAUCUAAGUGUGAUAUCGUGGGUUUGCUUGAAGGACAAGAGUAUAUGUUCCGCAUUGUUGCCAAGAACAAGUAUGGCUGUGGUCCUCCAGUUGACCUUGGACCUAUAGCUGCAGUUGAUCCACAAGGUCCACCAACAUCACCUGAGAAAUUCCACUACACCGAGAGGACAAAGAAUUCUAUCACGCUUGCCUGGAAACCUCCACGCAGUGAUGGUGGAAGUCCAAUUAGGGGUUACAUUAUUGAGAAAAAACGACAUGACAUGACUGAAUUUGAUGUUGUCAAUCAUCAGAUUUGCAGAGAUUUAACCUAUUUAAUUGAUAACCUUGUGGAACUGAACAUGUAUGAAUUCCGUGUGAAAGCAGUUAACGAGAUAGGAGAAAGUGAACCUUCAAUUCCACUGAAUGUAGUAAUUCAAGAUGAUGAAGUUUCUCCAACCGUGCAUUUGCUUAAGCACUUCAAGGCUGACUUAAUUACUGUGAAGAAAGGAGAGCCUAUUGAAAUCCCUGCUGAAGUCAUAGGUCUCCCAAUGCCUAAGAUUGAGUGGUCCAAGAAUGAAGUUGUUAUAGCUAAAUCAACAGAAACACUCAAGAUUGAUACAGAGGAGUUAUCAAGAACCAAAGCGAAUACCAAACUCAGCAUUCCUGAAACUGUUAGACAAGACAAGGGCCUUUACAACAUUACUGCGUCAAACCGCCUUGGAUCAGCAAGUCGGGCAGUUAAAGUAGAAGUUCUAGACGUCCCUUCACCACCACGAAACCUCAUGGUUUCUGACAUCAAGGCUGAAUCAUGUUAUCUUACCUGGGAUGCCCCAGAGGACAAUGGUGGCAGUGAGAUUACUAACUAUAUUGUGGAUAAGAGAGAUGCAAGUAAGAAGAAGUCUGAAUGGGAGGAAAUAACAAGCUGCAUCAUUGACAGGAGAUAUGGGGUGUGGAACUUAACAACAAAUGGUGACUACCAGUUCAGGGUUAGAGCUCAAAACAAGUUUGGAAUCAGUGAUGACUGCAAUUCAGACAAAGUGGUCAUCAAGGAUCCUUACGGCCUUCCUGGACCUCCAGGCAAACCAAAGGUUAUUGAUCACACAAGAACUUCAAUGCUUGUGACUUGGGAGCCUCCUUUGGACAACGGUGGAGCCACAAUUACAGGAUACUGGCUUGAGAAGAGAGAAAUAGGUGGAGUUUACUGGGCCCGUGUAAAUAGGGCACCUGUCACCAAACCUGCAGUUAAAGGACUUGAGUUCAAUGUUCUCCAUCUCAUUGAAGGAGUUGAGUACCAGUUCAAGGUUAUGGCUAGUAAUGCUGCCGGUAUUGGACCUCCAAGCGGACCAUCUGAUCCUGUCUUAGCUGCUGAUCCUAUCUAUGCCCCUGGAGCUCCAUCGUGCCCUGAAGUUGCUGACAAAACCAAGUCUAGUGUCUCUCUUAAAUGGAAGGCACCAGAAAAGGACGGUGGUAGUCCAAUUAAAGGCUACAUUGUUGAAUAUCAAGAGGAAGGUAGUCUUGAUUGGACAAGGGUGAAUGAACCAGACAAGUUGCAUCCUACCUGUGAAAUCACUGUACCAAAUCUGCAAGAGCUUAGGAAGUACAGGUUCAGAAUUGUUGCAGUCAAUGCUGCAGGCAAAUCUGAUCCAAGUCCUAUGACUACUGAAAUAGCUGUAAAGGAGAUACAAGAGGAGCCAGACAUCAUUCUUGAUAUUAUUGCACAAGAUCUGCUGUCCUGCCGUGCAGGUUCAACUAUUAAAAUUCCUGCUAUUAUCAAAGGACGUCCUGUGCCUACAGUGACUUGGGAGUUUGAAGGAGAGGCGAUAAAGGACAUAAAGUAUGUUAAACAUACCGAAAUGUGGGAAGUUAUUCAUGGAUCAAAUCUUUUUUUUUUUCUGUUCCAGGGUGGUGUUCAAAAUGUCCCUGCAGAUGCACAGAUUGAAGGUACUAAUAACACAUCAACAGUGACCAUUCCCGAGGCGAAACAAAGCCACUCUGGCAGGUACAUUAUCACUGCCAAAAAUAAGGCUGGACAAAAGAUAGUGAACGUCAGAGUCAGUGUCCUUGAUGCACCAGGACCACCUAAAGAUCUUAAAGUAAGCGAUAUCACCAGGAGCACAUGCCGACUUACAUGGAAGCAUCCCGAUAAUGAUGGUGGAGACAGAAUUAAGAGCUACUUCAUUGAAAAGAAAACAGUUGAAGGAAAGGCCUGGACUAAAGUAAAUGCAUCAUGUGGAUGCAAUUACUUCAUUGUGCCUGAUCUUAUUGAAGGUCAAGAGUACUUCUUCCGUGUCCGUGCAGAAAAUCGUUUUGGCACAGGUCCACCUGUAACAACUGUUCAGAGGACCAGGGCUAGGGAUCCAAUUCAUCCUCCCGAACCUCCAACAAGACUCAAGAUUAAUCUUAUAACUAAAAAUACUGUCACUCUGACAUGGAAAUCACCAAAGAAUGAUGGAGGUGCACCUGUUACACACUACAUUGUGGAACGUCUCAGUUGGGAUUCGACUGGACAAGAGAAGGAGACCUGGAAACAGUGUAACAGACGUGAUGUUGAAGAAACCACUUUCAAAGUUGAAGACCUUAAAGAAGGCGGAGAAUAUGAAUUCCGUGUUAAGGCUGUAAACGAGGCUGGUACGAGCAGACCAUCUUCUACAGUUGGGCCUGUCAUAGUUAAAGAUCAGACAUGUGCACCAGAAAUUGAUCUUAAAGAAUUUAUGGAAGCUGAGCAAGGAACAGAUAUUAAAAUAGUUGCCAAGAUUAAGGGAUGUCCAUUCCCAACAAUAACCUGGCACAAAGCUCCACCCCACAAGGCUGAUGACAAGACUGAAGUGCAGUAUGAUGAGCAUAUCAACAAAAUUGUGAGCGAAGAAAGUUGCACAUUGCUAAUCCAGCAGUCCAACAGGAAGGAUACUGCUCUGUAUACAAUAACAGCAACCAAUAACCUUGGGACUGCCGUAAAACAAAUGAGACUUAAUGUUCUUGGGCGUCCUGGUCCACCAGUUGGACCAAUUAGGUUUGAAGAAAUUACUGCUGAAAAGAUGACUCUAGCCUGGCUCCCUCCAAAAGAUGAUGGUGGUUCAAAGAUUAAAAACUAUGUGAUUGAGAAACGUGAGGCAAAUAGAAAAACCUGGGUGCAUAUUACAAAUGAAGCUACAGAGUGCUUAUACACUGUACCAAAGCUAUUGGAAGAUCAUGAUUAUGUGUUCCGCAUCAUGGCCCAAAACAAAUAUGGCAUUGGGGAUCCUCUUGAUAGUGAACCCGAAAAAGCCAGAAAUCUUUUCACUGUUCCUGGUCAAUGUGAGAAACCAACUGUUAGCAGUGUGACCCUUGACUCUAUGACUGUAAGCUGGGAGGAACCAGAAUAUGAUGGUGGCUCCCCAGUUACUGGCUAUUGGCUGGAACGCAAGGAGACCACUGGAAAGAGAUGGAACAGAGUCAAUCGUGACCCUAUCAAGGUUAUGCCUCUUGGUGUAUCUCAUGUUGUAACUGGUCUAAUUGAAGGAUCAGAAUAUCAAUUUCGAGUCACACCAAUUAAUGCUGCUGGUACUGGUCCUACAAGUUUGCCCUCAGAUCCAGCCUUUGCCAGAGAUCCUAUUUCUCCGCCUGGACCUCCAAUUCCCAAAGUGAUUGAUUAUACCAAGUCAACAGUAGAAUUGCAAUGGGUCCCACCACAAAAGGAUGGUGGAUCUAAGAUUAUUGGAUACUUUGUUGAAUAUAAAGAGGAAGGAAAGGAAGAAUGGGAAAAAGCCAAAGAUAAAGAAGUUAGAGGAACCAAGUUUGUAGUACCAGGGCUCAAAGAAAAAUCUCUGUACAGGUUUAGAGUACGAGCAGUGAAUGCAGCAGGAGUUGGAGAGCCAGGAGAUGUUUCUGAUGUAAUUGAAGUUAAAGACAGAACAAUUGUUCCUGAGGUGAACUUGGAUGCCAGUGUAAAGGAGAGGAUUGUUGUUCAUGCUGGUGGUGUAAUCCGCAUACUGGCCUAUGUGUCAGGGAAGCCAGCUCCCCAGAUCACAUGGACCAGAGAGGAUGGUGCUUUGCCAGAAGAAGCUGCUGUUGAAACCACAUCAAUUAGCUCUGCUCUUGUAAUUAAGAGAUGCCAGAGAAAACACCAAGGCAUAUACACUCUAUCUGCCAAGAAUGAAGGAGGUGAAAGAAAGAAGACCAUUGUUGUUGAUGUGUUAGAUGUUCCCGGCCCAGUUGGCAAACCCUUCCGAAGUGAGAACCUUACCACUGACUCAUGCAAUUUAACUUGGUAUUAUCCUGAUGAUGAUGGUGGAUCUGCAGUUUCCAGCUAUAUUAUUGAGAAGCGGGAAGCAGAUCAUAAAGGCUGGACAGCAGUGUCAUAUACAGUUACCAGGCAAAAUGCAGUUGUCCAGGGCCUGAUUGAAGGAAAAACAUACUUCUUCCGAAUUGCAGCUGAAAAUGUGAUUGGUGUGGGACCAUUUGUUGAGACACAAGAGGAACUUCUGGUCAAGGCACCUAUUUCUGUACCUGAGCGACCUGAAGAUCUUGAAGUUACAGCUGUCACCAAGGACUCAGUUAGCUUCACUUGGAGGCCACCAAAGUAUAAUGGUGGGUCUGACAUUACCAUGUAUGUUCUUGAGAGCCGUCUUAUUGGCAAAGACAAGUUCAACAGAGUCACAAAGGAAAAGCUGAUGGACAGGAAAUAUACCCUUGAAGGACUGAAAGAAGGUGACACGUUUGAAUAUCGUGUAAGUGCCGUAAACAUCAUUGGCCAAGGCAAGCCUUCAUUCUGCACCAAACCAAUCACAUGCAAGGAUCAACUUGCACCACCAACUAUAGAGCUUGACUUCCGUGACAAGUUUAUAAUACGUGUUGGCGAAUCCUUCAGCCUUCCCGGGCGCUACACUGGAAAGCCGGCACCAAAAGUUAUUUGGUCAAAGGAUGACACUGAGGUUAAAGCAGAUGACCACAUAAAGAUAAAUACCACUCCUACUACACUCUGUCUUGGUAUAAUGAAGUGUAAACGGGAACACAGUGGCCGAUACUGUGUACUUGUAGAAAACAGUACUGGGUCACGUAAAGGCAUUUGCAACGUAAUUGUUGUUGAUCGUCCUCAGCCUCCAGAGGGCCCUGUCACCUUUGAAGAAGUUCAUAGAGAUCAUAUGGUUAUUUCAUGGAAUCCUCCACUUGAUAAUGGUGGCAGUGAAAUUACAAACUAUAUUAUUGAGAAGAGAGAUUCAAACAGGGAUCUUUGGAUUCCUGUCACUUCUGCAUCUACAAAGACAACAUGUAAAGUGCCUAAACUAAUAGAAGGAAGAGAAUAUAUCAUGAGGAUCUGUGCUGAAAAUGCAUAUGGCAUCAGUGACCCACUGGACUCUGAGGAAAUGAGGGCUAAGGAUCGCUUCAGAGUUCCUGAGGCACCUGAACAGCCAGUUGUUAAGGAAGUAAAGAAAGAUUCUGCACUGGUGUCAUGGAACAGGCCACGUGAUGGUGGAAAGCCCAUUACCAACUAUCAUAUUGAAAAGAAAGAGACUAUGUCUACUCGUUGGGCUCGUGCUUCAAGGGAACUUAUUUAUCCAGAUACACAGUACAGAGUGAAUGACCUCCUGGAGGGCUGUGAAUAUGAAUUCCGAGUUAUGGCAGAGAAUGAAGUUGGUAUUGGUGAUCCGAGUCCUCCAUCCAAACCUGUCUUUGCUAAAGAUCCAAUUGUUAAACCAGGUCCACCUGUCAACCCAGAAGUUGUAGACAAAACUAAGAACUCAGUAGAUCUUUCCUGGCACCCACCCCGCCACGAUGGCAAGGGCAAGAUCUUUGGCUAUCUGAUUGAGUAUCAAAAGCCUGGAGAAGAGGAGUGGAAGAAGGCAAAUCACACUCCUGAUUCAUGUACUGACACGAAAUUUAAAGUGACAGACCUCACCGAUGGCGAGAUUUACAGAUUCAGGAUUAUGACUGUAAAUGCAGCUGGUGAAUCUGACCCAGCUUAUAUCCGUGAACCAGUUCAAGCAAAGGAUAGACUUGAAACUCCUGAACUGUUGCUUGAUGCUAACAUGGCCCGUGAAUACCUAGCCAGGGUAGGAACCACCAUUACACUUAGUGCUGGAAUCAAGGGAAUGCCUUUCCCCAAGGUCACAUGGAAGAAAAAUGACAAAGAAGUUCCCAACAAAGCUGAUAUUGAGGUGACACCUGUGGGAAGCAAACUUGAAAUCCGCAACUGUGUUCGUCCUGAUGGAGGAUCAUUUUCUCUGACAGUGGAAAAUGAAGCUGGAUCAAAGACUGUUGCAGUCAAUGUGAUAGUAUUAGAUAAACCUGGUCCGCCAAGGCAUUUAAAUGUCUCUGAAAUUAGAUCUGAUUCAUGCUACCUUACCUGGAAGGAGCCAGAGGACAAUGGUGGAGCUGUUGUUUCUAACUAUGUAGUGGAGAAACGAGACGUAGCAGCUGCUCAAUGGAUACCAAUGUGCUCCUCGUCUAAGAAGCUCAGUAUAAUGGCUAAAUACUUGAUGGAAGGCAAUCAGUAUCUCUUCCGUGUUGCUGCUGAAAACCAGUUUGGAAGAAGUGAAUUUGUUGAAACUGCCAAACCUAUUAAGGCUAUUAAUCCAUUAUUCCCUCCUGGUCCGCCAAAGAACUUGCAUCAUGUAGAUGCUGAUAAAACUGAAGUCUCCCUCGUGUGGAACUGGCCUGAUCGCACUGGAGGCAGUGAUAUCACUGGAUUUUUAGUUGAGUACCAAGAAGAAGGAGCAAAGGACUGGAUUAUAUUUAAGACUGUCAGCAUUCCUGAAUGUCUUGUUACUGGACUCGAAGAAGGAAAAACAUAUAGAUUCCGUGUGAAAGCAGAGAAUGCUGUUGGUCUUAGCCGUCCUGACACAACAUUGCCAGUCCUGUGCCAAGAAAAACUUGUGCCACCAACUAUUGAAGUUGAUGUGAAACUCAUUGAAGGGCUUAUUGUAAAGGCUGGAAGCAAAGUGAAACUUCCUGCAAUAAUAAGAGGCAUCCCUAUUCCUACUGCUAAGUGGGUUAUGGAUGGCAGUGAAAUCAAAACUGAAGGCAAUUACUCAAUUGAUACCGAUAACUUGUCAACAGUUCUUAACAUUAAAGAUUGCACAAGAAAAGACACUGGUGAAUAUUUGCUCACAGUGGCUAACCCUGCUGGCAGUAAGACAGUUGCCUUGCAUCUAACUGUCCUUGAUGUUCCCAGUCCUCCAGUUGGCCCCAUUAACAUCCUUGAGAUAACACCUGAUCACAUGGUUAUAAACUGGCGCCCUCCAAAGGAUGAUGGUGGAAGUCCAGUAAUGAAUUACAUUGUUGAAAAGAGAGAAUCCAAGAAGGAAACAUGGGGAGUAGUGAGUUCUGGAAGUACAAGCACAAAAGUUAAGAUUCCGCGUCUUCAGAAGGGCUGUGAAUAUAUUAUGCGUGUCCGUGCUGAAAACAAGAUUGGUAUUGGUGAACCACUUGAUUCUCAACCAACUGUUGCUAAACACAUGUUUGAUCCUCCAGCACCACCUGGUAAGCCAGUGGCUUCUGACAUUACAGAAAAUGCUGUAACAGUCAGUUGGACCAUGCCAAAAUCAGAUGGUGGUAGCCCAAUCAGUGGCUAUAUUGUGGAGCGCAGAGAAUUAUCUGGAAAAUGGAUACGUGUAAACAAGACACCAGUUCUGGAUCUCAGAUACAGAGCUCAUGGACUUUUUGAGGGCAAUACAUAUGAAUUUAGAAUCUUUGCUGAAAACAUAGCUGGUAUUAGUAAACCUUCUCCAGUCUCUGACCCAGUUAGAGCAUCUCGUCCUAUUACACCACCUGGGCCUCCAGUCAAUCCUAAACUUAAAGACUGGAGCAAACAAUCAGCAGAUUUGGUCUGGACAAAGCCUAAUAGAGAUGGAGGAAGUCCUGUCUUGGGAUAUAUUAUUGAGUGCCAGAAAUCAACCAGUGUUCAGUGGGAUAGAAUUAACAAAGAUGAACUGAUAAAGCAGUGUGCGUUUAGGGUACCAGGACUCAUUGAAGGCACAGAAUAUAGAUUCCGUAUUAGAGCUGCUAAUGUUUAUGGAGAAGGAGAACCAAGAGAACUUCCAGAAUCUGUUAUUGCAAAGGACAUCCUCCAACCUCCAGAGAUCAACCUUGAUGUCACUUGCCGUGACACAAUGACUUUCAGGGUGGGACAGACGAUUGCAGUUACAGCUCGUGUAAAGGGCAGACCAGAUCCAGAUAUUACUUGGUCUAAGGAUGCCAGAGUUUUAACGAGUGACAAGCGCACUGAAAUCAAUAAUGAAUGUCCUUUGGUUGAGUUAGUAGUAAAGGAAGCUACCAGAGCAGACCAUGGUAAAUAUUCAAUUGUUGCUAAAAACAGCAGUGGUCAGGCCCAAGCAGCUGUUGUAGUAAAUAUUCUUGACAGGCCUGGACCAUGUCAGAAUUUGAAGACAUCGUAUGUAACCAGAGAAUCUUGUGUAGUGUCCUGGGAAAAUCCAGAAGAUCAUGGAGGCACAGAGAUUACAAACUAUAUUGUGGAAUGUCGUGAACCUAGCCAAAGAGGAUGGUCAAUGAUCUCUUCAGAUGUUACCAGACGCCUGAUUAAAGCCCCACUUUUGGAACACCAUGAAUAUUUCUUCCGUGUGUGUGCUCAAAACAAGGUUGGUCCUGGCCCAACUACUGAGACCAAGACACCAAUUCUGGUUAUUGAUCCUGUUGAGAAACCAGGUGAUCCAGAACAUCUACAUAUUGCUGAUACUGGAAAAACAUUUGUUCUUCUUAAAUGGAGAAAACCAGGUUAUGAUGGUGGUAGUCUCAACUUGUCCUACCAUGUAGAAAGGAAGCCCAAAGAUGCUGAAGAAUGGGAAAGAGUUCACAAAGGAAGCAUCAAGGAGACACAUUUCAUGGUUGAUAGAUGUAUUGAAAAUCAAAUUUACCAGUUUAGAGUGCAGACAAAGAAUGAGGGAGGAGAAAGCAACUGGGUUAAGACAGGUGAAAUCGUAGUUAAAGAAGAGUUACAGAAACCAGUUCUAGACCUGAAGCUGACUGGUCUAUUGGUUGUGAAGGCAGGUGAUUCUAUACGAAUUGAAGCUGCUGUCAGAGGAAAACCUCAACCUGAAGUCACAUGGGUAAAGGACAAGGAUGUUGCUGACAUAAGCAAAAAUCCUAGACUUCAAAUUGAAACUGCUUCUGAAUAUUCUAAAUUUCUUAUGACCAAAUCCAGACGAAGUGACAGUGGGAAAUAUGUAAUUACUGCAACAAACCCUGCUGGCAGCUUCACAGCUUAUGCCACUGUAAAUGUCCUUGAUAAACCAGGACCCAUCAGAGAUUUGAAGAUCACUGGAAUUUCAAGUGACAGAUGUAAUGUUACAUGGGAUCCUCCUGAGGAUGAUGGUGGCUGUGAAAUUCAAAACUACAUUUUGGAAAAAUGUGAGAGCAAGAGAAUGGUAUGGUCUACAUAUUCAGCUUCUGUUAUGACUAACUAUGCUCAUGUCACUCAUCUUGUGGAAGGAAAUGAGUAUAUCUUCAGGGUGCGGGCUGAAAACAAAAUGGGCACAGGUCCACCAAUGGAGAGCAAGCCAAUUGUUGCCAAUACACAAUUUAAUAAGCCUGGCCAACCAGAUCCUCCAGAGGUCACAAAGAUUAGCAAGGACGAAAUGACAGUCAUAUGGACUCCACCUGAAAAUGAUGGUGGCAAAUCCAUUACAGGAUACAUUCUAGAAAGGAAGGAGAAACGAGCAAUUAGAUGGGUGCCAGUUACCAAAACUCCAAUUCCAGAGAGACGUAUGAAAGUUACUAAUUUGAUCCCUGGUCAUGAAUAUCAGUUCCGUGUGAAAGCUGAAAAUGAAGUUGGCUUAGGAGAACCAAGCAUACCAUCAAGAUCUGUGGCUGCAAAAGACCCAAUAGAACCUCCUGGUCCUCCCAGUGGGUUGAAGGUGGUUGACAGCACAAAGACUUCCAUUACACUUGGAUGGGUUAAACCAAUAUAUGAUGGUGGUGCUCCUAUUAUUGGAUAUGUGGUUGAAAUGAGAACUAAGGGACCAAGUGCUAAACCAGAUGAGGGUUGGAAGAGGUGCAAUGUAGCUGCACAACUUGUCCUGACUGAAUUUACUGUCACCAGCCUUGAUGAGAAACAAGAGUAUGAAUUCCGAGUUUCUGCAAUGAAUCAGGUUGGCUUAGGCCGUCCUGCAGACUUGACAGAAGCAGUGUCACCAAGAGAGAUACUUGAGGCACCUGAAAUUGACUUGGAUGCAAGUCUCAGAAAGGUUCUUACUGUUAGAGCUGGAUGUCCUAUCAGACUGUUUGCUACAAUUAGAGGAAGACCUGCACCAAAAGUGUCCUGGAGGAGGAUGGGUGUUGACAAUGUUGUCAGAAAGGGUCAUGUGGAUCUGAUUGACACAAUGACUUUCCUUGUUAUCCCUGAAAGUACACGCGAGGAUUCAGGAAAAUAUUCCCUGACGCUGACUAGCCCAGCUGGAGAGAAAGCGGUUUUUGUUAAUGUUAAAGUUCUUGACACUCCUGGACCUGUAGCAGAUUUGGGUGUUGCUGAUAUCACAAAGAUGUCAUGCCAACUGUCUUGGUCACCUCCUGAAAAUGAUGGUGGAAGUUCAGUGACACACUAUAUCCUUGAAAAGCGUGAGGCUGACAGGAAGACUUGGGCCACUGUUAUUGCUGACUUGACGAAGACCAGCUUCAGUGUGGCAAAUCUGGUACAGGGCACUGAAUACUAUUUCAGAGUCACAGCUGUCAAUGAGUAUGGCUCAGGUGUUCCUAAAGACACUGGAAGUGCUAUCCUUGCAACAAAUCCUAUCAGUGAACCUGACCCACCAAAGAAAGUUGAUGUCAUGGAUAUUACAAAGAACAGUGCAACUGUGGCCUGGGAGCGCCCACUGCGGGAUGGAGGUGCUAAAAUUGAUGGGUACAUAAUUGACUACGUAGAAGAUGGUCAACCAGAUGUUCACUGGACACCAUACUCUGUUGUGAAAGAUCUGAGCAUUGUUGUUGUUGGACUGAAAGAGGGCAAAAAAUAUAAAUUCAGAGUGGCAGCAAGAAACUCUGUUGGUAGCAGUCUGCCACGAGAAGUAGAAGGAGUGUUUGAAAUCAAGGAACAACUCAUGGCACCUAAGAUUAUUAUGCCUGAGUAUGUUUCCACCAAAGCUGGACAGAAACUCAGAGUUGAAGCUCAUGUAGCUGGAAAGCCUGCACCAUUCUGCAAGUGGAAGAAGGGAGAUGAUGAUGUGGUCUCUUCUAGUCGUCUGGCAGUGCAUAAGGCUCAGAAUACUUGCGUACUUAUUAUCAAGGACGUCUCAAGGUCAGAUAGCGGUUACUACAGCCUUUCUGCUGAAAACAGCUCCGGCACUGUUUCUCAGAUCCUAAGAGUAGUGAUUAUGGAUAUCCCUGGCCCUCCAGAGCCACCAUUUACAAUCAGUGACAUAGAUGCCGAUGCAUGCUCUCUGGCUUGGCACAUACCACGUGAAAAUGGUGGAAGCAACAUUACUAACUAUGUGGUUGAGAGGUGUGAUGUAAGCAGAGGUGACUGGGUCACUGUAGUUUCAUCUGUUACAAAGACAAGCUGCAGAAUUGGAAAACUUAUACCUAAUAAGGAGUACAUCUUCCGUGUUCGUUCUGAAAACCGAUUUGGCAUUUCAGAUCCCAUUCAAUCUGAUAGAAUGGUUGCAAAAUUCCCAUUUGAUGUACCCAGUGAACCAAAGAAUGCCCGCAUCAACAAGGUCAAUAAAGACUGCAUCUUCGUGGCCUGGGACAGACCAGAAAGUGAUGGUGGCAGCCCAAUUACUGGUUACUACAUUGAGCGUAAAGAAAGAAACAGCCUUCUGUGGGUUAAGGCCAAUGAUACAGUUGUUCGUAGUGUUGAAUAUCCAUGUGCUGGUCUUAUUGAAGGCCUUGAGUAUACCUUCAGAAUAUCUGCCCUUAACCGAGCUGGUUCCAGUAAACCAAGCAAACCAACCGAGUUUGUCACUGCAAGAACACCAGUUGAUCCACCAGGCAAACCUGAAAUCCUUGAUGUAACUAAGAGUACUGUAGCCCUUGUCUGGACCCGACCAAAGCAUGAUGGUGGUAGUAGAAUCAUUGGAUAUUAUGUUGAAGCUUGCAAACUCCCUGGUGAUAAAUGGAUACGUUGCAAUACAAGCAGUCAAAAUGUUCCUCAUGAAGAGUAUACUGCUUCUGGACUGGAAGAAGGAGCUCAAUAUCAGUUCAGAAUUAUAGCCAAGACCGCCGUAAACCUCAGCAGACCAUCCGAACUGUCUGACCCAAUUACUAUCCAGGCAGAAAAUGUUCCACCAAGGGUUGAAUUGGGUGUUUCAAUGAAGAGUAUGAUUACUGUAAAGGCAAGAACCAAUGUUUGCCUUGAGGCUAAUGUCUUCGGAAAGCCCAUGCCAAAGAUCACUUGGAAGAAGGAUGGGGAAGUUGUGACAGCUACUGAAGGCAUUAAAAUAACCACAAAUAGAAACCUUUGCCACUUGGAACUGUUUAGCGUACUUAGGAAAGAGUCUGGAGAAUAUACCAUUUUGGCUGAAAAUGCAAGUGGUUCUAAAUCAGCCAACAUAAAACUGAAAGUACUUGACAAACCUGGUCCUCCAGCUUCUGUCAAAAUAAGCAACGUCUACUCAGAUCGUGUAGACCUUUCUUGGGAACCACCACUUGCAGAUGGCGGAUCUGAAAUUACUAACUACAUUGUUGAUAAACGUGAGACAAGUAGACCUAACUGGGCUCAAGUCACAGCCAACGUUCAGAUUACAAGCAGUUCUGUUGAGAAACUGAUUGAGGGACAUGAAUACCAGUUCCGUAUCAGUGCUGAAAACAAGUAUGGUGUUGGUGACCCAAUCUUGACCAAUUCUGUGUUUGCUAAGAAUCCAUAUGACGUUCCUGGCCCUUGUGAGCCUCCAGUUAUUACUAAUAUAACAAAAGAUCAUAUGACUGUCAGUUGGAAAGCACCUGCAAAUGAUGGUGGAUCAACUAUCCUUGGAUAUAUUCUGGAAAAGCGUGAAACAAAAGCUGUUAACUGGGGUAAAGUUAACAGAAAGCCAGUGAUUGAAAGAACAAUCAAAGCAACAGGACUUCAGGAAGGCGCUGAGUAUGAGUACAGAGUCAUUGCAAUGAACAAUGCUGGACUAGGGAAACCUAGUGAUGCAUCUAGGGGAGCCACUGCUUUUGAUCCUCAAUAUCCUCCAGGCCCACCAGCUUUCCCAAAGGUGCUUGAUACAACUCACAGUACAGUUAGCCUUACAUGGAGUAAACCAGCAUAUGAUGGUGGCAGCCCUAUCUUGGGCUACCUGGUUGAGAUUAAAAGGGCAGAUUCUCAAGACUGGAUACGGUGCAAUGUACCAAAGAACCUUCACGAAACACAUUACACUGUUACUGGACUUGCUGACAAUACAGAAUACCAGUUCCGUGUGACUGCAGUAAACAAGAUUGGUUACAGUGAGCCAAGUGAAGUUCCUGAUAAGCAUUUCGCAAAGGACAUCCUAGUUGCUCCUGAAGCUGAUCUGGAUGAGGAUCUUAGGAAAGUUCUUGUGUUGCGUGCUGGAGUAACAAUGAGAUUAUAUGUGCCAGUAAGGGGUCGACCUGCUCCAAAGGUUACUUGGGCAAAGAUGAACAUGAACAUAAGAGACAGACAAGGACUAGAAAUCAAGACAACUGAAUAUGACACGUUAGUGUACUGUAAAAAUGUAAACAGAUAUGAUGCUGGCAAAUACAUAUUGACACUGGAGAAUAGUAGUGGCAUGAAGACAUACACAAUUGUUGUAAAAGUUCUUGAUACACCUGGACCUCCAGUUAACAUCAUGGUCAAAGAAACAUCAAAAGACUAUGCAUCUAUCUCUUGGGAUCCUCCUCUUAUUGAUGGUGGCAGCCCAGUAAAGAACUAUAUUGUUGAAAAGCGUGAUGCUGAGAGAAAGGCAUGGUCCACAGUUUCAACAGACUGUCCAAAAACAUCCUUCAGAAUCAACAACUUGGAAGAAAGUAAAUUCUAUUUCUUCAGAGUCUUGGCUGAAAAUGAAUAUGGCAUUGGUGAGCCAUGUGAAACCCAUGAUGCUGUCAAAGCUUCAGAGCAACCUGGACCAGUAAUAGACUUCAAAACUUUGCUUGUUACCAAGAAUUCAUGCACAUUAGCCUGGAAGAAACCUAUGAGUGAUGGUGGAAGCCGCAUUAUUGCAUAUGUUCUAGAAGUUUCAAUUGGUGAUGACAAGUGGAAAGAAAUUAUGAAGUCUAAGAAUAUGCAGCACAACUUGAAAGAUUUGGAAGAAGGAAAAGAAUACUUAUUCAGAGUGAGAGCUCUGAAUGAUGCUGGAUACAGCUCACCAAAAGAGCUUAAUGUUGUCGCCAAAGAUCAUAUUAUUCCUCCAAGUACUGACUUAAGAGAACUUCCAGAUUUAUGCUACAUUGCAAAAGAAGGAAGCAGCUUCCGUCUUAAGAUCCCGAUCAGUGGUAAGCCUGCCCCAUCUGUUACAUGGAAGAAAGGUGAAGAUCUGGUGUUGACUGACACUGGCAGAGUCUCUGUGGAAUGUUCUGCUGUUAAUACCACCCUUCUGGUCCGUGACUGUCAAAAAAAUGAUGCAGCAAAAUACACAAUUACCCUGAAGAACACUGCAGGCACAAAGGAAUCUACUAUCUUUAUAAAGGUUGUUGGAAAACCCGGAAUACCAUCAGGCCCUAUCAAAUUUGAUGAAGUCACAGCUGAUGCGAUGACCUUAAAAUGGGGUCCUCCAAAGGAUGAUGGUGGUUCAGAAAUUUCCAAUUAUAUCCUUGAGAAGAGGGAUUCCACAACCAACAAGUGGGUCACAUGUGCUUCUGCUGUACAGAAAAAUACCUUCAGAGUUACAAAACUCCAUGAAGGAAAUGAAUAUCUCUUCAGAGUCAGUGCUGAAAACAAAUAUGGAGUUGGUGAAGGCCUCAAAUCUGAUACUGUUGUGGCCCAGCAUCCAUUUAGUACCCCCCCCCCCCCAGCUCCCCCUGAAGUUGUUGCCAUAAGACAUGACUCUGUAGCUUUGGCUUGGUCAGACCCAAGAAAAACAGGAGGAUCACCAAUAACAGGCUAUCAUGUUGAAUACAAAGAAAGAAAUAGUCUUUUGUGGAAGCGAGCGAGCAAGACACCAUUGAGGAUGAAGGACUACAGAGUGUGUGGUUUAACUGAAGGUCUCGAGUAUGAAUUCCGAGUUAUGGCCAUUAAUAUGGCUGGUGUGGGCAAGCCAAGUUUACCAUCUCAGCCAGUAAUAACCCUUGAUCCAAUCGAUCCUCCUGGUAAACCUGAUGUGAUCAGUGUUACAAGAAGCACUGUAACUCUUAUAUGGACAGAACCUAAAUAUGAUGGCGGACACAAACUGACAGGUUAUAUUGUUGAGAAGCGGGAUCUGCCUUCCAAAGCCUGGAUGAAAGCUAACCAUGUUAAUGUACAAGAAUGUGCAUAUACUAUUACAGAUUUGACUGAGGGCUGCAAAUACGAAUUUAGAAUCAGAGCCAAGAAUGCAGCUGGUGCCAUAAGUCCUCCUUCUGAGCAAACUGACACAAUCGUAUGCAAAGAUGAAUACGAGGCACCAACUAUUGUCAUUGAUGCAACUGUAAAGGAAGGACUCACAGUUAGAGCAGGAGACACAAUUGUUAUAACUGCUACUAGCAUCCUUGGAAAGCCUCCUCCAACAUCAGUUUGGUCUAAAGGUGGAAAGGACUUUAAGCCUUCUGACAUUGUUGCAAUUGAAACAACUCCAACUUCAUCAACUUUGUCUGUCAAGUAUGCCACAAGAAAGGAUUCUGGAGAAUAUACCAUCAGUGCCAGUAAUCCAUUUGGCACAAAAGACGAGCAUGUGAAAGUGAAGGUGUUAGAUGUUCCUGGUCCCACUGGACCCAUUGAAGCUAGCAAUGUCUCUUCUGAAAAGGUUACUCUAACAUGGACACCACCUCGUGAAGAUGGAGGAUCUGCAAUCAAGUCCUAUGUUUUAGAAAAAAGGGAAACUAGCCGUCUUCUCUGGACACUGCUUGCUGAAAAUAUCAUGGAUUGUCAAUUUGUUGCUAAAAAGCUUAUCCAGGGCAAUGAAUACAUCUUCCGUGUCUCGGCUGUGAACCAGUAUGGUGUUGGUGAUGCAGUGCAGUCUGAUGCAGUUAAAAUGGUGGAUAGAUUUGGACCCCCAGGACCUCCUGGGAAACCAGAAAUUGAUAAUGUUUCUAAGAAUACAGUUACCAUUUCCUGGAAGAGACCAGCUGAUGAUGGUGGAAGUGACAUCACAGGAUAUUAUGUUGAAAGAAAGGAAAGGAAAGGAUUGAGAUGGGUUAGAGCAACAAAGAAAACCGUCUCGGAUCUUUGCUACAAAGUGUCAGGCCUUUCUGAGGGAGUGGAGUAUGAAUUCAGAGUGACAGCAGAAAAUAAAGCCGGCCUUGGAGAACCCAGUGAUGCAUCACAGCACGUAAUGACUAAGGAUGUGGCAUAUGUACCUGGACCACCUUCCAACCCGAGAGUUACUGAUACUACCAAAACCACUGCAACACUGCAUUGGGGCAAACCUCACUAUGAUGGUGGUCUGGAUAUCAUCGGAUACAUAGUUGAGCAUAAAAAAGAAGGCGAUGAAGACUGGGUUAAAGACACAACAGGCACUGCUCUCAGGAUUACUGAAUUUGUCGUUGCAAACCUGCAGCCAGGAGGAAAGUAUCAAUUUAGAGUUAGUGCUGUGAAUGCUGAAGGGGUUGGAGAACCUGCUCAGACUGAAGAAGUUAUUGAAAUAAGGGAACGAGAGGAGGUACCUGAUUUUGAACUUGAUGCUGAACUUAGAAGAACACUUGUUGUCAGGGCUGGAUGUUCGAUUCGCAUUUUUGUGCCAAUUAAAGGCCGUCCAACACCUGAAAUCACUUGGAUGAAAGGAGAUGUUGCACUUAAAGGCCGUGCAAGCAUUGAUAACACAGAAUCUUACACUCUGUUGGUUAUUCCUGACUGCACUAGGCAUGAUGCUGGGAAAUACACAAUGGUCCUUGAAAAUGCAGCAGGCAAAAAGAGUGGUUUUGUAAAUGUUAAAGUUUUGGACUCACCUGGACCGCCAAUCAAUCUUAAGGCCAGAGAGGUUACUAAAGACUGUAUCACAAUGCAGUGGGAUAUACCCCUAAUUGAUGGAGGGUCACGAGUUACAAACUAUAUUGUUGAAAAACGUGAAUCAACACGAAAGGCAUAUUCAACCAUUACAACAAAAUGCGAGAAGUGUUCCCUUAGAAUUCCUAACUUAGGAGAGGGAUGUGAAUACUACUUUAGAGUGAUGGCUGAAAAUGAAUUUGGCAUUGGUGAACCAGCUGAAACACCAGAACCAAUUAGGGCAUCUGAGGCUCCAUCUUCUCCAGAAAGUCUUAAUGUCAUGGAUGUUACCAAGACUUCUGCUAGUCUUGCAUGGCCCAAACCAGUACAUGAUGGUGGAAGCAAGGUGACCGGAUAUGUUAUUGAAGCUCAAAAGAAGGGUGCAGAACAGUGGCUGCAUGUUGCUACCGUAAAGGCUCUUGACUAUAUAGUGAAAAAUCUCAAUGAAAACGAUGAAUAUACCUUCCGUAUUAUGGCAGUCAACAGUGCUGGAAGAAGUGACCCUAGAGAAAGCAGACCAGUCCUUAUUAAGGAACAAACAACACUUCCUGAAUUUGACCUACGUGGCAUCUACCAGAAAUUGGUUAUUGCCAAAGCGGGAGAUAACGUCAAAGUUGAGAUACCUGUUUUGGGUCGUCCAAAACCAACAGUUACCUGGAAGAAAGGCAACCAAGAAUUCAAACAAACACAGAGAAUGAAUAUUGAAAAUACUGCAACCUCAACCAUCCUGAAUAUUAAUGACUGCACAAGAAAUGAUAGUGCACAAUUCACACUGAUAGGAAAGAACAUACUUGGGGAAAUCAGUGAUACUGUUACUGUCCAGAUACACGAUAUUCCUGGACCUCCUAAAGGGCCCAUUAAACUUGAUGAAAUUUCAUCAGAUUUCAUUACAAUAUCGUGGGAUUCCCCAGAUAAUGACGGAGGGGUACCAAUUAGUAAUUACAUUGUAGAAAUGCGUGAAACCUCCGGCACAUCAUGGGUAGAGUUAGCUUCAACUGUUAUACGUACAACCUUUAAAGCGUCUCAUCUUACCACUGGAGUUGAGUAUCAGUUCCGUGUCAAGGCCCAAAACAGGUAUGGUACUGGCCCAGCAAUUACCUCAGAGACUGUAGUUGCUGCAUACCCAUUUAAGAAGCCUGGACCUCCAGGCACUCCACAAGUCAUCACAGUCACUAAAGAUGCAAUGACAGUUAGCUGGAAUGAACCAAUUAGUGAUGGAGGAAGUACACUUUUCGGUUACCACAUUGAACGAAAAGAGAGGAACAGCAUCUUGUGGCAGACAGUCAGCAAAGCUUUAGUUGUAGGAAAUAUUUUCAAAUCAUCUGGACUUACUGCUGGAAUUGCAUAUGAAUUCCGUGUUGCAGCUGAAAACAUGGCAGGCAAAGGUAAACCUAGCAAGCCAUCUGAACCAGUAUUUGCUCUUGAUCCUGUAGAUCCACCUGGCAAACCAUUACCAAUUAGUAUCAGUAGACAUGCUGUCACACUCCAAUGGACCAAACCUGAAUAUGAUGGAGGCUUCAAGAUAACUGGAUAUACAGUUGAAAAGAAAGACCUUCCAAAUGGUCGUUGGCUAAAGGCCAACUUCAGCAACAUUCUGGAGAGAACUUUCACCGUCAGUGGACUAACUGAAGAUGCUUCAUAUGAAUUCCGUGUGUUUGCUAGAAAUGCUGCUGGUUCUGUCAGUAAACCCUCUGAACCAUCUGAUAGCAUAACAUGCAGAGAUGACAUUGAAGAACCAAGAAUCAUGGUUGAUGCCAAGUAUAAAGAUGUCAUACUGUUAAAGGCAGGAGAAAUGUUCAAACUUGAAGCUGAUGUUGCAGGUCAGCCAUUACCAACAAUGGUUUGGACUAAAGAAGGAAAGGAACUUGAAGAUACUGCUAAACUUGAAAUUAGAACGUCAGACUUUUCUACUGUUUUAAUUCACAAAGACUCUACAAGAAGAGAUGGAGGUUCAUUCACUCUAACAGCCAGUAACCCUGGUGGUUUUGCAAAACAUGUGUUUAACGUUAAAGUUCUUGAUAGACCAGGUCCACCUGAAGGACCAUUAGCAGUUUCGGAUAUCACAGCAGAGAAAUGUGUGAUAUGUUGGUUGCCACCAACUGAUGAUGGAGGUGCAAAGAUUGACCAUUAUGUGAUUGAAAAACGUGAAACAAGCAGACUUGCAUGGACAAAUGUAGCAACUGACCUGCAGGUGAACAAAUUUAAGGUGACAAAGCUGCUAAAAGGAAAUGAAUAUAUUUUCAGAGUGAUGGCUGUUAACAAAUAUGGAGUUGGUGAGCCACUGGAGUCUGAGCCUAUCAUUGCAAUUAACCCAUAUGUAGCUCCAGAUCCACCUCAAACACCCGAAGUUACUGCCAUCACAAAAGAUUCGAUGGUUGUUUGCUGGGGACAUCCAGAAUCAAACGGAGGCAGUGAAAUUACUAAUUAUGUCAUAGAAAGAAGAGAUAAGGCUGGUCUGCGUUGGGUUAAAUGCAACAAAAGAAUUGUCACAGACUUGAGAUACAAAGUUUCUGGCCUAACUGAAGGACAUGAAUAUGAAUUUAGAAUUUCAGCGGAAAAUGCUGCUGGCUUAAGUGCACCAAGCCCAGCUAGUACUUUCUACAAAGCAUCUGACACAAUAUUUCAACCUGGUCCUCCAGGUAAUCCUCGAGUGCUAGAUACCAGCAAAUCAUCAAUCACCAUUGCCUGGAACAAGCCAGUAUACGAUGGUGGUUCUGAGAUAACAGGAUAUAUGGUUGAAACAUGUCUACCUGAAGAGGAUGAAUGGACAGUUGUAACUCCACAAGAUGGACUUAAAGCUACAUCCUUCACAAUCACAAACCUGAAGGAAAAUCAAGAAUAUAAAAUCCAUAUUUCUGCUAUUAAUUCUGAAGGCAUUGGAGAGUCUGCUCUUGUUCCUGGAUCACCAAAAGCUGAGGAUAGACUGCUUCCUCCUGAAAUUGACCUAGAUGCUGAGCUUCGCAAAGUUGUCAGUAUCAGAGCCUGUUGUACAUUAAGACUUUUUGUGCCAAUUAAAGGAAGACCAGCCCCAGAGGUUAAGUGGGCAAGAGAGAGUGGAGAACCUCUUGACAGAGCAUUGAUUGAGAAUACAUCAUCAUACAGUUUACUAGUAAUUGAAAAUGUCAAUAGGUUUGAUAGUGGCAAAUAUAUGCUAACUGUUGAAAACAGCUCAGGCAGCAAGACAGCCUUUGUGAAUGUUAGAGUUCUGGAUUCUCCUGGAGCACCACAAAACCUCAAGAUAAAGGAAAUUACAAAAGUGUCUGUUUCACUCACAUGGGACCCCCCUCUCAUUGAUGGCGGUUCUAAAAUUAAGAACUAUAUUGUGGAAAAGCGUGAAUCAACAAGAAAAGCAUACUCCACAGUUAUGGCCAACUGCCACAAAACAAGCUGGAAAAUAGACCAGUUGCAAGAAGGAUGCAAUUACUAUUUCAGAAUUCUUGCUGAAAAUGAAUAUGGAGUUGGUCUUCCUGUUGAGACUUCAGACUCCGUUAAAGUAUCUGAAAGACCACUUCCUCCAGGAAAAGUCACUCUCCAAGAUGUCACCAAGAACAGUGUUAGUCUCUCAUGGGAGAAGCCAGAACACGACGGGGGUAGCAGAAUCGUGGGAUACAUUGUAGAAAUGCAGAGCAAAGGCAGUGAAAAAUGGACAGCAUGUUCGACAGUAAAAGUCACUGAAGUUGUUGUACCAGGACUGACACAAGGUGAAGAGUAUAUGUUCCGUGUAUCAGCAAAGAAUGAUAAAGGUGUAAGUGAUCCUCGCCAGCUUGGUGUUCCUGUAGUUGCAAAGGACCUUGUCAUAGUUCCAGCAUUCAAGCUUUUGUUCACCACAUUCAGUGUUCUCGCAGGUGAAGACCUCAAGGUAGAUGUACCAUUUGCUGCUCGACCUAAAGCAAAUGUUACCUGGCAUAAGGAUGACCUUCCUCUGAAACAAACCACAAGAGUGAAUGCAGAAAUCACAGAAAAUCGUACACAACUAGUAAUUAAAGAAGCCUGCAGAGAUGAUGUUGGCCAGUAUAAAGUCACACUUGCAAAUACUGCUGGUGAAGCAACAGAAAACAUAAGCAUUGUUGUACUAGAUAAACCUGGACCACCAACUGGCCCUGUGAAAAUAGAUGAAGUCACUGCUGACAGUAUUACUCUUACAUGGCAACCCCCAGAAUACAGUGGUGGAUGCACUAUUAACAACUACAUUGUGGAAAAGAGAGAUACUUCUACAACUGUUUGGCAGAUUGUAUCUGCUACUGUUGCCAGGACAACUAUUAAAGCAAGCCGAUUGAAGACUGGUUCUGAGUACCAGUUCAGAAUUUCAGCCGAGAACAGAUACGGCAAGAGCAGUUUCCUCAUUUCAGAAUCCUUGGUAGCCCAGUAUCCAUUCAAACUCCCUGGUCCUCCUGGUACACCUUUUGUAACUGCAGUUACAAAGGAUAGCAUGGUGGUGCAAUGGAAUGAACCUGUUAUUGAUGGUGGCAGCAGGAUUAUUGGUUACCAUUUGGAACGCAAGGAAAGAAACAGUAUUCUUUGGGUGAAGCUUAACAAGACACUAAUACAGGACACCUGGUUUAAGACAAGCAACCUUGAAGAGGGAGUUGAAUAUGAAUACAGAGUAUAUGCUGAAAAUAUUGUGGGCAUUGGGAAAUCAAGCAAACUAUCUGAAUGUUAUGUUGCAAGAGAUCCUUGUGAUCCACCAGGUCGACCAGAAGCAGUAUUAGUCACCAGAAACUCUGUUACACUACAUUGGACAAAGCCUGAGUAUGAUGGUGGCAGCAAAAUUACUGGCUACAUUGUUGAAAAGAAAGAGUUACCGGAUGGUCGCUGGAUGAAGGCCAGCUUUUCCAAUGUUGUUGAGACACAGUUUGAAGUGACUGGCUUAGUUGAAGAACAAAGAUAUGAAUUCCAAGUAAUAGCAAGAAAUGCAGCAAGUGUUUUCAGUGAACCCUCUGAAAGCUCUGGGCCCAUCACUGCUAGAGAUGAAGUGGAUCCACCUCGUAUAAGCAUGGAUCCUAAAUACAGAGAAACUAUAGUUGUAAAUGCCGGGGACAACUUCAAGAUUGAUGCAGAUAUUCAUGGAAAACCAAUCCCCACCAUCCAAUGGCUAAAAGGAGGCCAAGAACAGAAAAAUACAGCUCGUCUGGAAAUCAAAAGCACAGACUUUGCCACAUCCCUUAGUGUCAAGGAAGCUAUACGUGUUGAUGGAGGCCAGUACACACUCUUGUUAAAGAAUGUUGCAGGUGAAAGAUUAGUUGAUGUCAAUGUGAAAGUUUUGGAUAGGCCUGGAGCGCCAGAAGGACCUAUUGGCAUCUCUGGAGUAACAUGUGAGAAAUGUUCAAUUUCAUGGAAACCACCAACACAGGAUGGAGGCAGUGAUAUAUCCCACUACAUUGUUGAAAGAAGGGAAACAAGCAGAUUAGUGUGGACAGUGGUUGAGUCUAAAGUACAGACUCUUGGUCUAGAAGUUACAAAACUUCUGGAAGGAAAUGAGUAUAUUUUCCGUGUCAUGGCUGUAAACAAAUAUGGAGCUGGAGAACCACUUGAAUCUGAUGCAAUGAUAGCUAAAAACCCGUUUGUGGUUCCAGAUGCACCUAAAUCUGUUGAAGUUACAACUAUCACAAAGGACUCGAUGGUAGUAGUAUGGGAAAGACCUGCAAAUAAUGGAGGCAGUGAGAUUUCAGGUUAUGUUGUAGAAAAACGAGACAAAGAAGGCAUCAGAUGGACAAGAUGCAAUAAACGUGUAUGUAAUGAACUGCGCUUUAGAGUAACUGGACUUCUUGAAAACCACAAUUAUGAAUUCAGGGUCUCAGCUGAAAAUGCUGCUGGAGUUGGUGCACCAAGUUCUUCUUCAGUUUUCUAUAAGGCAUGUGAUCCUAUUUUCAAACCAGGACCACCUAACAAUCCUAAAGUAACUGAUAUCACCAGGUCGUCUGUAUUCCUUUCAUGGAGCAAACCAAUUUAUGAUGGUGGCUGUGAGAUUCAGGGAUACAUUAUAGAGAAAUGUGAAGCAACCUCUGAUGAAUGGACAAUGUGCACUCCACCCACAGGUGUUAAUAAAACAUGGAUUGAAGCCGACAAGCUACAGGAGAAGAAGGAGUACAAGUUUAGAGUCUGUGCUGUAAACAAGGCAGGUGUUGGAGAACAUGCAGAUAUUUCUGGAGCUGUCCUUGUGGAAGAAAAACUGGAAGCACCAGACCUUGAUCUAGACCCUGAACUCAGAAAGGUUGUCAGUGUUAGAGCUGGAGGUUCCUUGAGAUUGUUUAUUCCUAUCAAAGGACGACCUGCUCCAGAAGUAAAAUGGGGAAAAGAUGAUGGUGAAAUCAGGGAAACAGCUCAGAUUGAUAGCACAAGUAGCUACACCUCCCUUGUAGUUGACAAUGUGAACAGAUUUGACAGUGGAAAAUAUACUUUGGCAGUAGAAAAUAUUAGUGGAACAAAGUCUGCUUUCAUCAGUGUUAGAGUACUUGAUACACCAAGUGCACCAGUCAACAUGAAAGUUAAAGAGAUUACCAAAGAAUCAUUAACUUUAACAUGGGAGCCACCUCUGUUGGAUGGUGGGGCUAAGAUAAAGAACUAUGUUGUGGAAAAACGUGAAAGCACAAGAAAAGCAUAUUCUGCAGUUGUGACCAACUGCCACAAAACUUCAUGGAAGAUUGACCAACUCCAGGAAGGGUGUAAUUAUUAUUUUAGAGUCUCUGCUGAAAAUGAACAUGGUAUUGGUUUACCUGCAGAAACUAUUGACCCAUUGAAAAUAUCUGAGGUGCCACAACCCCCAGGUAAAAUAACUGUUGUUGAUGUCACACGAAACACUGUUUCUCUUGCCUGGGAGAAACCUGAACAUGACGGUGGCAGCAGAAUCAUUCAAUAUGUUGUGGAAAUGCAGGCCAAGGGCAAAGAGACAUGGUCUCCUUGUGCACAUGUUAAAACACUUGAAACUGUUAUUUCCAGCUUAGCUCAAGGAGAAGAAUAUAUGUUCAGGGUUAUAGCUGUGAAUGAGAAAGGCAAAAGUGACCCAAGAUCACUUGCAGUUCCAGUGGUUGCUAAAGAUUUAGUUAUCGAGCCAGAUGUAAAACCUUUAUUUAGCAAUUAUAGUGUACAAGUUGGUCAGGACCUGAAAGUAGAAAUUCCUAUUGCUGGGCGACCAAAACCAACAAUUUCUUGGACAAAGGAUGGCCAAACCCUUAAGCAGACCACAAGAGUUAAUGCUACUGAUACAGCACACCAUACAAUACUUAAUAUUAAAGAAACCACCAGGGAUGAUGGUGGUAUAUAUGGCAUCACUGUGUCUAAUGUUGUUGGACAAAAAGUUGCAUCAAUUGAAGUGAUAACACUUGACAAACCUGGACCACCAACUGGCCCUAUUAAACUUGAUGAAGUUAGUGCUGAAAGUAUCACAAUUUCAUGGGAACCACCAAAAUACAAUGGCGGCUGCCAGAUAUCAAACUAUAUUGUUCAAAAGAGAGAUACAACUACCACAAACUGGGAAAUCGUUUCAGCAACAGUUGCAAGGACAACACUCAAAGUUUUGAGACUCAAGACUGGAGCAGAGUAUCAGUUUAGAAUCUUUGCUGAAAACAGAUAUGGACAAAGCUUUGCUUUAGAUUCUGAAUCUGUGGUUGCACAGUAUCCAUACAAGGAGCCUGGUCCACCUGGUACACCAUUCGUUACAGCAGCCACAAAGGACAGCAUGGUUGUGCAAUGGCAUGAACCAAUUAAUGAUGGAGGCAGCAGUAUUGUUGGUUACCAUUUGGAACGAAAAGAAAGAAACAGUAUCCUCUGGACAAAGAUCAAUAAAACUAUUAUUCAAGAUACACGGCUUAAGACCAGUCCUCUGGAAGAAGGCAUUGAAUAUGAAUUCAGAGUCUAUGCAGAAAAUAUUGUUGGUAUUGGAAAAUCUAGCAAAAUAUCUGAAUGUUAUGUGGCACGUGACCCAUGUGAUCCACCAGGUUGCCCAGAAGCCAUAAUUGUUACAAGGAAUUCAGUCACUCUUCAGUGGACAAAGCCAGAGUAUGAUGGUGGCAGUGUCAUAACUGGUUAUUUUGUUGAGAAACGUGACCUUCCAGAAGGUCGAUGGAUGAAAGCCAGCUUUACCAAUGUAAUGGAGACCCAAUUCACUGUUACUGGUCUUACUGAAGAUUCUAAGUACGACUUCAGAGUUUUUGCUAAAAAUGCUGCAGGAACUAUGAGCAAGUCAUCAGAGAACACUGGUCCAAUAACUGCCAAGGAUGAGGUUGAGCCUCCACGAUACUCAAUGGAUCCAAAAUACAGUGCAGCAAUUGUUGUCAAUGCUGGAGAUACAUUCAAGCUUGAAGCUGAUGUACAUGGAAAACCAUUGCCUGCAAUCCAGUGGUUCAAGGGGGAUAAGGAACUUGAAGGUACCGCAAGAUGUGAAAUUAAAAACUCAGACUUCAAAGCAUUGAUUAUGAUUAAAGAUGCUAUUAGAAUUGAUGGUGGACAGUACAAUUUGCAGCUAACCAAUGUAGCUGGCACAAAAUCUGUUCCUAUUCAUGUGAAAGUGUUGGACAGGCCAGGACCACCUGACGGAGUUAUUAGCAUUACUGGUGUGACUGCUGAAAAAUGCUCUCUGUCAUGGGCACCUCCACAGCAUGAUGGUGGCAGUGACAUCUCACACUAUAUCAUUGAGAAGAGAGAAACUAGUCGUCUUGCUUGGACUGUUGUGGCUUCAGAUGCAGUGGCUACUAUGUUGAAGGUAACAAAACUCCUGGAAGGUAAUGAAUAUAUCUUCCGUAUUAUGGCAGUAAACAAAUUUGGUGUAGGUGAACCUUUGGAAUCUGCACCAGUUAUGAUGAAGAACCCAUUCAUACCUCCUGGAGCACCAAAGGCUUUAGAAAUAGCCAAUAUUGCAAGGGACUCUAUGACUGUGUGUUGGACUAGACCAGAUAGUGAUGGUGGCAGUGAAAUUAUAGGAUAUAUUGUAGAGAAGAGAGACAGGGCUGGAAUCAGAUGGACAAAAUGCAACAAGCACAGGCUUACAGACUUGCGCUUUAGAGUGACAGGACUCACAGAAGACCACGAGUAUGAAUUCAGACUAUCAGCAGAAAAUGCUGCUGGAGUUGGUGUACCAAGUCAGCCUUCCCCUUACUUUAAAGCUUGUGAUCCAAUAUACAAACCAGGCCCACCAACAAAUGCACACAUUGUGGAUAUCACCAAGAAUUCUCUUACACUUGCAUGGGGCAAACCAAUUUAUGAUGGUGGCAGUGAUAUCCAGGGAUAUAUUGUUGAAACUUGCAAAGCUGAUGAAGAAGAAUGGACCAUGUGCACACCACCAACUGGCCUGCGUGUCAAUCGUUUUGAAAUCACAAAACUUAUUGAACAUCAAGAGUAUAAGAUUCAAGUAUGUGCUGUCAAUAAGUUAGGCGUUGGUGAGCCUGCAGAAAUACCUGCAACAAUUAAACCUGAAGAUAAACUUGAAGAACCUGAAAUCCAUCUGGAUGCAGAGUUAAGACAAGGUAUAGUUGUACGUUCUGGAGGUACUGUGAAGAUCCUUAUACCUUUCAAAGGAAAACCAACUCCUGAGAUUAAUUGGUCCAAGGAUGAAGGUGAUCUACCAGAAAAAACACAAAUAGAAAAGGGUAUUAACUAUACCCAGCUUUCAAUAGACAAUUGUGAUAGAAAUGAUGCUGGCAAAUACACACUUAAAUUGGAAAAUAGCAGUGGUGCCAAGUCUGCAUUUGUCUCUGUCAAAGUACUAGAUACCCCUGGAACACCUCAGAACCUUGUAGUGAAAGAUGUAAAGAAAGAUGCAGUUACUCUAAUAUGGGAGCCACCUUUGAUUGAUGGAGGAGCAAAGAUCAAGAACUAUGUGAUUGAUAAGCGUGAAUCAACAAGAAAGGCUUUUGCCAAUGUUACUUCAAAAUGUACCAAAACUAGCUUUAAAGUUGAAAAUCUAAUUGAAGGAGCUAUUUAUUACUUUAGAGUUAUGGCUGAGAAUGAAUUUGGUGUUGGACUACCUGCUGAAACUACUGAUUCAGUAAAGGCAUCUGAGCCACCAUUGUCACCAGGAAAAGUAACACUUACUGAUAUCACUCAGACAAGUGCUUCUCUUGCAUGGGAAAAACCAGAUCACGAUGGAGGUAGCAGGAUUUUGGGAUACUUGAUAGAGAUGCAGCCUAAAGGAUCUGACAAGUGGGCAGUAGCGACCCAAAUCAAAACAUGUGAUGGUGUUGUUUCUGGCCUAAGUUCAGGUCAAGAGUAUCUCUUCCGUGUGAUUGCUUACAAUGAGAAAGGAAAGAGUGACCCAAGACCACUGGCUGUUCCAGUCAUAGCUAAGGACCUAACAAUUGAACCCAGUUUCAAACUUAUGUUCAGUACAUACAGUGUUCAGUCUGGAGAAGAUCUUAAGGUGGAAAUACCAGUAAUUGGGCGUCCAAGACCCAAGAUUGCUUGGACAAAAGAUGGACAUGCACUUAAACAAACAACAAGAGUAAAUAUUGAAACUACACCAACAUCAACUGUCCUUAAAAUUAAAGAAAGCCACACAGAUGACCUUGGCAAGUAUACUGUCACAGCUACCAACAGUGCAGGCACAGCCACAGAAGAAGUUACAAUUAUUAUUCUUGAUAAGCCUGGUCCAGCUGUAGGCCCAGUACGAAUAGAUGAAGUAAGUUCAAACUAUGUCAUUUUAUCAUGGGAUCCUCCCCAAUAUACCGGAGGCUGUCAGAUAAACAAUUACAUUGUUGAAAAACGAGACACAACCACAACUGCAUGGCAGAUUGUAUCAGCAACAAUAGCAAGGACAUCUAUCAAAGUGACUAAGCUUAAGACAGGUUCAGAAUACCAAUUUAGGAUAUAUGCUGAAAACAGAUAUGGAAAGAGUUCUUCUUUGGAUUCUUCAUCAGUUGUUGUGCAGUAUCCUUACAAGCAACCCGGACCACCUGGCACUCCCUUUGCUACAUCACUUACAAAAGAUUACAUGGUUAUUGAGUGGAAUGAGCCAGUCAAUGAUGGUGGCAGUGCAGUUAUAGGUUAUCAUCUGGAGCGCAAAGAAAGAAACAGUAUUCUGUGGACUAAACUGAACAAGACUCUUCUUCAAGACACUCGCUUCAAGACAAACAACCUCGAAGAAGGCAUUGAAUAUGAAUAUAGAGUAUAUGCUGAAAACAUUGUAGGCAUUGGUAAAUGCAGUAAAGUUUCAGAAUGCUUUGUAGCCCGUGAUCCAUGUGAUCCACCUGGCUGCCCUGAAGCUAUUGUUAUCACCAGAAAUUAUGUAACUCUUCAAUGGACAAAGCCUCAGUAUGACGGUGGCAGUAAAGUCACUGGAUAUUUUGUAGAAAAGAAAGAGUUGCCAGAAGGUCGCUGGGUGAAAGCAAGUUUCACAAAUGUAAUUGAAACUGAAUUUACUAUCACAGGCUUAGCUGAAGACCAAAGAUAUGAAUUUAGAGUUAUUGCAAGGAAUGCAGCUGGUAUUUUCAGUGAACCUUCUGAAAGCACUGGACCAAUUACAGCUAGAGAUGAAAUUGAAUCCCCGAGAGUUUCAAUGGAUCCAAAAUAUAAAGAUGUAAUUUUUGUUAAUGCAGGUGACACAUUCACCCUUGACGCUGACAUCCAUGGCAAACCAGUGCCUGACAUCACAUGGUUAAAAGAGGGAAAAGAAAUUGACAAAGCUACUGCAAGAAUGGAAAUUAAAACAACUAUCCAAAGAACAGCGCUUACAGUAAAGGACUGCACUAGAAUAGAUGGAGGAAACUAUGUACUCAACCUCAGCAAUGUCGGUGGUACAAAAGCAAUACCAAUAACAGUAAAAGUUCUUGACAGACCUGGUCCUCCUGAUGGCCCAUUGAGAGUUACAGGUGUCACUGCGGAGAAAUGCUACUUGUCUUGGAGCCCACCCUCACAAGAUGGUGGUGCUAACAUAUCUCAUUAUAAUAUUGAGAAGAGAGAAACCAGCAGGCUAUCCUGGACACAGGUUGCAUCUAAUAUUCAAGCAAUCAGCCACAAAGUGACCAAACUUCUGACUGGCAACGAAUACAUUUUCAGAGUUAUGGCAGUUAACAAAUAUGGCAUUGGUGAGCCAUUAGAAUCUGAACCUGUUCUAGCACGUAAUCCAUUCAAGCCACCAGGAAAACCAUCAGUUCCUGAAGUUACAGCCAUCACAAAAGAUUCUAUGAUUGUAACAUGGACCAGUCCUGAUGACAAUGGGGGAGCUGAAAUUGAUGGUUAUGUCCUUGAGAAACGUGACAAAGAUGGCAUUAGAUGGACAAAAUGCAAUAGAAAGAGGUUGAGUGAUCUGCGAUUUAAAGCAACUGGUCUCACUGAAGGACACUUUUAUGAAUUCCGUGUUGCUGCUGAAAACGCUGCUGGUGUAGGAGAGCCAGGUGAUCCAUCAGUAUUCUACAGAGCGUGUGAUGUAACAUAUCCUCCAGGCCCACCAAGCAAUCCAAAAGUAACAGAUACCUCUAGCACAACUGUGUCCCUUUCUUGGAGCAAACCUAUCUAUGAUGGUGGUGCUGAAAUAAGGGGAUACAUUAUAGAGAUGAAAGAAGCCACCACUGAUGAAUGGAUCACAUGCACCCCUCCAACUGGUGUACAAGCAACACACUUUUCUGUCACAAAACUUAAAGAAAACACUGAAUACAAUUUCCGCAUCUGUGCUGUUAACAUAGAAGGAGUUGGUGAACCUGCCGACAUCGCUGGAUCUGUAGUUGCAGCUGAAAAGGUUGAACCACCUGAGAUUGAACUGGAUGCAGAUCUUAGAAAGAUGGUAUCUGUACGUGCUAGCGGCACUUUGCGCUUGUUUGUUGCCAUUAGAGGUAGACCUGAACCUGAAGUUAAAUGGCAGAAGGCAGAAGGGACUCUAACUGAACGUGCACAAAUUGAAGUCACAGGUUCCUACACCAUGCUUGUCAUUGACAAUGUCAACAGAUUUGACAGUGGCAAAUAUAUUUUGACACUGGAGAACCACAGUGGCACUAAAUCAGCCUUUGUCAACGUCAGGGUGCUUGAUUCUCCAAGUACUCCUGUAAAUUUCAACAUUAAGGAAAUAAAGAAAGAUUCAGUUACACUGACAUGGGAGCCUCCUCUAAUUGAUGGUGGGGCAAAGAUUACCAACUACAUUGUUGAGAAGCGUGAAUCUACAAGAAAGGCAUAUACUACUGUUACUAACAACUGCAUCAAGAAUACAUUCAAAGUGGAUCAGCUCCAAGAAGGAGGUAUUUACUAUUUCCGUGUAUUGGCUGUAAAUGAACAUGGUGUUGGCCUGCCAGCACAAACAACAGAUCCUAUUAAAGUGUCAGAAGCUCCUUUGCCUCCUGGCAAAGUAACUCUUGUAGAUGUAACACGCAACAGUGUAACCAUCUCCUGGGAAAAGCCAGAUCAUGAUGGUGGCAGCAAAAUUUCAAGUUAUGUUGUUGAAAUGCAAACUAAAGGUAGUGACAAGUGGACCAUGUGUUCUCAAGUGAAGGCAUUGGAGGCAACUGUAUCAGGCCUUACCAUGGGUGAAGAAUACUCCUUUAGAAUUAUUGCUGUGAAUGAGAAAGGAAAGAGUGACCCAAAACAACUGGGGGUACCUGUGGUUGCAAAGGACAUUGAGAUUGAACCUAGUUUGGAACUUCUUUUCAACACUUACAGUGUGAAAGCAGGAGCUGACCUUAAGAUUGAUGUACCAUUUAGAGGUAGACCCCUGCCUACUGUGUCAUGGAAGAAAGAUGGUCUACCCUUGAAACAGACAACAAGAGUAAGUAUUCAGACAUCCAAAACAUCAACUGUCAUUGUAAUCAAGGAAGCAACAAAAGAAGAUGUUGGAAAGUAUGACGUUAGUGUGGCUAACACUGCUGGUACAAAGUCAGCUGAAAUUGGAAUUAUUGUACUUGACAAACCUGGUCCACCUGGUCCAAUCCGUUUGGAUGAUGUUAGUUCUGACAGUAUAUCAAUUUCAUGGGACCCACCAGAGUAUGAUGGUGGUUGCCAAAUUAACAACUACAUUGUUGAAAAGAGGGAUACUACAACAACACAAUGGCAAAUUGUGUCUGCCACAGUUGCCAGAACAUCAAUUAAAGUUUUACGACUGACAACAGGUUCUGAAUAUCAGUUCCGUGUUUAUGCUGAAAACCGCUAUGGAAAGAGCAAUUACAGAGACUCCUCUGCAAUUGUUGCACAAUAUCCGUUUAAACCACCUGGUCCUCCUGGAACACCCCGUGUUUCACAUGCAACUAAAUCUUUCAUGAUUGUUGAAUGGAAUGAACCAGUUAAUGAUGGAGGCAGUCCAGUACUUGGAUAUCACAUUGAACGCAAAGAAAGAAGUAGCAUUCUUUGGACCAAGAUUAAUAGAGGUCUUAUUACUGACACUCAAAUGAAAGUAACAGGUAUUGAAGAAGGCCUGCUGUAUGAAUACCGUAUAUAUGCAGAAAAUAUUUCUGGAAUUGGUAAAUGUGGCAAAGCAUGUGAACCUGUUGCUGCAAGAGAUCCAUGUGAUCCUCCUGGUCAACCUGAAAUUACUAACAUUACUAGAACUUCUGUAUCACUGUCUUGGGCUAAGCCAGAAUAUGAUGGUGGAGCCAAAGUCACAGGUUAUAUUAUUGAACGUAGGGAACUGCCAGAUGGUCGCUGGCUGAAGUGCAAUUUCACCAACAUCCAAGAAAACUACUUUGAUAUAACAGGUCUUACAGAAGAUCAACAGUAUGAUUUCCAUGUUAUUGCAAAGAAUGCAGCAGGAUUGUUCAGUGAGCCAUCUGAAUGCACUGGCCCAGUCACAGUUAAGGAUGAUGUUGAUCCUCCUCGAAUCAUGAUGGAUGUCAAAUUCAAAGAUGUAGUGGUAGUGAAGGCUGGAGAAACUUUAAAGAUUAAUGCUGAUGUUGCUGGUCGUCCUCUGCCAGUAAUUUCAUGGUCAAAGGAUGGCAAGGAGAUCGAAAUAAAGGCUAGAGUUGAAAUUGCCUCAACAGAUAACAGUACUUCAAUCACUAUCAAAGACUGUAUCAGACGAGACUCUGGGCAGUAUGUCCUGACUUUGCAGAAUGUGGCAGGAACAAGAUCAAUGGCUGUAAACUGCAAAGUGCUAGACAGACCUGGCCCAUCAGCUGGACCAGUACAGGUAUCAGGACUUACAGCUGAGAAAUGCCAUCUGUCUUGGGGGACACCACAAGAAAAUGGAGGUGCUGAAAUUGAUCAUUAUGUGGUAGAGAAACGUGAAACGAGCCGUCUUGCCUGGACUGUGGUGGAAGGAGAUGUGAAAACAACAUCUUGCAAAGCUACUAAACUACUUAAAGGCAAUGAAUACAUUUUCAGAGUUAUGGCUGUGAACAAAUAUGGAGUUGGCGAACCACUAGAGAGUGAUGCUGUUAAAGCUUUAGAUCCAUUUACAGUUGCAAGUGCACCCACAAAUGUGGAGAUCACCAGUGUUACUAGAGAAGAUAUGACAAUCUGCUGGGCUCGACCAGUUAGUGAUGGUGGUAGUGAAAUCACUGGUUAUAUAAUUGAAAGACGUGAAAAGUCUGGUCUGCGAUGGGUGCGCGUGAACAAAAAACCUGUGUAUGAUCUUAGAGUUAAAGCAUCUAACCUCCGUGAAGGAUGUGAAUAUGAAUACCGUGUACUUGCAGAGAAUGCUGCUGGUUUAAGUGCUCCAAGUGAAGCAUCUCCACUGACUAAAGCAGAAGAUCCAGUUUUCCUGCCAUCACCACCAUCCAAACCUAAGAUAGUAGAUUCCACAAAGACCACUAUUUCUAUUGGCUGGACUAAACCAUUGUUUGAUGGUGGUGCCCCUAUCACUGGAUAUAAUGUUGAGUAUAAGAAAACUGAAGAUGAAGAAUGGACAACAGCUGUUCAAAACCUUAGAGGCACAGAGUUUACUAUUGUUGGACUCACUUCUGGAGCUGAAUAUGUCUUUGCAGUAAGAUCAGUCAACAAAGUUGGACUUAGUGAUCCAAGUACAGCCUCUGAACCCCAGGUUGCAAAAGAGAGAGAAGAAGAACCUGCCUUUGAUGUUGACAAUGAAAUGCACAAGACUUUAAUUGUCAAAGCUGGCAGCUCAUUUACACUCACUGUACCUUAUAAAGGAAAACCAGCGCCUAAUGUGAUAUGGAACAAGGAAGAUGUAGAUUUAAGAGUAAGAGCAUGUAUUGACACAACUGACAGUUGCACAUCAUUAACUCUAGAGAAGGCAACCAGAAAUGAUUCUGGAAAGUACUGCAUAACUCUACAGAAUACUAUUGGAACUUGUUCUUUGACACUAGUUGUCAAGGUCCUGGAUUCUCCUGGUCCUCCUGCUCACAUAGCAAUUAAAGACGUCACUAAGGACUCUGCAGUCUUAUCGUGGGAUGUACCAGAAAAUGAAGGUGGUGCUCCUGUCAAGAACUAUCAUGUGGAAAAACGUGAAGCCAGCAAGAAGGCGUGGGUAUCUGUUACAAACAACUGCCACCAAUUGACCUACAAAGUACCGGAUCUCCAGGAGGGAGCUAUUUACUACUUCAGAGUUUCUGGAGAGAAUGAGUUUGGAAUUGGAUUGUCUUCUGAGAGCAAGGAAGGAGUUAAGGUCACAGAAAAACCAAGUCCACCCGAGAGGCUAGGAGUUACUGAUGUUACUAAGGAGAGUGUUUCCCUUUCCUGGAGUAAGCCAGAACAUGAUGGGGGCAGCAGAAUCACUAGUUACCUGAUAGAUGCCCUUGAGAAAGGCCAACAGAAAUGGGUUAAGUGUGCCGUUGUAAAAGUGACCCACCAUGUUGUUCGUGGCCUUAAGGAAAACGUUGAAUAUUUCUUCAGAGUCUGUGCUGAAAACCAGGCUGGUCUCAGUGAGCCCAAAGAAAUGCUUUUCCCUGUUACAGUAAAAGAUCAACUUGAAUCUCCUGAAUUAGAUCUGAAGAACUUCCCUCACAAUACAGUCUAUGUCAGAGUAGGAUCAAACCUUAAAUUUGAAAUUCCACUUUCUGGCAAACCUCUACCAAAGGUAUCACUCUCCAGGAACAAUGUUUCAGUGAAGUCUACAAUGAGAUUUAACACAGAGACAACUGCAGAUGGCCUCAUCAUUAACCUCAAAGAGAGCGUUGCUACUGAUGCUGGAAGAUAUGACAUUACUGCCGCCAACUCAAGUGGAACAACUAAAACCUUUGUUAAUAUUGUAGUCCUAGAUAGACCUGGACCUCCAGUUGGUCCUGUUGCUGUAAGUGAUGUCACAGAGGACAGUGUAAUGUUAAGUUGGCAACCACCUGCUUAUGAUGGUGGAAGUCCAGUUACCAACUAUAUUGUACUUAAACGGGAAACAAGCACUGCUGCUUGGUCAGAAGUGUCUGCCGCAGUUGCUAGAAACAUGAUCAAGAUUAUGAAGCUGACAACAGGAGAAGAGUACCAGUUCCGUAUCAAGGCUGAGAACCGAUUUGGCAUCAGUGACCAUAUUGAUUCUCAAUGUGUUACUGUCAAACUUCCAUACACAAUUCCGGGACCACCAUCUACACCAUGGGUAACUAUGGUCACAAGAGAGCACAUCACUGUUUGCUGGCAUGAACCCGUCGCUGAUGGAGGAAACCCUGUAUUUGGAUACCAUUUACAGAUGAAAGACAGAAACAGCCUUCUGUGGCAGAAAGCUAACAAGACAGUCAUCCGUACGACCCACUUCAUAGUCAGCAAUGUUAGUGGUGGACUUAUCUAUGAGUUCAGAGUAUUGGCAGAAAAUGCUGCUGGUAUUGGCAAGGUUAGCCAUAUUUCUGACCCAGUCCUUGCAAUUGAUGCUUGUGAACCACCAGUAAAUGUGCGUGUGACUGACAUCACAAAGAACUCAAUCAGCCUUGCAUGGCAGAAACCUGCUUAUGAUGGUGGAAGCAAGAUCACUGGAUACAUAGUUGAGAAGCGAGACAUUCCCAAUGGAAGAUGGACAAAGGGUAGCUUCACCAAUGUCAUUGAAACGCAAUUCACGGUCUCAGGCUUGACACAGGAUGAAAAAUAUGAAUUCAGAGUUUUUGCAAAGAAUGCCAUAGGCUCUGUAAGCAAUCCGUCAUUAAUUGCUGGUCCAGCCACAUGUGUAGAUACUUAUGGUGCUCCUGAAAUUGACUUGCCUCCAGAAUAUUCAGAUACUGUGAAAUUCAAGGCUGGUUCAGCUGUCAGGAUUAAAGUUGGAAUUUCUGGCAAGCCUUUGCCAACAGUUGAAUGGUACAAAAAUGGGAAAGAGGUGGAGACAAGCGCUCAAGUAUCAAUUGAAAAUACAACAGAUUCGGCUUGUGUUAUUAUUAAGGACGCUGCACGUACCAAUAGUGGAAGCUAUGAACUCAGACUUAAGAAUGCAAUGGGCUCUACAUCAACAACUAUCAGAGUACAAAUUUUAGAUAAACCUGGACCUCCAGGUGGACCUAUUCAGUUCAAGACAGUCACUGCAGAGAAAAUAACAUUCAUGUGGGAUCCUCCAGCUGAUGAAGCUGGUGCCUCUGUAACCCACUAUAUAGUGGAAAAACGUGAGACGAGCAGAGUGGUCUGGACGCUCAUAUCAGACAAACAGGAACAGUGUCUUGUCUCUGUGCAGAAGCUUAUCAGAGGCAAUGAAUACAUCUUCAGAGUUAGAGGUGUAAACAAAUAUGGCGUUGGAGAUGCAUUGGAAUCUGAUCCUGUUGUUGCUAAGAAUGCAUUUGUAACUCCCGGACAACCUAGCAUGCCUGAAGUUACAAUGAUUACCAAGUCAACAAUGACUGUGACCUGGAACAGGCCUACUGUAGAUGGUGGCAGUGACAUAUCUGGAUAUAUCCUGGAAAAACGUGAGAAGAAGAGCUUGCGAUGGUUCAAGGUCCUGAAAGAGCCUAUCUGUGACACUAGACAGAAAAUAUCAGCCUUGACAGAAGGAAAUGAAUACCAGUACCGUGUCAGUGCUGUGAACGCAGCUGGAGAAGGCCCAUUCUCUGAUGCGUCUGAUUUCUACAAAGCUUCUGAUCCAAUUGACCCACCAGGUGAACCAACCAAGCUUAAGGUUGUUGACACAACAAAAUCAUCUGUUACUCUUGCAUGGGUUAAACCUGUGUAUGAUGGAGGCAGCGAGGUUACCAGCUACGUCGUUCAAAUGAGAGAGGGUGAAGAAGAAGAUUGGACUGUGGUCAGUUCAAAGGGUCAAGUGAGAACUACAGAGUAUGUUGUAUCUCACCUAAAACCUGGAGUGAACUACUACUUCUCUGUGUCUGCUGUCAACUGUGCUGGAAGUGGAGAUCCAAUUGAAAUGACAGAACCUGUUCAAGCUAAGGAUAUCCUUGAGGAACCAGAGAUUGAUCUUGAUGUUGCAGUCAGAACUCAGUUCACAGCUAAAGCAGGUGAAGAUGUGGAGAUCAUGAUUCCAUUUAAGGGGCGACCUGCACCAAAUGUCACCUGGAGAAAGGGAGAGAAGAACAUUGACAAUGAUCCAAGAUACAAUAUCCACAAUACUGAGUCAUCCACAAUGCUUAUAAUUCCACAGGUUACUCGUAAUGAUAGUGGAAAAUACGUUCUUGACAUUGAAAAUGGUGUUGGUGAACCUAAAUCAUCAUUUGUCAAUGUUAAAGUGCUUGACACACCAGGUGCUUGCCAAAAAUUGCAGGUGAAACAUGUUACUCGUGGCAAUGUUACUCUUGUUUGGGAACCUCCUCUUGUCAAUGGCGGUGCUCAAAUUAGCAACUAUGUUAUUGAAAAGAGAGAUGCUACCAAGAGAGCAUAUUCUGGUGUGACAACUAAAUGCUCUAACACCACAUUCAAAAUUACUGGCCUCUCUGAGAAGACCUCUUUCUUCUUCCGUGUAUUGGCUGAAAAUGAAAAUGGAUUAGGCGAGCCAUGUGAGACAGCAGAACCAGUUAAAGCUACUGAGAUACCUGGUCCCAUAAAAGAUCUUUCAAUGAAGGACUCUACUAAGACUUCAGUCAUAUUACAGUGGAACAAGCCUGACUAUGAUGGUGGAAGUAUCAUCACAGAGUAUGUAAUUGAAAAGAAACUUAAAGAUGAACAGGAAUGGUCACUUGCUGGUGUCAGCAAGACCGGUGAGUUUGAAGCAACUAAACUUAAAGAACUUUCAGUAAUGGAAUUCCGAGUUUCUUCCAAGAAUGAAAAGGGACAGAGUGAUUAUGCUCAGAUUGGACCAAUUACAGUAAAAGACCACAUCAUUCAACCUGAAGCCGACUUAUCAGAUAUCCCAGGAGGACAAAUCAGCGUACGCAUUGGACAUAAUGUCCAUAUUGAACUGCCUUACAAGGGUAAACCAAGACCAACUGUGCAGUGGCUAAAAGACAGCCUGCCUCUCAAAGAAAGUGAACAAGUGCGCUUUAAGAAAACCGAAAACAAGGUUUCUUUGAACAUUAAGAAUGUUAGAAAAGAUAACGGUGGAAAAUACACCUUAGUCCUUGAUAAUGCUGUCAGCAGGAAAUCAUUUAGUGUCACUGUUAUAACUCUUGGUCCACCAUCUAAGCCAAAGGGACCCAUCCGAUUUGAUGAAAUCAGAGCGGAAAGUAUAAUUAUUUCAUGGGAUGCUCCUGAUGAGGAUGGAGGUGGAGAAAUCACCUGCUACAGUGUAGAAAAGCGAGAAACAUCACAGACAGCCUGGAAGAUGGUUUGCUCUAGUGUAACCAGAACAACCUUUAAGAUUCCCAACUUAAUUAAAGGAACAGAGUAUCAAUUCAGAGUACGUGCAGAAAACAGAUAUGGAGUAAGUGAGGCCCUACUUUCAUCAGACGUAUUUGCCAAACACCAGUACCGACCACCGGGUCCACCAGGAAAGCCUUUUGUAUACAAUGUCACUUGUGAUGGCAUGUCAAUUCAAUGGGACGCCCCGGUGUAUGAUGGAGGUUCUGAAGUGACAGGAUUCCAUGUUGAGAAGAAGGAAAGAAAUAGUAUUCUGUGGCAGAAAGUAAAUAAAACACUAAUAUCUGUAAGAGAAUAUAGAAUUACAGGUCUUAUUGAAGGACUGGAAUACCAGUACCGGGUCUUUGCUGAGAACAGUGCUGGUCUAAGUCCUUCCAGUGAGACAAGCAAACCCCAAGUGGCUGUUUCUCCAGUUGAUCCACCUGGUACUCCUGACUACAUUGAUGUCACCAGAGAGACUGUCACACUUAAGUGGGAACCACCACUACGUGAUGGAGGAAGCAAGGUUGUUGCUUACAGCGUAGAAAGACGUCAAGGAAAAUCACGCUGGCUGAGAUGCAACUUUACUGAUAUUUCUGAAUGCCAGUACACAGUCUCAGGUCUUGCCUCUGGUGACCGAUUUGAAUUCAGAGUAAUUGCCAGAAAUGCUGUUGGAACUGUUAGUCCACCUUCUCAGUCAUCUGGUUACAUUAUGACCAGAGAUGAAAAUGUUCCACCAACAAUUGAAUUUGGAGCACAACAUUUUGAAGGCCUUACAGUGAAGGCUGGAGAACAGAUUAGAAUUAAAGCCCUCAUUUACGGUCGUCCAGUACCUCAGGUGACCUGGUACAAGGAUGGAAAUGAAAUUGAUAAGAAGAUGAUGAUGGAUAUUACCACUGUGCUUGGUUCAAGCAGUCUCUUUAUCAGAGAUGCUGGUCGAGAACAUCGUGGUGUGUAUAGUGUUGAAGCCAAGAAUGCUUCUGGAGUCAAGAAAGAAGACAUUACUGUUAGCGUACAAGAUACUCCUGGACCACCUGCUGGGCCAAUGCGGUUUACCAACAUCACUGGAGAAAAGGCCACACUGUGGUGGGAUCCUCCUGAAAAUGAUGGUUGUGCUUCCGUUACCCAUUAUGUGAUUGAAAAACGUGAAACCACCAGAAUCUCCUGGGCACUUGUGGAUGACAAAUGUGAAGCUUGCACAUUUACUGCUACCAAGCUGAUUAAAGGCAAUGAGUACCAGUUCCGAGUGUCACCACUUAACAAGUUUGGUGUUGGCAGACCACUGGAAUCGGGACCUAUAAUUGCACAGAUUCAAUUCACUGUCCCAGAUGCUCCUGGCACCCCAGAUUCCACCCAUGUCACAGGAGACAGUAUUACACUCACUUGGACAAGACCAAGAACUGAUGGUGGAAAUGAAAUUAAACACUACAUCCUUGAAAGACGUGAAAAGAAGAGUUUGCGAUGGGUGAAAGUUUCAAGCAAGACAUCCAUCACUGAGACUAGAUUAAGAGUAACUGGUCUGACUGAAGGAAAUGAGUAUGAAUUCCGUGUCAUGGCUGAAAAUGAAGCUGGAGUUGGACCAUCAAGCAGUACAUCUAGAUUAAUAAAAUGUAGAGAGCCAACCAGUCCACCAAGCGCCCCUACUGUAGUCAAAGUCAAUGACACCACAAAGACAUCAGUAUCCUUGGAAUGGACCACACCUGUCUUUGACGGAGGAAUGGCGAUUAUUGGAUAUGUGAUUGAGAUGUGUAAGGCUAGCCUUGAAGAAUGGAACAAAGUCAACCUUGAAACUUGCAUCAACACUAAGUUCACUGUAAGCGAAUUAGAACCUGGCGAAGAAUAUAAAUUCCGUGUAGCUGCUAUUAAUGGUGCAGGCAAAGGAGAAUUCUGUGUAAUUCCUAAUGCAGUAAAAGCUGUGGACAGACUCACAUCUCCUGAAAUUGACAUUGAUGCCAACUUUAGACAGACACAUAUUGUUAGAUCAGGUGGCACUAUUUGUCUGCAUAUUGCAUUCCAAGGCAGACCUGUUCCUUUGGCUACCUGGACGAAGGCAGAUUCAGAUCUUAGUCUGCGGGUUGAUGUUCACACAACAGAAACAUAUAGUACCCUUACAAUAGAGAAUUGCAACAGAUAUGAUGCUGGGAAAUACACCCUUACUUUAGAAAACAACAGUGGUAGCAAAUCCAUUACAUUCACUGUGAAAGUCCAGGACACUCCUGGGCCACCAGGACCAAUCACCUUUAAGGAUGUGACAAAAGGAUCUGUGACUCUUAUGUGGGAUGCCCCAGCUAAUGAUGGAGGAGCACGCAUUCACCAUUACAUUGUGGAAAAACGAGAGGCUAGUCGUCGUAGUUGGCAAGAGGUCAGUGGUAAAUGUCCUCGCCAAAUCCUCAGAGUUGGUGACCUUUCAGAAGGUGUACCGUAUUUCUUCCGAGUAAUAGCAGAAAAUGAAUAUGGCCCAGGUGAGGCAUGCGAAAUGCCAGACCCGCUUAUUGCCACUGAGGAACCUGCUCCACCGAAGAGACUGGAUGUCAUUGACACCUCUAAGUCCACUGCUACUUUGGCCUGGCUGAAACCUGAACAUGACGGUGGCAGUCGCAUCACAGGCUAUGUUGUUGAAAUUAAACAAAAGGGCUCAGAUAAAUGGGUUGUUGGUGGUCAGACUAAAUCUCUGAAUCUGACAGUUGAAGGCUUGGUAGAAAAUACUGAAUAUGAAUUCCGAGUCAAGGCUAGAAAUGAUGCUGGCUUCAGUGAGCCAAGAGAAUCCUUCUCAUCUGUCAUCAUUAAGGAACCACAGAUUGAGCCUACAGCAGAUCUCAGUGGAAUCACCAACCAACUUAUUACCUGCAAAGCUGGAAGCUCAUUCACAAUUGAUAUUCCUAUUAGUGGACGACCAGUUCCCAAGGUAACAUGGAAACUAGAGGAGAUGAAACUGAAAGAAACUGACAGAGUCAGCAUCAAGACAACCAAAGAAAGAACAACAAUGGUUGUCAAAGAAAGCAUGAGAGGAGACUCUGGGAAAUAUUAUCUUAUACUUGAAAAUGUUACAGGUGUCAGAACAUUCACUGUUACUGUCAAUGUUAUUGGAAGACCAGGCCCACCAACUGGUCCUGUUGAAACAUCAUCAAUCACAUCAGAAUCCUGUGUAUUAACAUGGCAAGAACCUGAAGAUGAUGGUGGAACAGAAAUAACCAAUUAUAUUGUAGAAAAGCGUGAAUCUGGUUCAACAGCUUGGCAGCUUGUUAAUUCCAGCGUUAAACGUACACAGAUCAAAGUCACCCAUCUCACGAAGUACAUGGAGUACAUAUUCCGAGUGUGUUCUGAAAACAGAUUUGGUGUAAGCAAGCCUAUUGAAUCAUCGCCAAUUGUGGCUGAACACCCAUUCAUUCCGCCAAGUCCACCAACAAGACCUGAAGUGUAUUCUGUCAGUGCUAAUGGUAUGGCCAUGCGUUGGGAGGAGCCAUACCAUGAUGGUGGUAGCAAGGUCACAGGCUACUGGAUUGAGAGGAAGGAACGAAAUAGCAUUCUCUGGGUGAAGGACAAUAACAUACCAUGCUUUGAGUGUAAUUAUAGAGCAAGCACACUUGUAGAAGGCUUGGAGUACCAAUUCAGAAUAUAUGCAAUGAAUGCUGCUGGCUUGAGUAAAGCCAGUGAGGCUUCCAGACCUAUAGUGGCUCAGAAUCCAGUUGAUCCACCAGGAAAAGUAGAGGUCACAGAUGUCUCAAGAUCCACAGUAUCACUUAAAUGGACUGUGCCAUUCUCUGAUGGUGGAAGCAAGAUUGUGGGGUACAUAGUGGAACGCAAGCCAUACAGCGAAACUGGAGAGGGACGCUGGCUAAAAUGUAACUAUACCACAGUUACAGAUACUUGCUUCACUGUGACAGCUCUUGGUGAGGGAGAGGUUUAUGAAUUCCGUGUAAUAGCAAAGAAUGGAGCUGGAGUUCUGAGUAUUCCAUCAGAAUCCACAGGACCGGUCACCUGCAAAGCUGAAUACACUCCUCCUAAGGCUGAGCUUGACAGCAAUCUUCUUGGAGAAGUUGUCACCAUCCGUGCUGGAUCAGAUCUUGUGCUUGAUGCUGCCAUUGGAGGCAAACCUGACCCCAAAGUCUUCUGGUCUAAGGGAGAAAAGGAACUGGAACUCUGUGAGAAGAUUUCUCUGCAGUACACCAAUAGGCGUGCCCUUGCUAUUAUCAAGUUCUGUGACAGAUAUGACAGUGGAAAGUACACACUUACAGUGAAGAACGCCAGUGGAAUAAAAACGGUCUCUGUUUGUGUUAAAGUUCUUGAUACACCUGGAUCUUGUGAUGAUAAGAUCACCAUAAGCAGAGUAACAGAAGAGAAAUGCACUGUAUCCUGGAAAAUACCAUCUGAGGAUGGAGGAUCACCAAUUACCCACUACAUUGUUGAAAGGCGUGAGACUAGCAGGUUAAAUUGGGCUAUAGCAGAGGCUGAGUGCAAGACCCUGUCUUGUGUUGUUACAAGACUCAUAAAGAACAAUGAAUAUAUCUUCCGUGUUAGAGGUGUCAACAAGUACGGAUCUGGUGUGCCACUUGAGUCUGAACCCAUCAUUGCUAGAAAUUCAUUCACUACACCAUCAGCCCCUGGAGCACCCGAAAUAGUGAGCGCUGGAAGGGAUCACGUUAUCAUUGAGUGGUUAAAGCCAGAAACAGAUGGUGGAAGUGAAAUCAGCAACUACCUUGUAGACAAGCGUGAAAAGAAGAGUGUGCGCUGGACAAGAGUUAACAAAGAUUAUACAGUCUAUGACACAAGACUUAAAAUCACUGGCCUUUUGGAAGGUUGUGACUACCAGUUCCGUGCAACUGCUGUUAAUGCUGCUGGUGAUAGUGAACCAAGUGAAUCAUCUCUAUAUGCCUCCUGUAGGGAUCCAACAUACACUCCAGGUGCUCCCUCAAUUCCCAGAGUUACUGAUACAACCAAACACAGCAUAAGCCUUUCAUGGACAAGACCUAUGUAUGAUGGUGGUGUUGAUGUUCUUGGGUAUGUUCUUGAAAUAAAAGAAGAAGGAACAGACGAAUGGUACAGACCUGAUGCUAAAAUCACAGUGAGGAAUACAGAGUACACUGUCACUAAUCUCACAUCUGCCAAGAAGUAUUGCUUUAGAGUGGCAGCAGUCAAUGUUAAUGGAAUUGGUGAAUUCAGUGAAUCAUCUGCUGAAAUUGAACCAGUAGAAAGAAUUGAAAUGCCAGAUCUUGAGCUUGCUGAUGACCUGAAGAAGACUGUCACUUUGAGAGCUGGUAGUUCUCUACGGCUAAUGAUCUCUGUGACUGGAAGACCUGCCCCAGUACUCACCUGGAGCAAACCAGGCGUGGACCUUGCCAGUCGUGGAUUUAUUGACACCACUGACAGUUACACUCGUCUCAUAAUUGAAAAAGUAAACCGUUAUGAUGCUGGUAAAUACACAAUUGAGGCUGAGAAUCCAUCUGGCAAGAAAGCAGCCACAGUUAUUGUCAAAGUGUAUGAUACACCUGGCCCACCUGAAGCAGUGAAGGUUAAAGACAUUACUAAAGAUUCAGUGAUUAUUACAUGGGAUGUUCCAUCUGUUGAUGGUGGAGCUCCUGUCAACAACUAUAUCAUUGAGAGACGUGAGGCUUCCAUGAGAGCAUUCAAGACAAUUACAACAAAGUGUGGCAAGACGCUAUACAAAAUAACUGGACUGACAGAAGGAACCAUGUACUACUUCAGAGUAUUACCUGAAAACAUCUACGGUGUUGGUGAGCCAUGUGAAACAGCUGAUGCAGUUCUGGUAUCAGAAGUUCCUAUGAUUCCACAAAAACUUGAGGUGAUGGACGUGACCAAAUCUACUGUCACAUUGGCCUGGGAGAAACCUCUUCAUGAUGGCGGCAGCAGACUGACUGGUUAUGUGAUUGAAGCUUGCAAGGCUGGUACAGACAGAUGGAUGAAGGUUGCCACCGUUAAACCAUCAGUCAUGGACCAUACCAUCGUUUCACUUAAUGAGUUAGAACAAUACCUGUUUAGAGUUAGAGCCACAAACAGCAAGGGUGCCAGUGAACCAAGAGAGAUUGUGACAGCUGUUACUGUGCAGGAACAAAGAGUAAUGCCCAAAAUUGAUCUGGCUGGUAUUCCUCAGAAGACUGUUAAUGUUCCAGCUGGCAGACCUAUUGAACUUAGCAUCCCAAUUUCUGGUCGCCCACCUCCGGCUGUUAUUUGGUACUUUGCUGGUUCUAGGAUGAAAGAAUUUGACCGUGUCAAGAUUGAGACUACUGGUAAAUUAACUAAAUUGACUGUGCGUGAGACCACUAUUGAUGAUACUGGUGACUACAUGCUUGAAGUGAAAAAUGUCACAGGAUGUACCAUGGAGACCAUCAAAGUUAUCAUUCUUGACAAACCUGGAGAACCUAUUGGACCUAUCAGGAUUGAUGAAUUAGAUGCAACAUCUGUGACAAUCAGUUGGGACCCACCCGAGAAGGAUGGUGGAGCAACAAUCAGUGGAUAUGUUGUUGAACAACGUGAUGCCCAUCGUCCAGGAUGGCUGCCAGUGUCCGAAUCUGUGACCAGAACCACAUUCAAAUACACCAGGUUGACCGAGGGCACUGAAUACUGCUUCCGUGUUGCUGCUGCUAAUCGCUUUGGAAUUGGAUCGUUCUUGCAGUCUGAGAUUGUGGAAUGCAAGAGCCUUAUUAGUAUACCUGGCCCACCAGGAAAACCAGAGGUAUUUGAUAUUUCUCGCGAUGGCAUGACAGUUAGCUGGUACCCACCUGAGGAAGAUGGUGGCUCCCAGGUAACUGGAUACAUCAUUGAACGUAAAGAAGUCAGGGCUGAAAGAUGGGUGCGUGCUAACAAAGUUGCUGUGACAAUGACAAGGUACAGAUCUACUGGUCUUAUUGAAGGCCUGGAAUAUGAACACAGAGUGACAGCCAUCAAUGCAAGAGGCACUGGUAAACCCAGCCGAUCAUCUAAUCCUGCAGUUGCAAUGGAUCCAAUUGAGCCACCUGGCAAACCACAGAACCCAAGAGUGACUGAUACAACAAGAACAUCGGUUUCUUUGGCCUGGAGCCCACCAGAUGAAGAAGGAGGCUCAAAGGUCUCUGGAUACCUGAUUGAAAUGCAAAAGGUUGAUCAGUAUGACUGGAAGAAAUGCAACACAACUCCGACCAAGAUCUGUGAAUACACUCUGACUCAUUUGCCACAGGGAGCUGAAUACCGGUUCCGUCUAAUUGCAUGCAAUGCUGGCGGACCAGGUGAACCUGCUGAGGUGCCAGGAACAGUGAAACUUACAGAAAUGCUUGAAUAUCCUGAUUUUGACUUGGAUCCCAAAUACCAAGAAGGCCUUGUUGUCAGGCAGGGUGGAGUCAUCAGGCUGUCUGUGCCUAUUAAGGGCAAGCCUUAUCCAGUUUGUAAGUGGACCAAGGAAGGCAGUGAUGCCACCAGUAGAGCUAUGAUUGCAACUUCAGAGACAUGUACUGAGCUUGUUAUCAAGGAUGCUGUCAGAGAAGAUUCUGGUACAUAUGACCUGGUUCUGGAGAACAAGUGUGGCAAGAAGGCAGUAUACAUCAAAGUUAAAGUAAUUGGACGCCCUGGUCCACCUGAAGGUCCACUUGAAUUUGAUGACAUCCAGGCUCGUUCUGUAAGAGUAAGCUGGCGAGCUCCUGCUGAUGAUUGUGGUUCUGAUAUUCUUGGAUACAUUAUAGAGAGACGUGAACUUCCCAAGGCAGCAUGGUGCACUGUUCACUCAAGAGUAAAGGAGACUUCUCUUGUUGUCAAGGGCCUGAAGGAGAAUAUAGAAUACCACUUCAGGGUGACUGCUGAAAACCAAUUUGGCGUAAGCACAUCCUUGAAGUCAGAGGAAUCAGUCAUACCGAAAACACCUCUCUGUCCACCAGAGCCUCCAAGCAACCCACCAGAAAUCUUGGAUGUUACUAAGAGCUCUGUCAGUCUGUCAUGGUCCAGGCCUAAGGAUGAUGGUGGUUCCCGUGUCACUGGCUAUUACAUCGACUAUAAAGAGAUGUCUAUGGAUAAAUGGGUCAGGCACAACAAGACUCACGUCACUACCACAAUGUAUACUGUGACAGGACUUGUACCUGAUGCAGAAUACGAGUUCCGCAUCGUUGCCCAAAAUGAUAUUGGUCUGAGCGAGCCAGGUCCAUCAUCUGAUCCAACUGUAUGCAAGGAUCCAUUUGAUAAACCAAGUCAACCAGGAGAAAUUGACAUAAUUUCUGUUAUGAAGGACAGCAUCACAAUACAUUGGGAGCGUCCAGAGUGUGAUGGUGGCAAGGAGAUAAUUGGAUACUGGAUUGAAUAUCGCCAGUCAGGAGACAGUGCUUGGAAGAAAUGCAACAAGGAGAUUCAGAAGGACAGACAGUUUACCAUGGGUGGUCUCCAAGAGGCUACAGAAUAUGAAUUCAGACUUUUUGCUGAGAAUGAGACCGGUAUCAGCAGGCCACGCAGAACCGAUAUGGCUGUUAAGACUAAAUUAUCCAUUGGAGAAGCUCCCAGUAUCAGACAAGAAAUGCAAGAGGCCACAACCAAACUGGGAGACCCAGCCCAAUUUACAUGCCAGAUUAUCGGCAGACCUCUUCCUGUAAUUAAGUGGUUCAGAUAUGGCAAAGAACUGGUCCAGAGUCGCAAAUACAAUAUGAGUUCUGAUGGACGAAAUCAUUCACUGACUGUGUCAACAGAAGAACAGGAAGAUGAAGGCUUGUACACUUGCAAAGCUGUCAAUGAUGCUGGUGAAACUGAAACCAGUGGGAAACUGUUCCUACAGGCCCCACCACAAUUCCAUUCUGGAUUCCCGCUGAAGGACACGUAUUGUGUUAGUACUGGAACAAGCCUUCGCCUCCAUGUUGUGUACAUCGGACGCCCAGUACCAUCUAUCUUAUGGUUCCAUGGCAAGAAACCUCUAGAAGAGUCUGAAAAUGUUACUAUUGAAAAUACUGAGAACUAUACUCACCUUGUCAUCAGAAAUGUAGAGCGUAAGAGCCAUGCUGGAAGAUACAAAGUGCAGCUCAGCAACAUCUUAGGAUCAGUUGAAACUGUGCUUCAUGUUGAAAUACAAGAUAAACCAGCUAUUCCAGAAGGACCAAUUGUUGUUGAUGCUCUACUGAAGAACUCUGUAGUAAUCAGCUGGAAACCACCAGCAGAUGAUGGUGGAUCAACAAUUACCAACUACAUUGUGGAGAAAUGUGAAGCAAAGGAAGGUGAAGAGUGGCAACUGGUCUCAUCUUCUAUCUCUGGCACAUCUUGUAGAAUUGUGAACCUUUCAGAAAAUGCUGGAUAUUACUUCCGUGUUUCUGCUCAGAACCAGUAUGGUACCAGUGAAAUAUUGGAAAUUCCUUCCAUUGUCAUCAUUAAAAGUCCAUUUGAAAAACCUGGAAUCCCAGCCCAACCUAUAUCAACCGGUGUAACAAAAGACUCAUGUGUUGUGUCUUGGAAGCCCCCUGUCAGUGAUGGUGGUGCCAAAAUCAGAAACUACUAUCUUGAGAAACGUGAAAAGAAACAGAACGAAUGGAUUGCUGUGACAACCGAUGAAAUCCGUGAAACUGUAUACACCGUCAAAGGCCUUAUUGAAGGAUCAGAAUAUGAAUUCCGUGUAAAAUGUGAAAACCUUGGUGGUGAGAGUGAUUGGAGUGAAGUAUCUGAACCUAUAAUUCCCAAAUCAGAUGUAGUAAUCCGUGCACCACAGUUCAAAGAUGAGCUGAGAAACCUUAAUGUGAAAUACAAGAGCAAUGCCACUUUCGUUUGCAAGAUCACUGGAUUUCCUAAACCUGUUGUCAAAUGGUUCAAGCAGGGCAAAGAGAUUUUGCCUGAUGGUACAAAGGUCAAAGUCCAAGAGUUCAAGGGGGGUUAUUACCAACUUGUCAUUACUGCAGUUACUGCAGAUGACUCUACGGUGUACCAGGUCAGAGCCACUAACCAAGGAGGAUCCAUUUCAGCCACUGUCUCCUUGGAUGUUGAAGUUCCUGCAAAGAUUCACUUGCCAAAACAUCUGGAAGGCAUGGGAGCUGUCCACGCCCUCCGUGGUGAAGUGGUUAACAUUAAGAUUCCUUUCAGUGGAAGACCUGACCCAGUAAUUACAUGGCAGAAAGGACAAGAUCUUAUUGACAAUAAUGGGUACUACCAAGUUAUUGUGACAAGAUCAUUUACAUCCCUGGUAUUCCCUAAUGGAGUAGAUAGGAAAGAUGCUGGUUUCUACAUUGUAUGUGCCAAGAACAGGUUUGGCAUUGAUCAACAGACAGUUGAAUUGGAUGUUGCUGAUGUACCUGAUCCACCAAGAGGCAUUAAGGCUAGUGAUGUAUCAAGGGAUUCAGUCUGCCUGACUUGGUGUGCCCCAGCUAAUGAUGGUGGAAGCAAAGUCACCAACUACAUUGUUGAGAAGUGUGCCACCACUGCAGAGAGAUGGCUCCGUGUUGCACAGGCACGUGAAACUCGCUACACUGUCAUCAAUCUUUUUGGCAAAACAAGCUACCAGUUCCGUGUAAUUGCUGAAAACAAAUUUGGUCAGAGCCAGCCAUCUGAUCCAACUGAACCUGUUGUCACAAAGGAAGAUAAGACAAGAAUGCUUAACUAUGAUGAAGAAGUUGAUGAAACCAGAGAAAUCUCUUCAGGCAAAGCACAUCACUCAUCCACAAAAGAACUACAUAACAACUACAUGAUUGCUGAGGAACUGGGACGUGGACAGUUUGGCAUUGUUCAUCGUUGUGUUGAAAUCAGUUCAAAGAAGACCCACAUGGCCAAAUUUGUCAAAGUAAAGGGUGCUGAUCAGACUUUGAUUAAGAAGGAAAUUGACACACUUAAUAUUGUUCGCCACAAGAAUUUCCUGUAUCUGCACGAGUCUUUUGACAGCCUUGAAGAAUUAGUUAUGAUCUUUGAGUUCAUUUCAGGAGUAGACAUAUUUGAGCGCCUUAGUACUCCAAACUUUGAGCUCAGUGAAAAAGAAAUUAUAAAUUACACCCGCCAAGUCUGCGAAGCCCUUGAGUACUUACAUAGCAAAAGUUAUGGUCACUUUGACAUUAGGCCUGAAAAUAUUGUUUACACCACAAGAAAGAGCCGAUCAAUAAAGAUAAUUGAUGUUGGCCAGGCUAAAUAUUUGAAACCUGGAGAAAACCUGAGAAUUCAGUUCACUGCACCUGAAUAUUGCGCACCUGAGAUCCAUCUACAUGAUAUGGUCAGCACAGUCACUGAUAUGUGGUCAGUAGGUUCUCUGGUUUAUGUGCUUCUGAGUGGCCUUAAUCCAUUUGCCUCUGAAACUAACCAACAGAUGAUUGAAAGCAUCAAUAAUGCUGAGUACAAUUUUGAUGAUGAAGCCUUUAAGGAUGUGAGUCUUGAAGCACUCGACUUUGUUGACCGCUUGUUUGUUAAAGAACGGAAAAAUCGUAUGACAGCUGCUGAGGCCCUUGAACAUCCCUGGCUGAAACUGAAGACAGAGGAGAUUAGUACCAAAUCCAUCAAGACUCUGAGACAUAGAAGGUACUAUCAGAGUUUAGUUAAAAAGGAAUGGAAUGUUGUUGUCUCUGCAGCCCGCAUCGCUUCUGGUGGUGCAAUCAGAAGUCAGAGAGGUGUAACAGUAGCUAAAGUAAAGGUUGCACCCAUUGAAAUUGGCCCAGUUACAAGCCAGAUUAUGCAUGCAACUGCUGAAGAAGGAGGACAUGCCAAAUAUGUGUGCAGGAUUGAAAACUAUGAUGAGUCAACUGAAGUAACAUGGUACUAUGGUGUAAGACAGCUGGAAAGCAGUGACAAGUAUGAGAUAAGCUACCAGGAUGGAGUAGCCAUCAUAUAUAUUAAAGACAUACACAGAUCAGAUGAUGGCACCUACAGAUGCAAAGUUUUUAACGACUAUGGAGAAGCUAGCUCAUAUGCAGAACUGUUUGUUGAGGGUGUGAGAGAAUACCAUGAAUACUUCAAGGGACGCACUGUGAGGAAAGUAAAACGCAGGGUGGAUACUUCUAGACUGCUAGAGAGACCACCAGAGUUUACUCUGCCAUUAUACAACAGCACUGCAUAUGUUGGUGAUGAUGUACGAUUUGGAGUAACCAUAACAGUACACCCAGAGCCUCGUGUAACUUGGCUGAAGUCUGGUCAGAAGAUAAGGCCUGGUGAAGAUGAUAAGAAAUAUACCUUCAAAACUGAUAAGGGUCUUUAUCAGCUUAUCAUUCACAAUGUGCAACCAGAGGAUGAUACAGAUUACACUGUUGUGGCUCGUAACAGAUUUGGCGAAGACAGCUGUAAGGCUAGACUGACUGUAACACCUCACCCCGUCACAGCUGAUAACACAAUGAGACCAAUGUUUAAACGUUUGCUUGCAAAUUUAGAAUGCAAAGAAGGCCAGAGUGUUCGCUUUGAAUUAAGAGUAUCUGGAACACCAGCUCCUUCCUUAAAAUGGGAGAAGGAUGGCACUCCCUUGGCAUUUGGUCCUCAAAUUGAGGUUAUUCAUGAAGGUCUAGAUUACUAUGUCUUACAAAUUCGAGAUUGUCUGCCUGAAGAUACGGGUACUUACAGAGUCAUUGCUACCAAUUCAGCAGGAUCUGCAAGCUGCCAGUCAACCCUGAAGGUGGAACGUGUGACCUAUACCAAACAAGAAUACAAAACAAAAGAAGAUAAAGAUGUACAUGUUCACAAACAAAUUGACAAGACAUUAAGAUUGGCUGAAAUUAUGGCUGGCGUUGAGGCUGUGCCACUGACACCUGUAGCACAACAGGCUUUGAGAGAGGCAGCAAUUCUGUAUAAGCCAGCUGUAAGCACCAAGAUUGUACAGAGUGAGUGUGAAGUCUCAAAAGAAGAAAAGAAAAAGAGAGCAGAAGAAAAGAGGAUGCGUAUGCCAUAUGAUAUUCCAGAGCCUCGUGUGCAUGCACCAACAGCUCUUGAGGAAGAUAAAGAGAUUAAACACUUUGUACCCUUAUCAGACAGGAGAUGGUACAAAAAACUACGUGACCAAUAUGAAAUGCCAGAACCAUUAGACAAGAUUGUUCAGAAACGACCAAAACGUAUCAGGCUUUCUAGAUGGGAGCAAUUCUAUGUUAUGCCUCUGCCACGAUUCACUGACCAAUACAAGCCUAAGUGGCGCAUCCCUACGGAAUCACAAGAUGACCUAGAAACUGUAAGACCAUCUCGUUACCGCACACCAUCUCCUGAGUAUGAAGCUUAUUAUAGACCAAGAAGAAGAUCUCUUGGAGAUCUUUCAGAUGAAGAGCUCCUGCUUCCAGUUGAUGAUUACUUGACAAUGAAAAUAACUGAAGAAGAAAGAAUGCGCCUGGAGGAGGAACUGGAACUAGGCUUUUCUGCAUCACCACCAAGCCGCAGCCCUGUACGCUUUGAAUUGUCUACUCUCCGCCAUCCAUCAGCAAGGGCCCCUGUGACCUUGGAUACAGAUGAGGAAGAAGAAGGGGUCCACAAAUAUACAACAUAUCGCAUACCAUCCAGGCAUGAAGCUGGUCCAAGCUAUUCUGAUCUCCGUCAGCGACAUGAUACAGCUACAUACAGGCCUCCAAGACAAAAGCAGAGAGUAUUUGAAGACAAGGAAGAUGAAGAACUACUCCGUCCUGUUGCUACAACUCAAAGACUUGCCAUGUACAAAAGUGAAAUGAAACGCAUGGAACAUGAAGAAAAAACAAGGGUCUCUAGAAGGGAGAGGGACAUUCUGGAAGUCCAAGCAGAAGGCUUGGAAGUGACUGAAAAGGUGAGCACAGAGUCCACAUCUGUCUCACAUUUACCAAGGAGAAGGCGGUCACUGUCACCCACAUACAUUGAAUUGAUGCGCCCUGUAUCUGAAUUGAUAAGGCCCCGUCCACGUCCUGUAUCUCACAUAGAAACACCAGAAAGAUCACCCACACCGGAAAGAACACGUCCACGUUCUCCUAGUCCUGUAUCUACUGAAAGAUCUGGGUUUGAGAGAACUGCAAGAUUUGACAUCUUCUCCAGGUAUGAGUCGAGAAAAGCAGCUUUGAAAACUGAAAGGAAAUACGAAGUUGUGAGUCAACAGCCUUUCAGCCUUGACCAUGCCCCUCGCAUUACUCUCAGAAUGCGUUCUCACCGUGUGCCAUGUGGCCAGAACACCAGAUUUACAUUAAAUGCUCAGGCCAAACCAACAUCUGAAGUCAAAUGGUACCAUAAUGGCCAAGAGAUUGAAGAAAGCAACAAGAUACGCUUCACCAACACUGGUGGGGUUUUGACUCUAGAGGUUCUGAACUGCCAAAAAGAAGACAGUGGAACAUAUCGUGUUGUGUUGUCAAAUUACAAGGGAGAAGCUUCUGAUUAUGCAACAUUAGAUGUCUCAGAGGGGGAAUAUUCCACCUAUUUAUCUCGUCGCAAGGAUGAGGAACCUCCUGAACCACGUAUUCCAGAAAUGACAAAGACAGAUCUUUACCAUGUAUCCUCAAUGAAGAGAACUUCAUCUUCUGAGACAACCACAGAAGUGAAAGAGACCAAAACAAAAGUGACUGAAGCAAAGGAAUCUGUUAUGUAUGCUUCUGAUGAAAGGAAAGUUAAAGCUUUAGAAGUUAAAACGGUAGAAGAAAAAAGUGUUCGGGAAAAAGUAAAGACAAACCUUCCAGCUAGAAUCCUUACUCUACCCCAGUCUAUUACAGUCUCAGAAGGAGAUUCUGCCAGAUUUGCUUGUGACAUUGAUGGAGAGCCAGCCCCCAGUGUGACUUGGAUGCAUGCUAAACAAACUAUCGUAUCCUCCAGUCGCCACCAGGUGACAACAACACAGUACAAGUCUACCUUUGAAAUUGCAUCUGUUGAAUCGUCUGAUGAAGGCAACUACACUGUGGUGGUAGAAAACUCAGAAGGAAAACAAGAAGCCCAGUUUGUUCUAGUCAUUCGCAGAGCUUUAGCUAAAGAGAAAGUGAUCACAUCACCACCCACAGUUAAGUCUCCAGAGCCCCGUGUAAAAUCUCCAGAAGCAAUCAAGUCUCCCAAAAGAGUGAAAUCACCUGAGCCAGUUACUAGUCCUCGAAGAGUUAAAUCUCCACCAACAGUCAGGACACCUUCUGCAGAGAGAGUUGAAUUGCCAGCAACAACUCCUCCCAAAAUUGUCCAGCAACUGAAGGCUGAAGCAUCUGAGGAUGAAGUAAAGAUGACCUGUGUAGCUGAAAGCUCUGUUUUGAAUGUAAAAGAAGUAGUAUGGUACAAGGAUGGCAAGAAACUAAUAGAGAGCAAUCACCACCAGUUUAAUUAUUCUGCUGAUGGAACUUACAAUCUCAGCAUCCAUGGCAUUACUGUGGCUGAUCAGGGAGAAUAUGCUUGUGAAAUUAUUGGAGAAGCAGGUAUCACCAGAACGUCUUUCUCAUUUGUGGGUCAAGUUUUCAAAAGUAUUUACGCUAAAGUGACAUCAUUUAUGGAGACAAAAGCAACAACUCAGAAAACACAAGUUCUGACAACUAAUUCAAAACCAGUUUUCACAACUGAUCUCAGUGACGUGACAGUAUCUGCUGAUUCAACUGUGAAGCUGACAGUGAGAGUUACAGGGGAACCUAAACCAACUAUUCUGUGGUUCAAGGAUGGGAAGACUCUUUCUCAAGGUGGGAAGUAUGAACUUUUUGAAGAGCAAGGAUCAGUAUACCUGAAAAUCUCUAAAUCAGAGGUAUCUGACAGUGGAGAGUACAAAUGCACUGCCACCAAUUCUGCAGGAUCUGUAUCCACAAGUUGUAAAGUGACAAUCCAAGCUUCAAAGGCAUCUACUGAAGCACUCAGAGUUGCCACCCAAACCCAAUCUGUGGCAGCUUCUCAUGAAAAAAUGGAAGUUACAGAACAUAUUGUUAAAAAGGACAUUGUUUACGAAGAAGUCAAAACAGCUUACACAGAAACCAACGUGGCUCGCUCCCAGGUGACUGUGUCUGAGGGUCAAAAGAUUACAUUGAAAGCCAACAUUUCAGGAGCAUCCAAUAUAAAAUGGGUCCUAAACGGAGUUGAGUUAGCGAACUCAGAGCAAUACAGAUAUGGUGUGUCUGGGGGUGAUCAGACUUUAACUAUCAAUAAGGUUAGCCACAGAGAAGGAGGAAGUCUUACUUGUGAAGCUAAAACAGAACAUGGACUUGUCAAGUGUAAUUUUGAUAUAACAGUCACUCAGAAACGUUCAGAUGCACCUUCUUUUAUUGUACAACCAAAGUCCCAGAAUGUCAACGAGGGACAAAAUGUGAUCAUUACAUGUGAAGUUACUGGAGAGCCUUCUCCUGAAGUAGAGUGGCUUAAAGACAACAUGACAAUAUCUAUGUCCUCCAAUAUGAAAUUGAGCCGUUCUAAAAAUGCGUUUACAUUGGAAAUUCAUAAUGCAGCUGUUGCGGACAGUGGAAAGUACACGGUCAAAGCCAAAAAUAUGUAUGGACAGUGCUCUGCCACAGCGUCCUUAAAUGUACUUGCCCUGGUUGAAGAACCUGUCAAACAAUUACUUUUGGAGAAAAGUGCUGCUGCAAGCAUGCAAGAACAUUUCUCUUCCAAGUCAGUCCACAUGGCUGCCUCUAUGCAGGAGUCCUCCUUCAGCAGCUCCAGCAUGAGUGAAGUUAAAUUUGCAAGCAUGUCUGCAAGUAGCAUGUCCUCCAUGAAAGAGUCUGUUGUUGCAAUGAGUUCCAGCAGUGCCGUGGGAAUGUCAAGUCUGUCACACAUUCAAGGGUCUACUAGCAGAAUGAUUAAACAUGGUGUUAAAGGAGUAGCACCAAAAAUUGAAGCUCUCCCAGAAGACAUCAGCAUAGAGAAAGGAAAGGUUCUUACAGUGGCUUGUGCUUUCUCUGGGGAACCAGUUCCAGAUAUUGAAUGGUCCCAUGGUGGCAAGACCCUUUCAAGCAAAGAAAAGAGUGGCAGAUUCCACAUUGAAACUACAGAAGAUCUUACCACACUCAUCAUCACAAGCGUCAAGGAAAACGAUGCUGGGCAGUACAUUCUAAAACUGUCGAAUGAGCUUGGUUCCGACAGUGCAACUGUGAAUAUUAGCAUUCGAUCAAUGUAAAAAUGAGAACAUGUCUAUUUUCACACUAUGCAUUACCUAUUUAUUGAUUAUUUAAUUAACAUUGACUUAACAUUGUAAAUAUGAACUAUUUUUAUACCUAAUUUGACACUAAUUUAUGCUAAACUAGACAAUGUCUAGAUUUGUUAUAGAAUGUGCCAUAUUGAAUAAUUUGAAAGGCAUGUAUAUAAUGUAUAUAGCCGAAACUACUGGUUAAGGAAGCUUUAUACCUUAUUAUUUGUGACAUUUUAAACUGCAACCAAUGAAACUUACUGGUUGACAGGAGAAAGUUUCGGAUGAAACGACUACCCUGGAAAACCUGGAAUGAAACUUUGUGCCUCAACGCAAUGUUGAAGUCUAAGAAUACCUCAACAGGUAGAGAGGCUCCCUGUUGAAGAAUACCUUAUCUAAAGAAAUGAUGUCAUGCACUACAUCUCUAUAAGUGCAAUAUUAUAUACAUUGAACAUAAAUAUAAGACAUUAAGUGCUGUUUACAUGUACCCUCCUGUAAGCAGCACCAAAACGCCUUGUAUUCAAACUGACUAUGUCAUACUACCGUUUUUAUGAGACAUUAUCAUUAUUGAGCUGUUGUGCAAAAUGCAAGCGGCCUGCACUUUGUACACUAAGUAAAAUGUAUAUGCACUGUUUCUGGCAGGGGACUGCUUGGAUUUGCUUUAAAGUAACAUCACCUGGCCAUACCCUCAAACCUGAAAGCUGUUCAAGUGCUUCUUUGCAGAAGCAGUGCCAACUCUCGGUGGUUCACUGAAGUGUAUUGUGUGUGUGUGUGUGUUUGUGUGAUACAAUUAGAUUUUAGCAUGGUCUAUUUUAAGAGCAACCAAGAAACAAGAGAACCACAGUUAUAAAACAUCUUCUGUGUUUAAAGAAAAAUAUGUUAAAGAUAUGCCUUGGACUUUGAUUUGUUUUCAUUUCAUUUACGUAGCACUUAUUUAGAACCUCCUUGAGAUUUAUUAGGUUUUUAAUUGAAAUAAAGCAUGUUUUCAGCACAUCAAAA